AUGGCUUUCCCAAGCUUUAGCCCCAGCUGCAGUGACAGCAGUACCGUCACCUGCAAGGCAAGCAGCUAUCAAUACGGGACAGGGGAUACUGAAAACUUGUCUUCUACAGGCCACCUGCUGGUAGCUGUGUUCCUUGGAAUCGUUGGGAGUUUGGGCUUCUUUAAUAACCUGCUGGUACUUGUCCUCUUCUGCAACUACAAAAUACUACGUUCUCCCAUAAACCUACUUCUGAUGAACAUUUCCAUAAGUGACCUGAUGGUGUGCAUCUUGGGGACCCCGUUCAGUUUUGCUGCAAGCACGCAGGGACGUUGGCUCAUAGGAGAGGCCGGCUGCAUCUGGUAUGGAUUUAUCAACUCACUUUUUGGUAAGAUUUAUUCUUUAUUUUGAUCUGUGCAAGGGGUUAAAACAGGCAUUACGCACGUGUAUUUAUUAAUUUAAAAAAAAGUGGCAGAUGCAUUGAACUGCCUUAUGGCAGAGGUGGCAGAAGAAAAUGUUUAGAACAGGCAUACAACUGUGCACAGUAAGAAAUUAGGUCAAAAAUAAAAUUCAAAAUUUUCUGUAAGAAAUAGGCAGCCUAGUAAAUCACUAAUCUAGCCAAAUUAUAUGUGCUUUUAUGUUAUAUAAUUGGAUAACAGCUGGUCGGACACUGAAGACAAGAGGCUUUUUUUUAAAGGUAUCGUAUAUCUGCAUGUUAGAAUUGAUCUAAUUACACAUAACAUGUUAUGCUGAUGUUGCAACUUCAACAGAAAAUGUAUUAUUUUUAACGAGGACAGAAUUCUUCUUAACUGAGACCAAAAAAACACAGGUAAAACACUAGUAAAGAGAACAUGGUUUGAUAUACAAAAUAAGGAAAUCAGUUUGCCGGAAUUAAAUAUUUGGACAUUUAGACCUAAGUAAGGAUAAGGAUGAGGGAGAACCAUAUUUAACAACAACCGGAGAGCUACUGGUUGCUUGUCCCAUACAAAGUGAGAUUUGUCACCUAAUUUCAUAUUUCAGAUCAUAUGUAUGUAUAUAGAUUUCUGAUUACAUACAGGUCUACGUUACCAAGACUAAACUGGUGUUAUGUAGCAAAGUUCCAAAGUUUUUGUAACAAUCUAUAACUGCAAUUUGCCCCAGAAUUGCACCUGGUUCUGCCUUGAUAAAUGGGGGCUUUAAACCUGAGUGUUUGACUUUGCUGUGCACUGCAUGCAAAGUGUUAGUGGGUUCAGAGAGAAAGUGUGACUUUUAAUCAGAGCAUCCAUGCAGACAGUCCCAGGAGUGCGAUAUUCAAUUAGCCUCCAUACUUAUGCUGUGCAGGGAACGGGUGGUGAAAUACAAAUAAAGAAGUCCAGCUUUUGAUCUGCAUCAAAAAGAUAAACAUGUUAUUUUCUAUGUUUACAAAAGGAUUUCUCAAUACUAUUUACAACUUCACCCUGUCAUUAACUUUGGUAAUGUGCAGUCAAUACAAGAUGUAGUAUUAUAGUAUGUAUUAGAUUCAAAAAGUUCAGCUGUAAAACAUUCAUUGUUUAUGAACAACUUUCCAUAUUAAACAUUUUUAUUGAUCACCUUGUUUCGGGACUAGCAGUAAGUCAAACAUUGCUAUGUCUUCCAUCUUAUAAUAGUGUAAAUCACAACCCAAAACCCCUAUCCCACCUGUAUUAACACGUUCUUCUCCGUGACCCUGCAAUGCUUAAUGAGCCUCAAGAGGGAAAUCGUUCACAUCAACGCGAUAGGUCAUCCAGCACAUUUAUAACUAUACCAUUUUAUUACUCAGUAAACAUCCUCCACUAUCAGACAACUUUUUGUAUUCUUUCUGAAAGUUAUAUUCUUUUCUAUUACAUCAUGCCCUUGUUACUAUGCCUGUUAAGACUUUUCAUACCAUGCAUCUUUCCAAACAACUGCCAUACCAUAUAAUAUCUCUAUUUCUAACUCAUCCUAUUACUCCAUAUAAUCUCUUUAUAACUCCUCCUAUUACUCCAUACAAGCUCUCCCUAUAACUCCUCCUAUUACUCCAUACAAGCUCUCCCUAUAACUCCUCCUAUUACUCCAUACAAGCUCUCCCUAUAACUCCUCCUAUUACUCUAUAUAUCCUCUCCCUAUAACUCCUCCUAUUACUCUACAUAUCCUCUCCCUAUAACUCCUCCUAUUACUCCAUAUAAUCUCUUUAUAACUCCUCAUAUUACUCCAUACAAGCUCUCCCUAUAACUCCUCCUAUUACUCUAUAUAACCUCUCCCUAUAACUCCUCAUAUUACUCCAUAUAACCUCUCCCUAUAACUCCUCCUAUUACUUCAUAUAACCUCUCACUAUAACUCUCCUAUUACUCCAUAUAUCCUCUCCCUAUAACUCCUCCUAUUACUCCAUAUAGCCUCUCCCUGUAACUCCUCCUAUGACUCCAUAUAACCUCUCCCUGUAACUCCUCCUAUGACUCCAUAUAACCUCUCCCUAUAACUCUCCUAUUACUCCAUAUAAUCUCUCCCUAUAACUCCUCCUAUUACUCCAUAUAACCUCUCCCUAUAACUCUCCUAUUACUCCAUAUAACCUCUCCCUAUAACUCCUCCUAUUACUCCAUAUAACCUCUCCCUAUAACUCUCCUAUUACUCCAUAUAAUCUCUCCCUAUAACUCUUCCUAUUACUCCAUAUAAUCUCUCCCUAUAACUCCUCCUAUUACUCCAUAUAACCUCUCCCUGUAACUCCUCCUAUUACUCCAUAUAAAAACUAACUAGAGUGGUUAUGGUGAUUGGAGUGUUCCUUUAAGAUUUUUGUAUCACUUUACCAGCAUCCCAGAGCUCUUAUAUUUUGUCCCAAAAACUAUAUUUAUUCAUAGAGAACCUUCUUUGUUAAUUUGAAGCAUCUUCCUCAAAGUUGCACAACUGACCCCGCUGUCAGCAAUGUUUUAUCACAGAAGUGGUUUAAUUGUAGGGAAUAGGAAACAGACUUGCAAAGCGUAGGAGAAAAAGUACUGACUUGGAAAUAAUUCCUAGAUAAGCAAUAGACACAGCUGGAUUGUAACAACCUAAAUUCAGUUCAGUUUUGAAUCAACUUUAAUUUGAUAUAUAGUGAAUAAACCCUUUAAAAUAUCUGACCACCACAAGCAUUAUCCCAUAUUUACCAAGAUAGACCCAUAUUUACCAAGUAGAUACACUGCGAAGGGAGAGGGACAUGGUUCUUGCCACUGCAGUUGUUUAACCUGUUUGUGCUCUUUAGUCCUCCUGCUGCCUUCUAUGAAUUAAAGAAACAGUUUGCAAAAGCUGCAGUUCUCGUGCCUCUGUGCUGGAGCCACGAGUGUGCUAUGACCAUGGCUUUCUAAUUUUUCUCAAUUAGCUCAUUGAGAAAGGGAGGGAGGCAGGCCCGGUUAAAGUUAGCUCUGAUACCAGAUGCAGAUACCAUAUGCAGAAGGAAGCUUCCAUGGCUGUCUGAUUGAUAGCCAGGGAGGUGUUUCUGUCCCCAACUGUAAAAAUGCCAAUUUCUAAUGAACACAUAUAGCACUUGAUAAAGCACUUACUGUGUGUGUUCCUUUAACAGCUUUUAUAACUGUGAACAAUUCCUCAUUUGUAAAGUUGGCUCUCCAGAUACUGUACACAUUGUAAAGCUUCCUCCUAGAGGUAAAAAGCACUGUUACAGAACUUACUGAUGCCUCUGCUUCCUAUAGGAAUUCCAAGAACUGGACCAUUAUCUUGUUAUCUAAAAAGCAAUUACAAACACUGCAUGCAUAUACCAUUUACAUACAGGAAUAUACUCUAGCCUGUAUACUAAACCAUCCAUCCCUAAUAAUUCUCUUUCUUGCCUUUCUUUCCUACAUACCAAUAUCUCUCCUUCACCUCUCUAGAUGAUGGUAUUGUGAGUCUUCAGUUAUAGCACAUUGGAGGUGGAUAAACAGAAGGCAACUUCAAUCCACUGUUUAGCAAACAAGAUUCUUGCAAAACAUAUGAUCUUCUUUUCAACCUUUUAUGUUUAGAAUAUAGACAUUACCAAAGCACUGGAUUCCUCCCUACAAUAUUUUUUAAGUAUUUUCAAAGUAUACACCCUUGGAAUAACAUUUAAGUGCUUUUUAAACAUAAUCAUAAACGGAAAUUAAAAUCAGGGACUACGAAAUGUCACACUUUUUGCCGCAAUGAAAUUACAUCAAAUUACGAUCCAAUGUGAAGAGUCACAAUACUCUAUGAUAUAGAGAUACUUUAUUUCACAGAGGACCGAUAUUGUCAGAAUAUUGUCUUUAGCCUAUUUGGUUAGGUAAUACAUAACAUAAUACUAUAUCUACAAACAUCUCUGGAAAACUCAAGAUAAAAUUUAAUAUUACAAUAUGGGGGGAAACAUAUGAGAGAUUUUAUACAUAUCCAACUAUAAAGAUACUAUGUUUGUAUCCUUUCUUUCUACCUGCAACUUUGUUUCUUUGCCACUAAUACUAAGUAUAUAAGUAAUUGUAAUGAGAGGGGUGUUCCAAAGAUACAUCCAUAUGAUGACAUCAUCAGGGAACCCUGGUAGCUCGAUUCCACCCAGACGGGCUUGAGGAAUUUACUGAGGUAUGAUAGGAUAAUAUGGAAAUGAGGGCAGACUCUAAAGCCCUUUAAAAACCAGUGACCGACAAAUUCAAAUUUCCUCCUCUGACGAAGGUGCAACUAAAGCACCGAAACGCGCGUCGGGAACACCCCACUAUUUUAGCACCACGCACUAAUUGACCACUUGUUUAUUCACUUUGUUUAUGUUUUGUCCGUAAUGAGGAAGAGCUAUAUGGGGGUGUGGGGACUUGGUAAUAUGGGGGCAGGAGACCAGAGCCUUUUUUACUUACAGCUAUAGGGAUAUACAGCCUUAUUGGCAUCCUUCCAAGUGUCUUAGGGAAUCUCUAGCUGUUAUAGCUGUGAUUCUAUAGCAUUAAAGACAAGAUUGCAAGAGCCAUUUAUAGCUCUAGGGAAAUGUAGUUAAAUGACAACUAUGAAGGUGUCUCAGGAUAUUUCUAGCCUCCAUGGCCGAUGUCCGAUAGCAUUAUUCUGAAUGUUUUGUUCCACUACAUCCCAUCCACCUAGAACUUACAAUCAGCUGUUGGUGGAUGUCUCUUUCACCUCUUUAUAUACUAUUAUCUUGCUAUUUGAUUGUAUAGUACUUAGGUUCUAAUUUGGACCACACACACCCCCCUUUAUAGUUUCAUAUACCAAGUAACAGUUUAGUUGAUUUAUCUCUAUCUACUUUAUAGUACCAAGGUCUAAAUUUUGGACUGCAGAGGUUUAGGCUUAUUUUUUGCCAUAAUUUACUUGGACACCCAUUCCCUUUGACCAUUGUGCUUUUUUAUGUUUUGGAAUUGAGUCUCCUAUCUGUUAACAGCAAUAGCAGCAUGCAGCUGCUAUCUGUAUAGUCAGGACAACUCUCGGUUAAUACACUAUAGGCCACUAUAGUAAAGCCUGUUGGUUUAACCAUUUGGAUGACAUUUUUGUCCUGUUCUAUACAAAAGAUAUUUAAUCAUUAUGUUUUAACAACUGCACCUAUCUAUUUCAGCCUUCCAUAUAUUAGUACCCAAGAGGAAUUUCCUUAUUUUCCUUUUUAUAUGAUAUUAUCCCCACCUGUCUUUGAGUGGUCCAAAGACAAACUGGGCUUCAUAUGGCUGUAACGCCAGGGAAAGGAUUGUUUUAUUUUAAUUUUCAUAUUAAAAAUGCAUUCUACCCUAUUUAUACAUGGGAUCAGAGACAAAGGCAAGCUUUUAACCUUAAUAUGCAAUGCUGGUCAUGAAAGUAUGAAUUAUGCACCCAAACUGCACUUUUUGAUGACUUUCCAUGCUAUCUCUAGAAGUAGACAAAAAAAAAAGAGAAACUGGUGCAUUGACACAGAUCCCAAAUUAGCCAGGUGAGCUAUCUAAGAAAAGAAGGAAUGCAAAGAGACAGAUAUUUGUUGACCCAGAAACAGGAGAGCAAUUAGGAGAGAUUUAGUGAUAAUUUUUCCAGGUUUCAUUGCAAUUUAAAUUAAUGUCGGCUGGCAAGUUCUUGUUGAAAAAGAAAAAAAAAGUGUGUCAUUUUUAGUGAACCUGAAAAUGUAUGUGAUAAGAAUGAAAUAUGGAAUAGAGGCAGAAAAAUGAAAUUCAAACAUUGGAAGGAAGACAAAAGAUGGAAAUAAACUCUUGCCGCAUGGAUUUUCCAUUGAGGGAAUGGUGUAAAUUAUUAUCAAGUACAGACCGGAGUGAUAAAUGUGAGCAUAUUAAAUUCAAGAAUGAAAAAAAGGAAUUAAUCAUAAUUAUGAUAGAAUAUGCAGUUUCAAAAAUGAUGAAUUUAUUCUAGAAAUAACAGUGGAAUGAAAAACUUAGAAAGUAUAAAAAAGUGUAAUGCUUUGUGAUAGAUGAUCAGAAUUAAAUUGAGAAAAUACAUAGAAAUGGUCAAAUUGGAAAACAAAUGCAACCCAUUUCUAAGUUUGUAUAAUAUUUCUCUACCAAGAAUGUGCUCCAUUGGCCUCUACCUAUAGUUCCUCACAUUGUUCUUUGUAACAUCUCCUUGUAACUAUUAGCAGGGUUAUCAAAAAUUCAGAAUUUUUACAAAUCACACCCUAAUGGUAAAAUAGAGGGAAGAUGUGUGGGUGGCUGAAUUGUAGAAUUUUUGCAAAUCUGUUAUUUUUCCAUUUGGAUUUAAUUCACAAAAUUCCAGUCUUUAGUGACUAACACUGUGAUGAGUUCCUUGGUGGCCUCAAGCUCAGGAAGGUGUUUGGAUUUGAUGGGAGGUGUCUAGUGCUGCCAAGGGGCAGAACAUACGCGUACAUUUUUUGUUUUUGUCUUCUAAAAGAGAGCACUGCUGAUUAUGGUGGAUGAUUUGAAAGUUGCUUAUUGAAGCAUAACGUUCAAGGUGUUAUGUGAACUGAAAACAUUUUACAUGAGUUACUUUUUUAAGUCUCAAGAUUUUAUUCACUAUGCCCCAAAUUAUUACAGAUAUAGAGGCAAUCAUUCAUACACAUCCAUUAAUAUCCAACAUGCUCUCACAAACCGGAACGGCACCACACCCUCUAGUAAUAAUUCUAAAAGGGAGUCCGGGCACAGAAGUAGACUUUAAUUGUUCCAAGGACUUUAAUUGUUCCAAGGAAAGUGACAUCGUUUUGACUAUGCCAUGUGGCCUUUGUCAUAAUUUGAAAAAGUAAGUAUUGCUGGGAAUUCAAAUUAAAUGCAACAUUUUUGUAAUUGAGAUAUUUUGGCCUAAAUUUUGAAAUCCACUUUGAAUUCCCUGAAAUUCAGGUAAAAGAACAGGAAGUAAUAGAGGCCUUUGUCAGGUAAACCACACAAGAGAUAUCUAAAAAUAAUGAGGACGCUGUCCAACUGGGGUCACCACUAGACUCAUCUAGUAUUAAGAAUCAAGGAUUUCAAACUGCCCAGUCAGGAAGUAUAUAACGAAUGUUCGGCCACCUAGUGGAAGUGACAGCAGAAAGAGAGCAGAAAUUGGCUUCUAAUGACCCUUGAUCAUGAUAGUUUGGAGAUAUGGAGCUCCAAGUGAUGAGUGAGGUGAUAUUAUGGAUAAGGAAGAGCGAUAGAGGAAGAUUGCAAGGAAGCAAUCCUUACAAGAACUAAUCAAUAGACUUGUGCACAAUCCCUUUCAGCCGAGCUAAAUAAAUCAAAUGCCUGUCAAUCUAGGGACAAACAAAUCACUGUGUUAAUAUCUACCAAGCAAAUUGACUCGCUUUUCAAUAGACUGACAAGUAAUUGAUUUUUCUAGUGCAUCUCAAAGGGAUUGUGUGCUGACGUCAGUCGGCCAAUAUGCACAGAAUGAACAUGUCAUGACACCUGUCAGAUUGACACAGCCACACCCCAACAUACAGUAAACUGUUACAGUCACCCCACGCACAGUCAUCUUGUCACACUCGCCUCUCACACAGUCACCUCAGCCACUCUGUCAAAGAUGGCCCCGUACUGAAUAGGGCAAAAUCAUUUGGAUGAUUAUGGGGCAAUUCAGACUGCAAAAUCACGCUAUUCAACAAUCUCUGGAUUUUGCAAAUCAGGCUAGAACAUAACUGAAUUUGGUCUGGGUUUCAGCAGGCCGAAAUCCAGACCGAAUCCAGGCAUAUUCCGGGCCUGAAUUACAAAAUCAAGACAUUAUUGACUAGCGUCCAAAUGCUUCAAUUACAGACCUGGAUUUAAAACAAAAAAAAAAAAAAGAGUUCGCAGCCAAGAGGCAUAUAGUUAAAAAAACACUUGGUGGAGCAAGUGUUAAUUAUUAGGUGGCUGACCAGUGCUUGCUAACCACAUUAAAUAGCUAGAAAAGUAAAUAAAAUGUCUAUGGGUGUCAAUAAGACCACCAUAUUGCUAUAAGGGAGGUAUUUAAUUUCUCUUUUGCCAGCCUACUAAAUAUUUACAUCAAGCUAAUGGGCACAUAAUCCCACCUGCCCCCCCACUCCCGAUCCCGUAACCCAUGGGUAAUGGCAAACAAGUAAAAAAGGGAACUCCAGACACAUUAAGCACUUUAGCUUGCUGAAGUGCUCUAUAUGCAAUGACUGUGUCCCUAUUUUUUAAGAUAUACCCCAAAUGAAAAAAUGCAUAAUUGCAUGCAUACAUACAAUAUAAAGCCCUACACUUAAACUCCCACGGCUCCUGUGUGGCAGAAAUAACUAUAGUACACAGCAGCCCCUAAACAUACAAUAAAAAACAAGGGGAAAAAAGUUACUUGCACGGUAUCCCAAAUCCCUGCACAUUUAAAUAACUGAAGGUUUUUCAGUAACACUCCAAUGGCAGGUAAAGUGUAAGCUCAGCUGCCAUGUCAAGACAAAACCUCUCAGGUGAGCCCUACACUAACAAUUCACUUUGCUUCUUUAAGCUUAAAGGCAAAAUCUCUGAGUCACAGGGGGUUAUUUUACAAUUUUUUUAAACCUCAGACUUAUUAAUCAUUAAUAUGGAACACAUGGGGUUGGGCAGCAGCACUGCAACAUGGCUGUGUACAGGGCCGGCCUUAGGGGGGUGUGAGCUGUGUGGUGGCACAGCUCACACAUUCCCCGUGUGACAGGUGUGAGGGAGUGCACAGAACAUUCCUAUAAUGCAGGAGUGCUGCAUGUACCGUGGCCGCUCUGCACCAGGGGAGAAUUUAAUUAUCCACCAGCCAGGUCAAUCUGAUUAGGUCGGGGAGCAGAGCUACAAGAGUAGCAGGGCGGAGCAUUAUAGGCAGCAGAGUCAGCAGAGGCAGAUCCCCCUGCCUGGGAACUUGUGGACACUGUGGGGUAACAGGAAUGAGUACCUGCUCCCCAGGCACCUAUACACCAGGUACUGCAGUGCUCCCCCCAGACAGUCCAUAAUGGAAACAGGUAGCUGUGUGUGUGUGUGUGUGUGUGUGUGUGUGUGUGUGUGUGUGUGUGAAACUAACUGUGACUGUGUGUGUGUGUGUGUGUGUGUGAAAGACUGUCUGUAACUGUGUGUGUGAGAGAGAAACUGUGUGUGUGUGUGUGUGUGUGUAACUGUAACUAUGUAAUCUGUAAGUGUGUGUCUGCCUGUACCUGUGUGAGACUGUCUGUACCUGUGUGUGCGUGUGCAUGUGUGAGAGAGAGAGACUGCCUGUUCUCUCUGCCUGUAACUGUGUGUAUGUCUCUCAUUCUGUCUGUCCGCCUGUAGCUGUGUGUGUCUGUCUGCAUGUAACUGUGUGUACAACUGUCUCUCUGUGACUAUGUGUGACUGCCUAUACCUGUGUGGGUGACUGACUAGCUUUAACUGAGUGUGUAUAUGUGGCUACCUUUAACUGUUUGUGUGGUUGCCUGUACCUGUGUGCAUUUGUCCCUAUCUGCCUGUACCUGUGAGUGUGUGUCACUGUCUGCAUGUACCUGUGUGUGACUGUCUGUAACUGUGUGUUUGAUUAUAUACCUGUAACUGUGUGUGACUAUGUGCCCGAGACUGUGUACAUAUGGCUAUAUUUGACAGUGUAUGUGUAUAACUGUGUGCAUCUGACUGUGGUACUGUGUUCAUGUGAAUCUGCAAAAUACACACCUGCAUUCACACAUGGGCCUACAUGCAUAUUUUUUAUCUGAAUUAAAUACCCAUCACACUCAUCCAAUAAACGCAACACAAAUAUCACACACAGUUAGUGAAAUAUUAGCAUAUCACACACAGCCAAUAAUACACACAUUACAAAUAUCACACACAGCCAGCACAUGGCACACAUAUUACUUACAGCCAUAACCCCUGUCGCAUGCAUUUAAUAAAUCCCCUAUUCAAACAUUACAUUCCUUUACACACACUACACAUAAAUGAAGGGGUAUGACCAAGGAGGGGCGCUGUGAAGAUUUUGUUCGCACAGGGUGCCUAAAGGCCUAAGGACGGCCCUGGCUGUGUAAUACAAGAGCAAAUGCAAACAUACAAAAUAAAUCCUUGCGAGCAACAUGGCAGGGGAGCUUACACUUUAAUGGCCAUUGGAGUGAUACUAAAAAACCUCCAGUUAUUUAAAUGUGCGCAGGGAUUUGGGAUAGUUACUUUUUCCUUGAUAAUUACAUGCAUGCAUGUUUUCAUUGGGGGUAUAGCUACUAAAUUAUUAUAAAAUAAAAUAAAUCAAUUGAAAGUAUUACAUCAACAGUCUUCCAGAUUUUCUUUUUAUAGUAAACAGUGUGUUACAAUGUGUUUGUAUCUAAUAUUGUUUGUUAUCAACAAUUCCAAGAUUUUACUAUUAACAUGACGUAAAGUCAUGUUUUUAUUAAUGACACAGAGGCGAGUAUUAAGCUUCUCUUUCUUUAAUUUUCCCUCAGCAGUGAAGAGAAAAAAUUUAUGUAAAAGAGAAAAACAACAUAACAUUAGCAUAUUCAACAGUGCUACUAAUCAGUAUCCCCCUUCUGUAUAUAAGGUGUAGCACUCUCUUCCUCUUCCUCUUUUUGUAGCGAUCCGAAGGCCAAUAACUGAACGAUAAACUUGAACCGGAACUUAAACAUCGGAUAGCAGUCAUACAUCCCUUCCUUAUGGGAAAAUGGUAGAGCCGUCCUUUAAAUCUUCGUUAUCACACCGAUAUAAGUAUUCAGGCUAAAAGAGAGGAGAAAUAUGGUAAUAUCUCGAUUAACACCUGGUUGUAACAUACCACAAUAAAUAUAUGGCUACCUAGGUCUGGAGAAAAUCCAUAGUCAUAAUAUCAUCAUACAUGAAAAAAUGUAUUGUAAAAAACUAGCGUGAUAAGCUAAACUUUAUAGUCAAUUAUCUGAGAAGAGACAGAAAAAUCCAACCUGUAAGGUAGGAUGAUAGAGGCAUACCCACUCCAAGACUGACAGGCAUGUGAAUUCCACAAACUCCACCCAGGGAGGGUUGGAGGGAAUAAUGCUCGCCUCUGUGUCAUUAAUAAAAUCAUGACUUUACGUCAUGUUAAUAGUAAAAUCUUGGAAUUUUAUUAAAGACACGGAGGCUCCUAUUAUGCUCUUUUAAAGCUGAGCUAUGACCCUUUCUGAGUGUUGUAUGGGUUUAAAAUACAAAUUCCGGAAUGUGGAUUCCGUAGACCAAUCUGCGGCCUUCAAGAUGUCUUCCAAUCGACAACCUAUCGUCGACGCCUUAGAGGCCAUAGCACCCAGAGUGGGAUGAGAAAACCGAGACAUCUAUUCAAGUCGAAGCCAAUAACCAUUUGACCCAACGUGCGAGCGUAGGUGUAGUUACAGGCAGAUGGGGUUUCUUCAGUGAGAUGAACAGAGGUCCAUCAUUAAACGAGCGUAGAGCAGAAGUGCUAGAUUCGUAUUCUUUCAGGCACAGCAUCGGGCAUAGAUUGGGUAGAUUUGUAAUUCAUGGGUAAAAGACCUGCUUAGUUGCUGAUUUCAUUCUCCGUGAGAUAUCGACUGACACUCCUUCCGGAGUGAACAUGCGGGCCUGCCAAUCCAAAGCUCUUACAUCGGACACCCAUUUACAGGAUAGUAGACAAAACAACAUAAGCAGUUUUGCCGACAAUUGUUUUAAUGACAAUUCCGUGUUAGGGGGCCAUUCGUCCAGGAGCUUGAACACCACGUUGACAUCCCAAAAGGAUCCAUAUCUAGGUUUAGGUGGGCGCGAGAAACGAACACCCUUAAGCAGACGGUGCGGAAGGCUUUGCCUGAUUCUAACAGAUGUGUCAGGAAGUCCAACACCGUCUUCACAGAGGCUUAUACGAGAUCCAACGAUCAUUCCAAGCACCAAUUGGCCCACUGUCUCCAGGCCACAGCAUAGGCAUGCUGUGUUCCCGGUGCCCAUACGUUUGCCAGGAGUUGUGUAGUUGUUCUCGAUUUCCCAGGGUCUGUGAUUUCCCAGGGUCCCCGGAAAGGAGCCACGCCAUGAGACGGAGGAGUCCUUGUUCUAUCAGAGAGUGACUCUCCCCGUCCGGAUUGGUUAGAAGGGAUAGGUGAUCUGAUAGCAACCGUGGGCAAUCAAUCGCCAUUUCCAAGAGGUGGGGAAACCAAGGUUGGGACCUCCAACAUGGGGUUAUCAGGACCAUCGUGCCCUUGUGGUGUCUGAGGAACACCAGGGAUCAAGCAAUCAGAUUGAAUGGAGGGAAGGCAUAAGUCCGGCCUUUGGUCCAAUCCUGGAGGAAUGCAUCGGUUGCCAUGGCUUCCGGGUCUGGUCGCCAGCUGUAGAACUGAGGUAGUUGUGUGUUCAGUCUGGACGCAAACAGGUCCACACUCAAAGGUCCCCAUAACUGGGCGAUCUUGUGGAACACACUCGGUUGAAGUCUCCAAUUUCCAGAGUCCCUCAGGUAACGGGAAUUCCAAUCCGCGGUGUAAUUUUCCAGGCUUGGAAUGUGUUCCGCGAUAACUGACACAUUGUUCUGUAAACAGUAAUGCUAUCGGGACUGUCAGAUAUGCGUCCUGCAAAUCUAGUUUGACCAUCCAGUCCCCAGGGAGGAAUAGGUCUCGGAGGCAAUGUAUGCCCUCCAUCUUGAAGUGCCGAUAUUGGACGAAGGCGUUUAAGGGCCGCAGGUUUAUAACUGGGCGAACGCCUCCUCCCUUUUUUUUUAAAACAGGUUGCUCACAAAACCUGGAGUAUCUAGAGGGAUUUCCUCUAUAGCCUUCUUGGCUUGCAGUUCCCUGACCUCCGAAGAGAUGAGAUCGUGAUGUGAUCGUGACAUGUGUGGAGGGAUGCCCUGAACGGGAAGGGCCGUCAAUUCUAGGUGGUAACCAUCUAUAGUCUGCAACACCUAACUGUCGGAUGUGAUCAUAGCCUAGGCCUGAUGGAACAAGGCCAAUCUGCCCCCCACAUUUAUAUGGGAAAAAUGGGAAAACAGUGUACUCACCAUAAGGGCGUUUUCCUGUGAAUGCUCCUCGACCGCCGUGGGCAUUCCAAGGUCUUCCUCGUGAAGGGAAGAACGGAGUGUAGGAACGCUCCUGGUUCAGUUUAGGAGGGUUGAAGGAGCCUCUGCCCGGUCUGGAAAAACCCUGGGGGUUGCGGCCGGAUAGAUGGCUCCUACCUCUACCGGCCCCACCGAAAACCUUUUGGUUGAAGACACGUUUGAUGGAUGAUUGGGCUCUGUCCAAGGUCGUGAAGGUCUUUACGUAUGAGCCCAGGUCUUUUACAAAGGACUCACCGAACAACAAGCCUUUUGCGGAGGCACCUGGUUCAUUGGGAGCCAUGCUAGCCAGCUUGGGCUCAAUCUUGAGCAGGAUGGCUUUCCUGUGCUCGGUAGACAUGGCCGUGUUUGCGUUACCGAUCAUACAAACUAGGCGUUGGAGCCAGCCAAAUGCUACAUCAAAAUCCAGUUGUGCCUCGUCCGACUGAGCUGCUUCAAGCAGUUCAUAUAACUUAGUGACCGGACCCAGAGUGUCUAAGAACUUAUCCUGACAGUUUCAUAGUGAGUAAUCUAGGCCCUUCUUGGGCUUCCAACCGGUCUUAGCCACAAAUUGGGCAAUUUGUGGGUCGACUUCAGGGGUUUUUGCCACUGCAUCUGGUAUGAUAGGUCGGGGCAUUCCGCCCUCAGCUUAUUACGACCCUCCUGGGAGAAGGAUUUAUGUACUCUGAGAGCCAGGUAUUGAGCGAUGUGCUCAGAGGGCUCCCAUUCAGCGGAGCGAGGGUGUCUCAAAUUGUCUGGGUCGAAUGCAAGUGUCUCCCUUGCAUCAUGGGCUGUGUCUGCCCCAGGUGUUUCCGACUGUGCCUUGACAUGAGUCGGUCUAGAUGGGAAUUGUGUACCGGGAGGCCCUCACCCCCUGAGGACUCGUCCCCGUAGGGAUCUGAGUAAUCGUCAUCCGACCCCUCAUCCCCAUCGUCUGAUUCAAACAGUAAAUCAUGGGACCCACGCCCGUUUCCAGUCCCUAGCUACUUUAGCCCGGCCAGUAGCUCUUUUGCCCGGUUGUUGCACGCCAUCACAGACAGCCUGAGGCAUGUCAAUCAAGCCAGGCUGUACCUGGGUGUGGGGGGGGGGUCUUGAGCAUGUUUGCGCUUGCCUAGUGCUUUGCGCCCUGUUGGUGUCCCUUCAGGGACGGUAUGCGUCUGUACAGGAACCGCUUGAGCAGGGUGGGCCUGUCGAAGGGCUAGGGUAAUGCACUGUGAGAUGCUGGUGGACUUAGUAAUAGAAAUGGCCUUAGUAAUAGAACUGGACAUGAUGGCAUCCAGGAAGCUCUGAAAUUCUCCGGAGACUAUGAGGCUAGGGUCAGCCUGGGGGUCAGGGCCAGGGGCUCCUAUUAAGGGAUUGGGGUGGCCAGGUAGGUCCUCUCCAGCUGACUGCAUGACUGCAGUAAGUGAGUGUAAGGAAGAAAAACAAAUAAGAUAAAAAAGGUGCAGGAUUGCUUAAUCCAAGCACAGGGUAAGGAUGAUCUGAGAGCAAAAUAGCAAAAUGCAGAAAAUGUAAAGAAAAUACCCAGGUCCUGGGUGAAUAUAGCAGAGUGGUGUUGUGUGCAGAGUUUAGCUCAGUUUAAAAUCGCAGCACGAGUGAUAAAAUGGCCGCCGGCAUAGGACGACGACAGAAAAACCCAAAAGAGGGCCGCCACGAGUGUCAUGCGCAUGCGCGGCGCUCGCGAACGGCGAAAGUUAACGUAAAAACUAACCACCGCAUGGAAGCGCAGGGAGCCAGGGACGGGGCGAGGAGGUGUAGGGAACCCUUGCAAUGGUUCCCGGUUGGGAGAGGGGCCAGGGCGAAGCACCCGCCCAGAGGGGGGAAAAGACCCUGGCUUGCCAGACAAGGCAGACCUGCCGAACACCACAGGACCCAGUGGGCACAAAUACAGUAUAAUGUAGAAAACACACAAAUAACACUACAAUAUUUAAAUGAGUUAAGAAGUCAUAGACAACAAUAGUAGUAAAAUAAACUAGUGGGAGCAAAUCAUAAGCCCCUAAGUGAAUAGGGAUGACAUAUGCAGUCCCACAUCAAUAAUUUCACAAAGAAUAAUGUACUUAGCUGGUCUAAGGGAGCAGCAAAGAAAGAGGAAGAGAGUGCUACACCUUAUAUACUGAAGGGGGUGGAUACUGAUUAGUAGCACUGUUGAAUAUGCUAAUGUUAUGUUGUUUUUCUCUUUUACAUACAUUUUUUCUCUUCGCUGCUGAGGGAAAAUUAAAGAAAGAGAAGCUUAAUAGGAGCCUCCGUGUCUUUAAUAAAAUGUAUCCUCCAGCUCUGAUUGAAAGAGCUUUGAACAACAAGAAUUUUAUACAAAAUGAAGGAUGUAAUGUGGUUAUGUUUUCAUACCAAACUUUAUGUGGGUGAUAAUUUAAGGAUUAUGAAUAGAAAUGACAGACACUGCUCAAGAUCGGGUGUGUUAAGCAGUUAUUAUAUAAAUACAAUUUCUCCAUAUCAAUAUGAAAAAAAAAAAAUAGUAGGAACUCUUAAAGUUCAUCUUUUAGGAAAACAAAUUUGUAAAGAUUUAGUCUUUGAUAACUAUGCUACAUUUAAAUAUAAUGCAAUUCUGAGAAGUUGCUAAAUUGGCCUUGGGGGCUGUAGUCCUGGGUGGAAUGUGUGUUUCUUUAGCCCUGGAUCUCUACAAGUGGUAGCGAGGAUGAAGAUAGAAUACUACAUAAUUUUUUUUCUUUUUACAUCAGAGAACUGAUGUUCAAAGCAGCUGGCUGAUAUAAAAUACGGUCACUAGAAUAGCACUCCUGCUGGCUAUUUAGGCAGAGCAGAUGAUCCCACCCUGGUGUCAAAAAGGAAACGAGUGAUAGACAGAGGAAGUUGUCUAUGUAAUGUCAUUUAUUAUGUAAUGUGGCUAGGCAGGAUUGCACUGAAUUUAUUAAAAAACAAAUAUAACACUUCCUAUUACUCAUUAUUCUGCUUCCACGUACAGACCAUUAUGUCUAUCUUACGGUCUUACCACCGAAUUCACAGUUCACGGUGCCAUCUUUUCUUCUCUCUCCUUAGGAACAGUUUCUCUUGUGUCCUUGGCUGUUCUGUCGUAUGAGCGAUACUGCACUAUGUUAGGCAGCACGGAAGCAGAUGUCACAAACUACAAGAAAGCUUGGAUGGGAAUCCUGGUUUCUUGGGUUUACUCAUUAUGCUGGACAAUUCCUCCACUUUUUGGCUGGAGCAGCUAUGGGCCAGAAGGACCCGGAACCACCUGCUCCGUGAACUGGCACUCUCAAGAUGCCGUUAACACAUCAUAUAUUGUGUGCCUCUUCGUCUUCUGCUUGGCCCUUCCUUUCGCUGUCAUCGUCUACUGCUAUGGGAAGUUACUUGUUGCCAUCAAACAGGUGAGACAUUUUAGGAUAACUACAAUCGAAAACGUCUCUUUACACCACUAGUCCUCUCUGUGUGUUAUAAGUGUACGUUAUAUAUUUUUAAUUUAACAUGGGAGCAGUGAAGUAAUUCUAUGCCUGUUGCUCAUGAGACACUGCUGUAGCUGUUUUGACAUCUGUUGCACUAAUAAUUGAGCUUUGCAGCUUAUGUUUUAUCAGCCUAAAUGUAGCAUCUGCUUGGAUAAGAAAGCCUUUAAUAUAUUGAAAUGAAAGUUCAUACUGAUGCUAGCCGUUUACAAUAAACGCCUCUCUGUUUCAUAAAACUACAAUGCGCACAUUUAAAAAAACAAAUGAUUCCCUAAACACUACAAACAAUUAUCUUUCAAACGUUUGAAAAAUCAACACUGUCUUUCUUUACCUGUCAUAUAUAAAACUGAAUAUUAGCAAUAUUAAUCCUGGGAACAGCCAUCUUGUCUCACAGUAGGUGAAAAUUACAUUGUAACUUAUUGUAUACAUGGUCAUCUAAACAAUCUUUUUAACGUCAGUGUAUGCAUAAAAUAAUCAGCAAUUUUAUUACUAAAAAUCCUGUUUUAUAAGGUGUUUAACAAAGGGAUAUAAGUAGUGUCUCUAAACGCACUGUGUUUUCCUCAGUACAUUUCAUCCAUGCCCUGAUAGGCAGCACAUGAAAUCAUCAUAAAGACUAUAUAUAUAUAUAUAUACACCAGUGAUGUAUUCUGGUUUUUGUGCUGCCCUAGGCAUGCAAAAAACUUGAGCACCUCCCCCCCUCCUAAUUUAUCUUCCUGACAGACACAUGCACUCACUGAUGCAUGCGCCGACAUACACUUACAGACAGAUACACAGUCAUUGCCACACACACUGUUUAACAAGCACACACUUUCACUGAAACAUACACAUUCACAGUUAAACACAUGCACCAACACACACACCAAUUCACUGACAGACAUACAUACACACUAACUGACAGACACGCAUUAACUGACAGACACACAUACACACUCCCUGUCAAAACACACAUGCACACUAACUUACAGAUGCACACUCACUGACAGAAAUGCAUACACACUACUGACAGACAUAUAUACACUCAGUGUCAGACACACACAUUUACUGACAGACACAUGCACUAACUGACAGACACACACUGAUAGAUAUACACAUUCACUAACAGACAUACCCAUACUGAUACACACAUACACACACUGACAGGCACACACUCUCACUGACAGACACACACACACACACACACACACACACAAUCUUUGACAGACACAUACUCAUUAACAGACACACACUAACACACUCACUAACAGACACAAACACUCUUACUAACAGACAUACACUAACACACUCACUCACAGACACACACUAACACACUAAAAAAAAAUUUAAAUUGAUUUUUUUUUUGUUUAAUCACUCCAGCCUCCCUACCUUUGGGAGUGCUGGAGUUGAUUAUUCCCUGGAGGCAGAUGGUGAGGGAGCAGGAAGAACUCAAGGGAGAAUGCUCCCUCAACGCCCGGCUACAACCUGACCAGAUGCCAGCUGAUAAUUAAAGAGAAUUUAAAAGGGAAUCAUGACAUGUCAUACACAUCAUGUGUCCUUAAGGGGUUAAAGAGCAAACAUUCUCUUAAAAACCUCUUAAACUGUUUAUAGAGUUCCUAUUAGCUUAAUGCUAAUAAUAUGAAAAAAAAAAUGUUUAUGUCUUGGACAUUAGUGACUAUUACAUUACCUACUUUUAUCUUGGCCAUCAAAGACAUUCUUUUACUUAUCAAGACAUUAGUGACCAUUAUAUAGCAUGAUGAUUGUCAAUAAUCAAUUAACCAUGUAUGUUCAGUACUCCUGUAGAAUACAACGUGGCAAGGGUUCUCAUCACUUUAGCUUUACACAACACACCAUGGCAUAUUUAAAUAAACACACAAGCGCAGUGUAACUUCACACAGGAUCAUGGAUGGGAGAGCACUGCAACAGGUUUAUUUGAAAAGCAUCCAAGAAAGAUCAACAGUAGCGUCUUCAUCAAUAAGUAAUAAUUACAUAAAUCCCUCAAGUCCAUACAGUUCCACCUUCAAGCCACAUAAAGUUCACAGAUACCAGACAUGCUUUUUGAAAUUCAUUGAGAUGCUUAUUCAAACAUUCCACAAUGUCAAGUUCACACGAACUCUGACUUCCUGCAUUAUAAAUUCAUGUCUGAUAUCUCUUGCCAAGCCAACGUGGGCAUCUGAAUUAGUAGAAGGUAGCAAAGUAGCUGUUAUGAAGGUAUCGGUUUAGAUACAAAAUGUUUGCUAAUGUCUUUUUUUUCCAGCCCUUUAGGUGUAGUAAGUAUAUUUGCGAAUUUUGCACUGCUGAUCUGUCACACAUUUUUUAUUAUAACUUUAUAUUUUUUAUGGAUGAAUAAAAAAGAGAGGCUUUCCAUCACAGUUCCUGCAAUUGUUUCCCUCUUUGGAGAGGUAGAUAUGAAAUAUUGAUUAUUUUUGCAUUGAGGGUAAAGCAAUGAUGCUCCCAAGAGGUGAUUACAGAAGGUCUCCACUAUAUUUUUAAUUUAUGUAACAUUAAGUCAUCGGAUGUAAUUAACAUUUUAACUGUGUACAGGCUUUAUUUUUAUUCUGCCUGUUUUCAAAUCAUAUAGCCAUCACCUCGUAUUUACCAGCCCCAAAACAUACUGUAUAUCUAUAUAUACAUAUAUAUUAAUCCUGAAAGUCCCAGAGAGAGACUGAAACGUUGAUAUUGAUAUUGCUGAAUAAAGAAGAAGUUUUAUUUAAAGACCGUGAGUGCUGCCACUUUUACUAUUGUUUGGAUAUUAAAACGCCAGGCUUAGCACCCGGCAGGUAUUUAUAUCUAGCAAUAUUCCUUUAUAAAAAUACAAUUAUAUCUCCGGAAAAUUAGCUUCACCCACUACCCUGUCUUUGCUUAUCUGAAAAGACAGGUGUCCUUUUUUUUUUUUUUUUUUAACACUUCUUCUUCCUUCAGUAGCGUGCUAACAACUGCUUCUUCUCAUGACCAAAGAUUAUUUUCAUAAUUUACUGAAGAGGAAGAUACUGAAUUUAAUGUGUCCUCUUUCCCAACCCUCUGUUCCUUGAUCUGUCUACUAACUCAGUUUUAUUUACCUUGGGGCCCCAGGAGAGCAACCUGUAAGGACUUGGCCGGCUGCUGUAAAACCGAGCCCUUAUAUGCCUUCUGAACCCCAAAUACGGACACAUCAUCAUGCACAUGUUGCGCACGCAUGUUCCGACAACACAUGACUGCCAAUACCAGAAACCCUGGCCUCAAUAGGCUAUUUAAACUCAAAUUAGAAAUUUUUCAGUGUCCUGUUGUGGUUUACCUUAAAGGUUAUCCGAGAGCGCGUUCCUAUUACUGCUUCUUGAUAUUUUGGCCUUGGCUUGUUUAUUGAAUAUUCUCCAUUCUAUCUCCCUGAAUCUUGGCUUGUUUUCUCAAUCUUCUAUAGAACUCGGUCCGUCUAUACUAUUCUAUAUAACAUUGAGUCCGACCACUCUAAGGCCCAGGAAUACAUUUUAGUAUUCAGUUUUAUAUAUUUUGUAUUUGUUCACUUAAGUACUACGUGUUGGGUAUGACUAAUCCUGACAUUAAGUCAAAUAAAUCACAUUAUGGUUAAGCCUGCUCUGCUUUUAAUCUUUAUUCUAGAUUUCUGUAUUCUUUAGGAUUGAAUUUAAAUUCCUAAUUGAUUCUUAACUACAAAGUUCACCACAGCUGUACCACAAAUUAGACACAUUAUAUACAAUACAAAAACACAAAGGAAAAAAUUACUUGUGCACUAGUCCAAAUCCCGAUGCUCAUUUAAAUAACUAAAGGAUUUUAGUAUAACUCCAAUGGCCAUUAAAGUGUAAACUCACCUGCCACGUCAAGGCAAAACCUCUUAGGUGAGUAGUACACUAACAAUUCACCUUGCUGCGUUCAGCUAAAAGGUGAAUCUCUCAUGAGGCAGCAAGGGGUAUUUUUCUAAACCUCUACACACUUAUUAAUCUUUAAUAGGGAACUCAUCAGCACUGUAACAUGGCUAAACUCAAACACACGAAAUAAAGCCCUGCGCUCACAUUCCCGCUACUCCUGGGCGGCAGCAAUGACUACAGUGAUCAUCAGCCCCAAUACAUACAAUAAAAAUGAAAGAAACUUCCUUGGGCACUAUUCCAAAUCCCUAUGCACAUUUAAAUAAUUGGACAUUUUUUAGUAUCACUCUAAUUACAGUGUAAGCUCACCUAUCAAGUCUUAGGUGAAUUUGAGCACAAGACUUAAUUUUGUAUGGUUGUAUUUCCUUUUGUAUUACACAGCCAUGUUAGAGGUGAUGCCGCCCACCUCUAUGUAGUACCCCACCCAAUAGUGCUCAACACUAUUCCCAUCAAAUCAAUUAUUUCCCUAUUUAAUAUCUUGAAUAUUUUAAACCACUGUAAGUUAGUAUACCCCCCUAUUUCAUCAAUAUGGACAUCAGAUCACAUCAUGGUUUCCUUGGUGAAGUAGCAAAUCAAACAUUUUUGAAUAAAAUACAACCGAGGCGGAUGUCAAUGUGCACUUUCUGCACUUUUAUUUCUUCUUUAUUUAACUUCAUAUUGCCUCUGCUUCUUACAAUUUUGACUUCUGACACCUUACACUUUUCUGGUAUUUAAAACAUAUUAAUAAUAGUUGAAUUAAUUAAUAAUUAAAUUCAAUGGGAAGCCUAAGAAACAGAAGGCAUCAUAAAGUUGAUCCAUAUUAACUUGGUGUGGAGAUUUACACCACCCACAGCAAGUAGUCUCAUUUAGAUCAUGCCCUCCUCGCAACAUUUUCUUGGGGUCUGCCUUUCAUCAUGUGUUAUAUACAUCAGUAGUUUUACAAACUAAGCAUUUAGUAAACCAUAAGUUAAAAUGGAAUGACGUGUUGCAGUAACCAAAUUACUGUAUGAGAGAACACAUGUUGGCUAUUUGCUCUUGGUACAAAUUUAUCAAAUUUAGAGAUGCAUGGAGUCAAGGGCAAUGUGCCUGACUGGGAUGCAGGAGACCCAGGUUCAAACCCAGCCAGACCCAAAUACCCAUAAUUAGCGCAUAGCAUGCUGGUGAUCCUGACAUCACCCUCCCCUCAAAGACGCUCUUAGGCGAGAAGAGGAAAGCAAUAUAUAGUCCAGAAGGUUACUUCUUGGAUUUGGCGGUACUAGCAGGAGCAGAGGUCAUUGCUUGUAGGGCCUUUUCAAAUACAUGCAAGUCCUCCUCCAGACUAGAGUCCCAUUAGAGGUGUAAGUACAGCCAGAAGCAAGCACUACAAGUCCUGUCGAGGUAUCAAUAUCCUUCUGAAGAUACGGUCUCCAGUACAAGUCCUGUCGAGGACUUGUAGUGGUUGUGGUGCUCGCUUUCUUAGAACCAGAAUCUUUAGUAGAAAUAGAGAUCUCAGAUUUUUCAUCUGAGGAAAGGGAUUUAGGGGUGAUUAUUUCUGAUGAUUUAAAGGUAGGCAGACAAUGUAAUAGAGCAGCAGGAAAUGCUAGCAGAAUGCUUGGUUGUAUAGGGAGAGGUAUUAGAAGUAGAAAGAGGGAAGUGCUCAUGCCAUUGUACAGAACACUGGUGAGACCUCACUUGGAGUAUUGUACACAGUACUGGAGACCGUAUCUUCAGAAGGAUAUUGAUACCUUAGAGAGAGUUCAGAAAAGGGCUACUAAACUGGUUCAUGGAUUGCGGGAUAAAACUUACCAGGAAAGGUUAAAGGAUCUUAACAUGUAUAGCUUGGAGGAAAGACCAGACAGGGGGGAUAUGAUAGAAACAUUUAAAUAUAUAAAGGGAAUCAACACAGUAAAGGAGGAGACUAUAUUUAAAAGAAGAAAAACUACCACAACAAGAGGACAUAGUCUUAAAUUAGAGGGACAAAGGUUUAAAAAUAAUAUCAGGAAGUAUUACUUUACUGAGAGGGUAGUGGAUGCAUGGAAUAGCCUUCCAGCUGAAGUGGUAGAGGUUAACACAGUAAAGGAGUUUAAGCAUGCGUGGGAUAGGCAUAAGGCUAUCCUAACUAUAAGAUAAGGCCAGGGACUAAUGAAAGUAUUUAGAAAAUUGGGCAGACUAGAUGGGCCGAAUGGUUCUUAUCUGCCGUCACAUUCUAUGUUUCUAUGUAAACACCUGCCACUGCUCUCUGCUCAAGAGACAUCACUUGUUUUCUGUGUUCAGGAUAAAAUGAAAAGCAGGUGGAGGUUUAAUAGAUUAGUCCUCACUAACAUAUAAUAUCUUUACCUGUUUCCUGAUAGCUUUCUAUUACAAUAUGUAGUGCUACUGCAAGGGUUCUUAAAUUACUUUGCUUUAUAUUAUCUCUAAAACCUUACCUAAAGCCAGAAAUCGGCACAACAUACUUAGAAAAACACAGAAAAAAGUACUUGGACAGUACACAUAGCUUAUCCCUCGGUGAGCCACCUGGAGUGUAGGUAUACAUUUUAUAAAACUGUCUUAUAGCAAUGUUAUAUAAAUAAUGCUGCAAGUAACUUCAAUGUCAAAAAACCAUGGUAAAGAUGGAAUUUACAUUUGUGUUAAUAUACCACAUGCAAAUUAAUCUACAUGUGAAUCUUUCUAAAUUUGAAAUAUACAUACAUUGUGCUGGCUCCUAUUAUAUUAAGACAUUACAUGUGUAACAUUUAUUGUAUUAUGUAACUUCUAAUUUUGAUUAAUGUUCUUGUUUUUGUGGCUUUCAUGGAACUAUAAUGGAACAUUAUGCAAAUUGUUCUUAGAAGUAGGCUCUGGGUCUCUGAGAGUGGAGGACUCUAUUGGAACAUUCAUGGAAGAAAGUCCUCAACUCCUCACCAUGAGUUCAUCACUUCAAUCAAUUUCUAUUGUAAUUAUUUAAUAGCCAUCUAUUCCAAUAAAUUAGUGAUGAGCUGGGUUUGAGAUUAAAGGGACUAUUUAGUCUCCAAAACAACUUGAAAAUUAGAUCGGCUGAGAUAAUAAGAACUUAGGAUCUCAGCUGAGUAGAUAGGGCAGCUGCAUAGACAUCAACGCAUGGGGGUAGUAAGUAAAGUAAAACUGAUUUUAUUACUAGUUCUGGGGCAAAUGGAUAUCGAACUAGGUAGCAUAACUCUGUAGCAUUAAGAGAUAAAAAAAAACCACACACACUAAUAAGGACCAGGAUAAACAAAUUACCCGUAAGCCAUACACCAGUGAGUCACCCUAUAUGUGUGCAUAUGUGUGUGUGUAUGUGUGUGUGUCUGUAUAUGUCUGUGUAUAUUUGCAUGUGUGUCAUUAUGUGUGACUUUGUAUCCGUUUAUCUAUCCGUGUGUUUGUAUGUGUCUGUGUGCAUGUGUGUCUGUAUGUGUGUCUGUGUAUCUGUGUGUGUGUCUGUAUGUGCCUGUGUAUCUAUGUGUUUGUGUAUCUAACUGUGUGUAUAUAUAUAUGCAUAUGUGUGCAUCUGUGUGUACUGUGUGUAUGUAUGUGUGCAUGUGUCUGUAUCUGUGUGACUGUGUAUAUACAUGUGUGUCAUGAUGUGUGAUUUGGUAUCUGCUUGUGUGGCAGUGUGUGUGUGUCUGUGUAUCUGUGUUAUUGUGUAUCUGUGUUAUUGUGUAUUUGAAUUUUAUUCCCAUAGGGUAGUUUUAUAUUCAGGAUUUUUCUUUUUAUCCAACAAGAUCCAAAAUUUGAGGUGGUCAUCUUAUAAUCAGGGUUGUCUUAUAAUCAAGCAAAUGCUGUAUUUUACAGGAUCCCCUUGGUUAAUGAUGGUCUGGGUUUUUAUUUAUUUAUUUACCAAUUUCUAUGCUGGUUGUCUUGUUUUCUAGACUACAUCAAACGUGCAAAUCUUUAUCAUUUAGGCUGUUUUAUUGCACAAGUUACAAAAUUAACCCCUUGAUUUUUUUUACUUCCUGUUGAUAUCUUAUUGUUCAAAAACUGCUACUGUGCUUUACAUAUAUCUGAUUGUUCUAUCACACUAUACUGGUUUCAACUAGAGUUGAAACAUUGUUUGUGUUUCCUGCUAGACUGUUUAAAUCCUACAUGUUAUUGGUAGGCAUAUAAAUUGUGCCGUAUGGCAGUUUGUAAAACUGAUUAAUUACAGUGUUUCUUAUGGGAAGUCUUAUGUGAUAAAUUAAUUGAUUUUCCUUAGUGGUUGACCUGUCAGUUAUGCUCAUGUAUCACAUUACAUACAGUACAUCGAUCAUACAACAGUCCAGUAAAAAACAUAACUAAGGCCUCUAUUUAAUAUUGCUGGAUAAGCUUUCCAAAUGAGUUAAUAUUUUUAUAUAAACUAUUAAAAUGAUUUAAUUUAAUUGUCAUAUAUUUAAUUUUGUGUUAUUUUUUAAUAUGUUGAUUUUUUUAUAUAAAUAUUAUAUUUUUUUUAUAUUUUAAUGUGUUUGAAAAAAUAUUUUAAAAGCUUACCCAAAAAUAUUAAAUCUAUUUGGAAAGCUUAUCCAACAAUAUUUAAGAGACAUGCAGCACUUAACAAUAAUAUUUCUAAACUAGCAAGCAAACACUUUUAAACAAAUAUACAAACUAAAGAAUGUCAAGCAUGCACAAUGAACUUUUCCAGCAUUCCUAGGGAUAGGGCACUGAUUGGUUAGAUCAGUGUACCACCUGUAGUUGGUGUUGGAAUCAUAAGAAAGAAGAAGCAGGUAAAUAUGAAGCAAAUAAAUCAUAUUUACCUGCUUUUUUUCAGCAAGCAGAGUGAGGCAACCGUCUCAUUCAACGCUAGAGCUUUUCCAUGUGAUACACUUAAAGACAACUUUCUGAAAUUGAGGCCUGGGUUGGCAACACUAGACGAAGCCAGUUGUAAUUCUUUUAUGCCUGCAUAUAAAUGAAUUGACCUCUGAGAUCUUAAACUGAUCUUCAGGUGAGAUACAGUCACUGUUUUGUUAGUGUUACUUCACACAAGCUAUUAACUGUGUACAGUGUUGAGCAAUAGCAAGUAAAAAUAUUUUAGGAAGCUCUUCCAAUGUUCUUUCUCUCCAAUUUGACUCCUUGUCUUUAAAUAACAUUUGAUAUAUGGCUACAUAAAGAAUAAUUAAAUUAUUUAAAAAAUAAGGAAAAAUAGCUUACGGUGAUAUUAAUUCAUUCAUAAUUGCAUUCAGAAAAUGUAAUAAAAAAUACUCUUCACUCCAUGAAUGUGUUGAUUACUCUUCCAACACUAAUUUUAUACAAUAGAGAUCAUUACGGAAAUUGUCAAAAUCAGCUUUAUAUACAUGAUUGUGAGAGGAAGGGUAAUUAGUCUAAAUGAGCUGAGCAUAUUUUUUCUGUGUUUAGUGAUAGGAUAAUUUGUUACAUAAAACAUAUUGAUAACAUAAGAUUGUUGGUAAACAAAUCUUGUCAUUUACUUCUAUUUAUAAUGUUAAAUGUCACGGUUAAUGAAAAGUAUACUAUUCUAAAACCAAAAUGGAUUUAUUCUGUAUGAUAGCAAAUCUACUCUGAUAAUGUAUGUUAGGUUUGGAUGCCAAAAUGAUCGGAACUGCUCCGUGAUAGAUCUGAUUCACAUUAGCAUCAUCCAAUACAUAGAUAUAAUGUAUUGUAUUAUUUAAAGACACAUAUUUAAUCUAUACAUAAUGUUGAUGAAAUUGCCAUGAUAUAAGUCCAUCCUCAUAGCUCAAAAUGUGUUGGUUCCUCAGUGUCCAAAUAUUAGAUGUGCACUGGAAACCAUGCUUAUUGACAAAAUAACUUUUUAUCUAUACAUUUACUGGAUGUUGGCAGAAUCUGCUCCACCAUAUACACUAGUAGAUUGAGGUACAUUGACCAUCUUACUUUUGUCAGAGAAGAGAUGUCUGUCUGGCAACAAAAACCCAUAUUAUACAGCCAGAUACAGAACCUGGAAGCAGUAUAGCUGAUAGUAACUCUAGCAAGAUCUAGCCCUAAAAACUGGUAACCACCAGAUAUGCGUCUCUUCUGUACUAACUGCUAAAGCAAAUAAAACUUUGCAAGUCUAUCUACUCAGACCAAUUGCAACUGCUCUCUCAAACCUGUUCUCAUAAACUGAUAGGAAAUGAAUGCUGUUUUAAACUCCACUACAAUAGAUAUACAAGACUAGAAGAAGAACAUACACUUUUAAAAGCAGAACAACACACAGGAAAUUGAGAGAGAGACAGAUGACACGUAUGCCGACUUAUUAAGUGACCUAAGAGAACAGGGCAGUUAUAACACUUAAAGGAUAACAAGUUGAGGAUGGUGUAAGUUUGGGUACGUAAUAGGAUUGAACAAUCCACAUUUUCCAAACCAUAGAUCUUUGCAUAUUGGAACCUAGUUGCAAGUAAAGUUCUAGGUGUAUCACAAAGGUUACAUUGGACUAUAUGGAAACCAAGCAGAAACACGGUGCUAGUGGCACCACAGGUGUAGGUAGGUGGUAACAAGCAUAACAGAAUGCUAAACUGUCUGAAACUUGAAAGCUAUCUCAACGAGCAGAGAUCUUGAAAGCUAUCUUAAAGAGCAGAGAUGGCUACCGAUACAGAUGAGCUGACACGUGAUAUCUUAAAACACAGGCAUGUGUCUCCACAAUUCGAGAGAUUGUGAUUUCAUGGCAUCUAACGUGGCAGAUCCUGGAGGCAGUUGUUGACGGCCUUGAAUGUGGGUAGCAGGAACUGAGAACACCAAGAACACAAAGUUGAAUACUAGACCAGGAAACAACUGUAGUUCAUGCUUUCAAUAAUUUACAACAAUUUACAUAGGAAUUAUUUAUUCAGGUGAGUAAUGGAUUUUUAUUUGAAGACUCUUUUAACUUUAAAAAGUUAGUUCUAUUUUUUUUUUUUUUUAGCGGCAAAAUGUUUUUUUUUUUUCAUUCUUUAUUUUGGUUGUCCAUAUUUGCAUUUAGAAUUUUAAAAGCCAUAUAUUGUUAAAGUUUAAAGUUGUUUAAGUUUUUUUGGUGUGUUAUCAGCUGACUAGGUGGCAUGCACUUCAAACUGAAAACAAACAGGGUACCUGGUUGGGGACACCACGCAAUAAUCCUUUAAGAAAAUUAGUCCAAGGGCAUGAAUUUGUGUCUUUACCAGUAUUAUUAAUAGUGCCAACAUAUUCCUCAGGGCUUUAUAAUUAUAGCAAGGGCAUUUAGAGGUGAAUAAAGGUGCUCAAAUAAGCUUUCUAUCUAUGAUGAUUUGAAGUAGAUAUAAAUCAUUAGGUGUCUUCAUUAGGUGUCUUUAUCUAAAAUUCAGAAUUUAAUGCCCCUUGUUUUGUAAAAUAAAUUUGCCGUAUAAUGACUUGGCUCAUUAACUUCUGUAUACUUAUUAUUGUUAGUGCUCAGAUUUUUUCUAUGCCUAAAUAUUGUCUUAUGUAACCUGAAAAUUAUUUUUUUUGUUACAAAUUAUGAUCUUCAUUAGUGAAAUGUGAUAUAUUUUUUUUAAAUUUUGUUAAUUUGUAAAUAAUGUUAUAAAUUUGUAAGGAAUUUAAGGGACACUCCAGGCAGCUAAACAAGUUAAGCUUAAAUUAAAGCUAAUAAGCUCAAAAUACCGGUGGUUAGUUUCUUUUCUUUCAAUUCUGUAUAAUUUUCCUGCAGUGUUGUAAAAUGUUUUGCUGUUUUCAGCUGUUUAACAGAGCCCGAGCCUUCUUAGCCACCUCCCUCUCACAUUUCAGCAUGUUCCUGAUUAACAGUCACUGAAAGAAACUUACCUUUUGCAGCCAAUGAAAAUAGAGGCAUGUCUUAUCUAGUGUAAGGAAUGCUCACAGCACAGACAGGGCCGGUGCAAGGAUUUUUGGGUACAUAGGCGAAGAUGUAUCUUCCCCCCCCAACCCCACAAAAUAACAUCUUCACCUAUGUGCCUCUUAACCAGCCCCUCUCCCCGUCCAUUAGUGGUCCCCUCCCUUCCCUGUCCCUUAGUGUUCUUCUAAGCUCUCCCCUCUUUUUCCUGUCCCUUGGUGUUUCUCUCCCCUCCCCUCCCUGUCCCUUGGUGCACCCCCCACCCCCUUAGUGGUCGCACUCCCCUUCCUGGUGUGCCUCCUACCUCUCUUGUAGCGUUGCCAAGUGGAGGAUAUCCCCUACAGGAGCUUCAAUUUUCUGUACCUGGCCGGACUGACAGGGAGUGCUCUCUCAGUGAGCACCUCCGGUCAGUCUGGCCGGGUACAGGAAACAGAAGCUCCUGUACUGCGUUCCACCACGCUACACUCAGUGGUGUAUACACACUGACAGUCACACACACUCAAUGACAAACACACAGACUCACUGAUCUGGCACACACUCAUUCAUUGACAGACACACUGAUACUUACACACAGACUCAAUGACAAAGAUACUCUCACUGAUUUGACAGACACUCACAAACACACACUGACAGACACACAUACACUGCCACACUCAUACACUCACAUGCAGUACUCAUACAAGCACUCACAGACACACUCACUCACAGACACACAUACUCAUGCACACACUCAGUCACUCACAGGCACACAGACACUCAGGCACACAUACACUCACACACAGACAGUCACUCACAGGCACACAUACACUCAGGCACACAUACACACACACAGACACACUCAAUCACAGACAGUCACUCACAGACACACAGACACUCAGGCACACAUACACACACACAGACACACUCAAUCACAGACAGUCACUCACAGACACACAGACACACUCAAUCACAGACAGUCACUCACAGACACACAGACACACUCAAUCACAGACAGUCACUCACAGACACACAGACACACUCAAUCACAGAUAGUCACUCACAGACACACAGACAUGCAUACACACACUCACUAAUUAUUUUAAUAAAUAAACAUUUUCCACCCAGCCUCCCUACCUGGAGAGCUGGUGUGGAUGAUGAAUCAUUCCCUGGGGUCCAGUGGGGCUGCUGGGAGGCGUGCGGCAGUGCUGUGAUCAGACGCGGCAAUUGAGCUCUAACCUCUCUGCUCUGCUCCCGCUCUGCUCUGCUCUGCACGCCGCGCCGGGGAUCCAGAAGGUGGCCUGGCAGGAGGGAGAGCUUCCCUCCUGCCGGUCACUGAAAUAUUGCGCCCCCGAAACCGGUGCGCCCUAAGGCGGCCGCCUGUGCCGCCUUAUGGACGCGCCGGCCCUGAGCACAGACUGCACUGCUGUUAGUGCCCACAUGUGCUCCUCUCCCUCCCUGUAAUGCAAGUAAUAUACUCUCAAGUCCCUGUCAGCCAAGCUCCCUACUCACUGCUAAGCACUUCCCUGCCAGUCUCAGUCAGCCAAUCUCACUACACACAGUUAACCCCUCCCCUGCUAGUCCUAGUCAUCCAACUUCCUUACCCAAUGUCAGCUAACCUCCCUACCCACUGUUGACCCUUCCCUGUCACCCAACCUCACUAUCCUCCCUCCCCUGCCAGUCCCUGUUAGUCAACCCAACUCCCCACUGUUAACUCCUCCCUUGCCAGACCCUCUCAGCCAACAUCACUAAACACUGUUAACCCCUCCCCUGUCAGUCCCUGUCAGCCAACCUCACUAUGCACUGUUAACCUCUCCCUUGCCAGUCCCUGUCAGCCAACCUCACUAACCAUUGUUAACCCCUCCCUUGCUACUCCCUGUCAGCCAGCCUUGCUACCCAUUGUUAGCCCCUUCCCAGUCAGCCAACCUCACUACUCACUGUUACUCCUUUCCUGCCAGUACAUGUCAGCCAAGCUCCCUAUCCACUGUUAACCUAUUCCCUGCCAGGCAACCUCACUAACCACUGUUAACCCCUCCCCUACGAGUCCCUGUCAGCCAACCUCACUACCAACUGUUUACUUCUCCCCUGCCAGUCUCUAUCAGUCAAACUCAUGACUCACUGUUAACCUGUCUCACUACCAACUGUUAACUUCUCCCCUGCCAGUCCCUUUCAGUCAACCUUACUACUCACUGUUAGCCCCUCCCAUGCCAGUCCCUGUCAGCCAACCUCACUACUCAGUCCCUGUCAAACUACUCACUGUUAGCCCCUUGCCAGUCCCUGUCAGCCAACCUCACUACUCACUGUAAAUCCCUCCUUUGCCAGUCCCUGUCAGCCAACCUCACUACCAACCGUUAACCUAUCUCCUGCCAGUCCCUGUCAGUCAACCUCACUACUCACUGUUAGCCCCUCCCGUACCAGUCCCUGUCAGCCAACCUCACUAACUACUGUUAACCCCUCCCCUGCCAGUCCCUGUCAGUCAACCUCACUACUCACUGUUAGCCCUCCCCUGCCAACCAACCUCACAAACCACUGCUAACCCCUCCUGUGCCAGUCUCUAUCACCCAACCUCACUUACCACUGUUAACCCCUCCCUUGCCAGUCCCUGUCAGCCACCCUCACUACCAACUGUUAACCUCUCCCCUGCCCAUCGCUACCUCAUUACUCACUGUUAACCCGUCCCCUGCCAGCCAACCUUACUUAUCACUGUUAACCCCUCCCCUGCCAGUCCCUGUCAGUUAACCUAACUAACCACUCUUACCCCCUCCUCUACCAGUCUCUGUCAGCCAACCUCAUUACCCACUGUUGACCUCUAGAUAGAUAGAGAGAGAGAGAGAGAGAGAGAUAGUCAGACAGAUAGCUAUAGAGAGUGAUAACUCAAAGCUCUAUAUAUAUUUAUAUAUAUAUAUAUAUAUAUAUAUAUAUAUAUAUAUAUAUAUAAAAACUAGAUGUAUGUAAACUAGAAAAAUGGUCAGAGUUGUGGCAACUGACAUUUAAUGUGGAUAAGUGCAAGAGUACAGAAUAUUUGAUACCCUACUAACCUCAACAUCUGAGGAAAGGGAUUUAGGGGUGAUUAUUUCUGAUGACUUAAAGGUAAGCAGACAAUGUAAUAGAGCAGCAGGAAAUGCUAGCAGAAUGCUUGGUUGUAUAAGGAGAGGUAUUGGCAGUAGAAAGAGGGAAGUGCUCAUGCCAUUGUACAGAACACUGGUGAGACCUCACUUGGAGUAUUGUACACAGUACUGGAGACCGUAUAUCCAGAAGGAUAUUGAUACUUUAGAGAGAGUUCAGAGAAGGGCUACUAAACUAGUUCAUGGAUUGCGGGAUAAAACUUACCAGGAAAGGUUAAAGGAUCUUAACAUGUAUAGCUUGGAGGAAAGACGAGACAGGGAAAAUAUGAUAGAAACAUUUAAAUAUAUAAAGGGAAUCAACACAGUAAAGGAUGAGACUAUAUUUAAAAGAAGAAAAACUACCACAACAAGAGGACAUAGUCUUAAAUAAGAAGGGCAAAGGUUUCAAAAUAAUAUCUGGAAGUAUUACUUUACUGAGAGGGUAGUGGAUGCAUGGAAUAGCCUUCCAGAUGAAGUGGUAGAGGUUAACACAGUGAGGGGGUUUAUGCAUGUGUGGGAUAGGCAUAAGGCUAUCCUAGACUUAAGAGAAGGACAGGAACUAAUUAAAAGUAUUUAGAAAAUUGGGCAGACUAGAUGAACCAAAUGGUUCUUAUCUGCCGUCACAUUCUAUGUUUCUAUGCUGUAUACAUAGAUUUCCCUCAUUGUAUUCACCUGGUUAUCCAUUAAUUAACUUUGUGUUUGUGUUUUUGACCACCAUUGCAGGAAUAUAGCUAAUAAGCAUUAAAAAAUAAAAAUAUUUACUGUACUUCUUUUAGGCAGAAAAACUGAGCAGCAAUCAGCAAUAGCCCCAUAUUAAAAGGCAACACACAGUUAAUAUGAUAUAUAGUACCCUAUCACUCUGCAUGGCCAGUAGGUAGGACAUCAAUGUUAACUGUAGAAUAUAGCCUGUGGAAGUGUCACAGACUGUCAGUGUCACAACAUAAAUCCAGUGAUUAUGUUUGCUAGCAAGCUGAGAUGGUGUUAACAUUUGCACCAUAUCAGCCUAUUGUUUUACUGUAUCGCUUAAACAAUUUAUCUUUUAUUUGUUUUUUCUUUAUUUUUUGUCACAUUCAAUAGAUGUAUAUAUGACAAGGUCAAGGAAACAUGUUAGAACAGCAAAUUACACCCUUCAAGGUUCCUCUUUUUAUUCAUCCAGGCACAGUGAAAGGAACAUUUGAAGCACCAUAACCACUGCAGUUCAAUAAAGUGGUUAGUGUGCCAGGACUUCCCUGGCACCAUCCCAUCAUAAGUAGUCAAACCAUUUAGUAUGACUUGACAACUUAUCUGAGUCCCUCAUAUACUCAUAGUUGUAGUAUUCUCUUGGAGGUGAAUCUGGGUAGCUCUACAGAACUAUGUAUGGUAAUUUAGAUGACACUCAAGGUUUGGGGGCAAAGAGGCACCCAAAGGGACUGGGGUAGAAAGAAGAUACACACAAAGAGUCUGGAGGUAGAAAGAGACACACAAAGGGGUUGGGGUAGAAAGAGACACAAAAAGAGGCUGGAGUGGAGUAAGAGGCACACAAAGGGUAGGGUGUAAGAGAUAUACAACAUGUAGGGAUAAGAUAGUCUAAAGUUGAGGGUAAGACAAAAGGAGGAUAAGAUACACUAAACUGGGUAACAUUCAAAAAAGAAGAUAAAAAACACAAAAGGGGACUCAAGAAAUUCAACAGGGGGAUUAAGAGACAUUCAGGUGAAGAUGCAUGUUUUGGGGGGUCAUGGUGGGGGGCGACUAAAUGCAUUUUCGCCUAGUUAGCCAAAAAUCCCUGCACUGGCCCUGGUGACACUCUGAAACAAUAACUGUGGUCCUUGAUUGACCAUACUUUAUUGUAAAUAGACAUCCUGCAGGUGCCUAGGCACCCAGGUAAGAUGACAAACCGUACUAAAAUGGUUUGACUUCUUACAUUGGACAGCAAGAGCAGGCAGUAGAUUGUGCAGUACAUUGAAAGGUGCAUUGACCUGUUAUUUGUUUCACAGAUAAAUGGAGAAGAAUUCGGGAUUAUUCUAGCUUUAGUGACUGAAUAAUCUAAAUUUUAUUAAAGACAGGAGGCAAAUAUUUGCUUUAACCUUCUUUACUGAACCUCCCAGCAGCAAAGAAAUAGUUAAACAUAUAGAGAAAAAAUCAACCAAUCAGGACACAUAUUAGAACAUAACAGUCUGUCAGGCUCCUCCCAAAUCCUCUUUCUGAUGCAGCCGAUCAUAAGUGUAGUCAACCGUGUAAACUUGAGUAAUCCAUCAACCAUGUAAACCAGAACGCAGCCGAUACUAGAGACCAAAGGAACGUAGUCUUCGUGGCUCAUGUAGAGAAACUUCACACUAAAAGACAGAGAAAGAUCGUGAAAGUAUGGUCACUUGGACUGGGUGUCCGCAAGAUAUCUACAUUUACAGAUCUACCCCCUGGAUAUUACGAGUAUAACUAUUGCAAAAUUUAAAAUAAUCAGAACCAGGCAGAUUGAUAAGCACCUAAACAGAGCAAACAAGAAAAACAGUCAGAUAAAUAUAAAGUCUCACAAGAAACCUAGAAAAAAAUUUAAGAGUACAUGUGAUCUGAAAAAAAUCUGGGUGGGAGAGCAAUAGGGUGGGAAAAUAUUCGCCUCCUGUCUUUAAUAAAAUUUAGAUUAUUCAGUCACUAAAGCUAGAAUAAUCCCGAAUUUUAUGGCAAGACAGGAGGCUUCAUAUUUGCUGUUUUAAAGCGUGGAAACCAAAGAAAAAGAAGCAUGGGACGAUUGUCGAAAAUAGAAGGUACGGAAGGUAGAUUCUCUAGACCAAUCAGCGCAUUUUAGGAUGUCUGCAAGGGAUCCCCCAGCUAUAAAGGCGGAAGAGGCAGCAGUGCCUCUGACAGAAUGAGCGCCAAAAGAUGAAUCUAUGCCCGCUGAAUCUAGAAGUCAUUUAAUCCGGCGGGCAAUCGUGGGACAAGACACUGGCUUGUGUGGUCGCACAUAUGAGAUAAACAGGGGGCCCGUAGGGGGACGUAGAGGUGAUGUAGAGGCGACGUAGUGUUGGACACAACGAGCAACGCAAAGCGAUGGUCUGUCGGAAAAAUAAAGGUAAGUAAUCGUUAAGGAAUUAGUUUUAGUGCGGCGAGAAAUGUUGAAACAUACACCUUGGGGCGUGAAUUCAAUAGCGUGAAAGUCAAAUGCCUGAAUAUCAGAGACUCUCCUAAAAGAAACCAAGCAGAGGAGAAAAGCUAAUUUGGCCGACAGUUGUCGUAAAGAGAGUGCUUCAUUGGGUGGCCAAGUCUCUAGGAAGGACAAAACAAGAGCAACAUCCCAAAAAUGAGAAUAUUUUGGGACAGGAGGUCGAGCAAGACGAAUGCCACGCAACAGUCUACAGAUGGAGGGGUGUUUACCUAUUGCUGUAUUAUCAAUGGGGCCAUGAGCUGCCGAAAUUGCUGAACGAAACACAUUAAUGGAUCUGUAGGAUUUACCUUGAUCAAAAAGAGAGGACAGAAAGUUCAUGACGUUAAUCAAAGAAGCUGAAACGGGAUCAAUACACCUUUCCAAGCACCAGCGAUGCCAAACUCGCCAGGCUGAGAGGUAAGAGCAUCUAGUCCCGGGGGCCCAUGAGUCCCAUAAGAGUGCUCUAGCAGUCUCCGAAAGUCCUGCGGCAUUCCAGGAUCCCCUGAAACAGUCCAGGCCACUAGCUGGAGAUGACCCUGCAACGUAAGAGGGUGAAAAUUGCCUGCGGGAUCUUUGAGAAGAUCGUGCGUGGCAGGUAGCAGUAGUGGAUAAUUCACCGACAUCUCCAAGAGAUUGGGAACCAUGGCUGGGUAUGCCACAAAGGGGUCAGCAGUGUUAUUGUGGCCCCCUGAGUCCUGAGAUGAUGGAGAGUGCGAAGGAUCAUGGAGAACGGAGGGAAGGCAUAAGCGCCGGUCAUUGGCCAAGAUUGAAGGAAGGCGUCUACUGCCAGAGAGGUCGGAUCCGGCAACCAACUGAAAAAAGUGUCCGUCUGUCGGUUCAGACGAGAUGCAAAUAGGUCGAUAUUGAAUGGACCCCGAAGAAGAUGGAGACGGUAAAAAACGUGUGAGUCCAAUUGCCAGUCGCUGGAGUCUCUCCAGUGUCGAGAGAACCAAUCUGCGACUAAGUUGUCGGAACCCGGUAGAUACUCCGCUCGCAGGGAGAUGUUCCUGUCCAGACAAAAUUGGUAUAGUUCUUUUGUGAGGUCUGAGAGCAUUUUGGAACGGGAUCCCGCUAAACGAUUCACGUAUUGAACAGCUGAGAUGUUGUCCAUUCUCCGUACUAGGGAACAAUUGUAGGAGUCCUUUGCGAAACUGCGAAUCGCAAAGGACCCGGCAAUCAACUCGAGGCAAUUCAUGUGCAAUGCCCGUUCUGAUGGGGACCAAGGACCUGCGGUAGAGAGAUUUGCGCAUGAUGCACCCCAGCCUAGAAUACUGGCAUCUGAUUCUAGGAUGUAAUCUGGCUGUGAUCCAAAGAUCGCUCUCCCAUUCCAUGCUUCCAUAUGGUGUAGCCACCAGUUCAAUUCUAGUCGGACUUCGUCUGUCAAGGAGAUCUGUUGAUCGUAAGAUGCAGAGUGACGUAACGAGCGAGUCUUCAGACGUUGCAUUGCUCGGUAAUGUAAAGGAGCUGGGAAGAUCGCCUGAAUUGAGGCGGAGAGUAGUCCGAUUAUGCGAGCUAAGUCGCGAAGGCGGAUAGUCGAAGAGGCUAGACUUUUUCUGAUGUCUUUUUUGAUGUUCUUGAUCUUUACUGAAGGGAGUUGUAGGAUAGCCAAAACGGAAUGUAUUUGGAAUCCCAGGAAUUGAACCACCUGAGAUGGGGUGAGGAUGGAUUUUUGGACAUUGAUCACGAACCCCAAGUUUUGUAACAGAGCUGUGGUCAUGUCUGUAUGGAGGCGUAGAGUGCCUGGGUCCAGAGCCAUAAGGAGGAUAUCGUCCAGAUAUAUGAUGGAGCGAAUCCCUUGGGAGCGUAGCAAGGCCAUGACCGGUUUCAUCAGCUUGGUGAAACACCAGGGUGCGGAACAGAGUCCAAAGGGAAGGCAUGUGAACUGCCAUAAGUCUUGAUGCCAUCUGAACUGUAGGAAACAGCGAUGUAAGCAUCUGUCAAGUCUAAACGGGAGAACCAGUCUCCCUCGCAGAGUAGGUCUCGAAGGAGGUGGAUACCCUCCAUUUUGAAAUGUUGGUAAACAAUAAAAGUGUUUAGGUCUUUCAGGUUGAUAACUGGUCGAAAGUCCCCUGACUGUUUUCGGACCAGAAAUAUGUUGCUUAUGAAUCUGUGAGGGGACCGAGAAUGUUCUAUAGCGCCCUUGGCGACAAGGUCGUUUAGCGCGGCCUCCAAAGUCGCAUUGUCCUCUUGAGACAUGUGCAGAGGUGGAGGGGGGAACUCUUGUAGAGGGUCGUUUGCAAAAUCUAUAUGGAAACCAGAUACAGUUUGAAGGAUCCAUGGAUCCUGAGUUAAUAGAGACCACUGUUGGAAAAAAAGGGUUAGCCGACCUGCAAUAGGAACUUGAGAAUAAGGAAAGUCGAUUACCUGAAGCAGUGCGGCCCCGGAGGGAAGCAUAUCCACGUCCUCUGAUGGAACGUCUAGAGGGAAAGAACUGCUUGUGGUAGAAACGGGUAUUGCCCGAAUUCCAUGAGUCUGCUGGUUGAGGCCUGUAGCCUGUGAAGGCAGCUCUGCCAGUCGUUCGGCCCCUAUUGCGACCAGCUCGCCCGGAAAAACGCUGGGGUCUGAACACCCUGCGAAGGUUCCAUUGUGCCUUGUUAAGGGAGGUAAACACGGAUACGUGUUUAUUCAGGUCUCGUAUGAACCUGUCCCCGAAUAAUAGUCCGUUAGUCUCUGGACCAAGUUCUUUGGUGCCUAGUUCUGCCAAUUUGGCAUCAAUUUUAUAUAACACGGCUUUACGCCGUUCAACGGAAAUAGCUACAUUGGCGUUGCCUAACAGGCAUAACGCUCUUUGUGCCCAUUCACGCACCAUGUGUGCAUCAAAAUUGCCUCCUGCUAGCGUCUCAUCAGCAAUUAUAAAAAUCUGGAUAAGCGGGCCUGCUAUAUCCAUCAGCUUGUCCUGGGUGGCUUUUAAGCCAACUUCGAUUCCCUUGCGGGGAUCUUUACCCGUCUUAGUUAGAAAAGUGACCAGGAGUGGGUCAAGUUCAGGGGUGACAGCCACCUUAUCAGGGAUCAUAGGCCGUGGACAUUCUGCUCUUAAUUUGGCCCUAAUCUCCUUUUCUAAGGGUUUACGAAGCCAUAAUCUGCAAUAUUUUGCAAUGUGAUCAGGGGGUGUCCAUUCCGCUGAAUGAGGGUGUCUGAUGCAGCGUGGGUCAAAUAGAGGACAACCAUUGGUAUCCAGUAGGAUAUCGUCCUUAGUAUUGUCUAAAUUAGUAGUGGACAUAGGGUCAGUGUCCUGAAAGGACUGGGUUUGGGGUAGGAGGAAAGUCUCUGUAACAAAUUCAGAAGGGGAAGGGUCACCUGGGAGAUCCUCCUCUGGAUACGCAUUGUAUUCGUCUAUCACUCGUAGGUGAUAUCCAGAGGUUGAGUCCUUAAAGAGGUCAGAUUCUGAGGUCAAAGUGCAUUUGGCAUGAGACAAUUUAGCUGUCUUUGCUGGGGCUUUGCCUUUGCCAGCAGAAGCACUGUUACCCUUCCACGGGCGUUUACGUGGGGCUUCGUCAUGGUCAGAGACCCUGGAAUCAUCAGAGUCUGACAAUUGCGAGAUGGUGGCAGUAGUGGCUGUCUGGUCACAAAAUGCUGCCAAGGCUUUGGGGAUAGAGUCUGCAAUUGCAGCUUGAAGCCAGGCUUUUAAUUCUGCUGACAUUGCAGGUUCUGGUUGGUCCGACAUGGUGACCAGUAAAAUAGUAGUGGGUUCACCACAGAAUCAGUAUACCAAAAGGUAUUUUAAACAACUUUUAUAUAAAUUCUUUUUUUUUUUUAUUAUAUAUAUUAACAAACUUUACACAAAACAAGUAAAAGCAGGGGCUGUCUUAUUGGGGUUCACCCAGAUAAUAUGCAGUCACCUUUAAGGGGACCAAGUGGGGUUCAUCCACAAUUAUGGCAGUUAAACUGUCAAUAUAAUAAUGACAGGGGUAACCUGUGCAAAUCAAUAAAAUAUAUAAGGGGUUCACCCUGAGAGAUAAGGCACGAGGGGGUCACCCUUAAUAAAGAGGCACAAGGGGAUCACCCUUAAAUCAAAAAGGCAAGAGGGGGUCACCCUCGAAUAGGCAUAGAGCUGUAUAGUAUAGUUUGAGAGCAAUCUGCAAAUAAAAACACAAAUAGGCUAAUAUAAGCAAGUGUUCUGUGUAAUAUUCAGAUGUAAUAACAAAAUGUACCAGCAGGGGACAAUUAACCUUACCGUCUAACAGAGCUGCAAUCCAGUAGCAGAGAGCUGUUCACCGAAAAAGCGCGCAAACGGAAACUAACCGCCGAACAGAAGAUGGCCGCCAGCAUAGAAGGAGGAAGGCUGGAAACUGCGUGUCAAUCAAAUGACACGAAAAAACGGGCGGUACGGAAAUAGAUCGCGGGCGUGAUUAAAACGGACCGCAGCCACAGCAGUGGCGCGGUCUGAAGAUAAUUUCACCAAGGAAAAGGUUAUUAAGGUUUUACUACAAAAAAACCCAGUCAGUCAUAAAUAAAAAGCACAGGGAAGGGACUGAACAGUGGGCUGAUCUGUGAAAAGGUUUAUGUGGUAAAGUGCACAGAUAAAAUAAACACACCAUUACCUCAUGGAAAUAAAAGAGACAGGGAAAGUUAAUUAAAGGAGUCAAAAAAUAUAUGGAAAAAAACAAUAUAAGGUAGGUCAAUAAUAUAUAUUAGAGAGCUAUAAUUGGAAUAGACUCACCUGGGAGGCAAGCAGCAAAGAAAGAGGAUUUGGGAGGAGCCUGACAGACUGUUAUGUUCUAAUAUGUGUCCUGAUUGGUUGAUUUUUUCUCUAUAUGUUUAACUAUUUCUUUGCUGUUGGGAGGUUCAGUAAAGAAGGUUAAAGCAAAUAUGAAGCCUCCUGUCUUGCCAUAAAAUUAAUUUGAUAGAAUGAUAAACAGGAGGAGCAGUAAACAGAAAUAUAUUAUAUAUAUAUAUAUAUAUAUAUAUAUAUAUAUAUAUAUAUAUAUAUAUACACACACAUAUACAUACACACACACACACACACACACACAGUUGUGCUCAAAAGUUUGCAUUCCCUUGGAGAAAUGGUAAUAUACGUAGCAUUUUUAAAGAAAGCAUGAGUGAGCAGGCAAAACACAUUUAUUUUAUUUCUUAUGGGAUUCAUUUUCAAUUGUAAGUUACAGUAUUUUUCGCUCCAUAAGACGCACUUUUUUUCCCCUCAAAAGUGAGGUGAAAUGUCUGUGCGUCUUAUGGAGCGAAUGUGAAGAAUUACUUACCUGUCUUGGAGCGUGGGCCGGCUUCACAGCGCGCUCCGCGGCCAGGAACUUCUAUUUCAGGUUCCGGUUUCCGGCGGGACUGAAAGGAAGUGUGCACACCGAGUGUGCACACUUCCUUUCAGUCCCGCCGGAAACCGGAACCUGAAAUAUUAGUUCCUGGACCGCGGAGCGCGCUGUGAAGCCGGCCCACGCUCCAAGACAGGUAAGUAAUUAUGGGACAAGGGGAGGGGGAGACACUAUGGGACAAGGGGAGGGGAGGAGACACUAUGGGACAAGGGGAGGGGGACACUAUGGGAGAAAGGGAGGGGAGACACUAUGGGACAAGGGAGGGGAGACACUAUGGGACAAGGGAGGGGAGACACUAUGGGACAAGGGGAGGGGGGACACUAUGGGACAAGGGGAGGGGGAGACACUAUGGGAGAAAGGGAGGGGGGAGACACUAUGGGGAGGGGGAGGGACACCAUGGGAUGGGGAGGGGGAGACACUAUGGGACAAGGGAAGGGGAGGAGACACUAUGGGACAAGGGGAGGGGGACACUAUGGGAGAAAGGGAGGGGAGACACUAUGGGACAAGGGGAGGGGGGGACACUAUGGGACAAGGGGAGGGGGAGACACUAUGGGAGGGAAAGUGGGCAGGGGGGGACACUAUGGGACAAGGGGAGGGGGACACUAUGGGACAAGGGGAGGGGGGACACUAUGGGACAAGGGGAGGGGGGACACUAUGGGACAAGGGGAGGGGACACACUAUGGGACAAGGGGAGGGGGAGACACUAUGGGACAAGGGCAGGGGGGGACACUAUGGGAGGGAAAGUGCACUAUGGGACAAUGGGAGGGGGGGACACUAUGGGAUCAGAACACUAAUGGACAAGGGUAGGAGGGGUUAAAGAACACUAUGGGACAGGGUAGGAGGGGUUAACAAUCACUAUGGGACAGGGUAGGAGGGGUUAACAAUCACUAUGGGACAGAGGAAAGGGGGGUUAAAGAUCAUUAUGGGACAGGGGAGAAAAAAAAAUAUUCUGAACAAACUGUCCCAUGGUAAGAAACACUAUGGAACAGUUUGUUCAGAAUAUUUUUUUUUCUGGGUUUCCUCCUCUAAAAACUAGGUGCGUCUUAUGGUGAGGUGCGUCUUAUGGAGCGAAAAAUACGGUAUUUAUUUAUUUGUUAAUUAAAAUAUUUAUUAUUUUAUUCAAUUUUACAUUCUCUUGGGAUACAAUACAGUACAAUACAGCAUUGAUUCAUUUAUAACAUUUAGCAUUAUUAUCUCAUCAAAUUACUCAUCUUUUAGAAUGAUCUCAUUCGUAAGACAAAUUCAUAGCAUCCCAGGAGUAGAAACAAUAUAUUAUAAGCAAACUAUAAAUAAUAAAAAAAAAAAAAAAUGAAAAUCUUAACUAAAUAAACAUUGCAUUCCAGGUUGUAUAUAAAAAAUGACCACAGUACAACUUUUGCACGAUAUUCUAAGUUUUCGAGUAUCACCCGUAUGGUAAAAAGAGCCCAAACAGGAUUCAUUAAAGCUAGGUUAGGUUAGGACUUAGGAAGUUACGGCAAGUUAAAUUAAAGAAAUUGAAGUUCAGUUACUGCACAGCGGUAAGUUAUAACAGAAUGGCACGAUCAUAAAACAAAACAUGACAACAAAGAAAAAAAAUGAAAUGACCUCUGUUCAAAAGUCUGCAUUCCCUUAGUUCGUAAUACUGUGUAUUGCCCCUUUAGCAUCAAUGACAGUGUGCAGUCUUUUAUAAUAGUUGUCUAUGAGGCCCCUUAUUUAGGUGAUAUAGCUGCCUAUUCGUCUUGGCAAAAUGCCUCCAGGUCAUGCAAAGUCUUUGGUCGUCUUGCAUGAACCCACAUUUGAGAUCUCCCCAGAGUGGCUGAUGAUAUUAAGGUCAGGAGACUCUGAUGGCCACUCCAGAACCUUCACCUUUUUCUGCUGUAACCACUGGAGAUUACACUUGGCCUUGUAUUUUAGGUCAUUGUCAUGUUGGAAAGUCCAAGAGCGACCUAUGCGCAACCUUCGUGCAGAAGAAUGCAAAUUGUCUGCCAGUAUUUUCUGAAACAUGCUGCAUUCAUCUUGCCAUCAAUUUUCACAAGAUUCCUUUAGAGCUCACCCCAAUCCCCCUUCACCCUCCCCCAAAAAAACAUCAGUGAGCCACCACCAUUUUUCACAGUGGGGAUGGGUUUUUUUUCACUGUAGGCCUUGUAGAACCCUCUCCAAACAUAGCGCUUACAACUAUGUGAUAAUAAAUGGCUUCAUAUGGUCACUGUUUUAAUAAAAUAUUUUUUUUUGCAUGCUCAGUCCUAGAUCCAAAAAGUAUGCCAAAACUUCACAAUUUCUGCCUGGGUAUGCAAACUUUUGAGCACAACUGUAUAUAUAUAUAGAUGUUUGUCUGUGUAUUAAAUACAUAAUAUUGGGAGAAGGGGGGAAAUUGUUUUACUGCUUCUCCCAUUUUUCCCUCAAGUGCUUACUUCUCUGUAUACAGAUUUCCUUCCUUUAUUGAUCCUUAAUUCAUACAUCUUACUGUGAGCUCACACCAUUAUAGACACUUCCCAUCAAAGCACCUCACCCCUCACCUUGAAGCAAAUCUGAACACAACAAUCAGAAUGCUCUCAGUUGAAAUGUAAUUAGCCCCUUAAGAAAAAGCAAGACAUUCAGUGUCAGCAUGGAAUGUAGUGCUUGUCUAGUCUCAGCAUCUAUAUAGAGAUCUCUCGUCAUUAAAUAAGUAAUGCAUUACAUACUAGUGAGGAUCCUUUAAGGUUCCGACUCUCAUGCUGUAAUCAGUUAUAAAACAGGUUUAACAAUUGCAUUCCUGCUACACAAAUAUGGGAUUUUACUUAAUCUGAAUCACAUUGCUAUGUCUUCACAGUUUUAAAUAUUGUAAAAGAGAACUGUUGACCUACCUAAUCUGCAUAAUUGUUAUUUCUGAACAAUUAUUAUUCUUAGGUUGGUUUGUGUUCCUGCUCUUUUUUUCCCCCCAAUUUUUUUUACACUUUGCAUUGCAUUUCUCUCUACCACCUCUGCUGGAAUGAAUUAUCGUGUAUGUACAACUUCUUACACAAAAAGCUCUUCUAGACAACGUCCUCAAGAACUGCUUUCCACCAAGAUUUUUAGAUUAUUGUGACAUUUGACUGUCCUCCCCCACUCUCCCCAGUGUGUGUGCUUGGAAACACUGGUAAAUGCUAUAAUAAUUAGUUCAUUUAAGAGCCCAGUUUGUGCUCCUUAGCAGUGAUGUCAAAGCUGCCUCCAGAACACUGUGCUAUAACCCGUGACAUGCAAACAAACCGCACCAUGCCUUACAUUUUCCUUUGCCUCUCUAACAGACUUACAUGUGAUUUGGAUCAUAAAUCUACAAUAUGAUAUCAAAGAAUACAAAGCAAUGUUUGAACUUAAAAAAAAAAAAAAAAAACAAAGAACAAAACAGGUUUAUUGGUUAAAUGUACACAGCUGUUAAGCUAUAAAUCAUGCGCGUACAUCACCGGGCUAGAUGUUAAUGUAUGACUCAUCCAUGCUUUAGAAGCUAUAUUUCAGGAAAUUGAAGGCAUACACUAAUACAUUCACUUGCAUUCACACAGUCAAUCCACCUUUACAUUUGAAUUUGCAUAUAUUAAUCACAUGCAGUUCUAUUCAUGCACUCAUUACACACAGAAGUUAGCAUGUAUACAGAUAUUUACACACACGAACACACACACACAGAUGUGUAUUUACACACAUUUACAGUACCUACUCUGAAAGGGAAUUUGUAAGUGUCAGAACGCAGUAUGCAUACAUGGACAGAUAGACAAAGUAGGACCUAGAGCAGGUAAUAGCCUAUGUACCUCACUGACACCAACAUAACGUGACUUUCCUAUAGCCAUGUCUAUUGUAUCUUAUAUUAAACCAAAUAUAAUAUUUUUAUGCUAGGUCACUCUCACUGUGAUGGAGAAUUAUACGUGUAUACUUUCUAGAAUAAGUCCAGAUAAAUAAGCCAUUUCAUUUUUUUUCACAAGCAUCAUAUGAUAUUCAGGUCAUAUGUAUACAACAUUUGAUCCAUCUCAUUUGACAGUGCAAUGCCAUAGGCAUACUUUUCCUGGCUUAAAUCCCAUUGCAUUACCACUUUGAAGUCGUUCCUCUAUCAUUUUCAAGUUUGCGAGCAAACUGUGCAAAGCUGAUGUAAAGUACCAUAAAUGUUUGUGUCCCAGGAAGUCACACUGUGAUUCCUAUAUCAGAGCAUGAUAAAACUGUAGUGUUCUGGUAGCUAUAAAAAAUGUACAGUUUUAAUUUUCAGUUAUGGAUUUAACUGCAAACAGGGGGGAUUGCUAAAUUCGAAAAACACAUUGUGCUUCAGUCCCAGGGAGAACUUGAUAAACCCCUGCACUGACAGAGAGGUGGGUGUAUAUCAUGACUUAUCCCUUCCUCUGCUUGCCACUGAUACUCUCCAGGAUUUCAAUCAAACCAUAGUCAGAAACAGGCUCAAUCUGACACUCAGGUAUUCAAUGUAAUCCCAUUAUGCUACUUAAAGGACCACUCUAGGCACCCAGACCACUUCAGCUUAAUGAAGUGGUCUGGGUGCCAGGUCCAGCUAGGGUUAACCCAUUUUUUCAUAAACAUAGCAGUUUCAGAGAGAAACUGCUAUGUUUAUCAAUGGGUUAAGCCUUCCCCUAUUUCCUCUAGUGGCCGUCUCAUUGACAGCCACUAGAGGCGCUUGCGUGCUUCUCACUGUGAUUUUCACAGUGAGAGUACGCAAGCGUCCAUAGGAAAGCAUUAUGAAUGCUUUCCUAUGUGACCGGCUGAAUGCGCGCGCAGCUCUUGCCGCGUGUGCGCAUUCAGCCGACGGGGAGGAAAAGAGGAGGAUCGGAGGAGGACAGCUCCCCGCCCAGCGCUGGAAAAAGGUAAGUUUAAACCCCUUUCCCCCUUCCAGAGCCGGGCAGGAGGGGGACCCUGAGGGUGAGGGCACGCUCAGGGCACUAUAGUGCCAGGAAAACGAGUAUAUUUUCCUGGCACUAUAGUGGUCCUUUAAGUAAUGGAGGGUUGUAAUGCAAAGUUCCGUUAUCAAGUUCUGUUAUCCCUUCUGAUAGUUCUCAUAAGUAACCAGGCAGCAUGCUAUACUAGUAACCUUUCUUUUUAUUAUAAGUGACUACUAUAACACACAGCUGCCUGAUAUAAAAUGUAACCAAAAAAAAAACCUGUUCACUAGCUGUAAAGUCCCAAAUCCGAGGCUUCAGUCCCUCAAGCCUGCAAUGCCUAUAAUCAUUAUUGCCCCCUAAAUAUCUCAUGGUGCAUACUAAUGGCACAUCACUCCGUUUCCAUAGCCGUGACGUAAAAGUACUCCUCGGUAUGAGGCAUGCUACAUCAUUGUUUGAGGAUGUAAAAGAGGUCCUUUAUACUAAGACAAGCCAAGAGAGAACGGACACAGUUUCCUGCGUAAUCUGCCUUUUCAAUGUAAAAUGUGAGCAGAUAUGCAGUGAUACAUUUAGAAUAAUGUUACUAUCAUACUGAAAUUUUGCACAACUGCCCCUUGGUAGUUAAUGGGAUUGUGUAAUGUCUGUGGAUGCACUUUUGACUGGGAUGUAUUAAAUCGAUUAAUCGACAAAACACAUUUUUGCACAUGUCUAAAGUGAAGUGCCAAAGAAGGGGUUUGUUUGUGAAUCGGAGAGGAAAUCUACGGGGUGGCAUUUUUAUGAACUUUUAAGGUUUAUUGGGAAGGCCAAUGAAAACUGAAUUGUAGUAGUUAAGACGUGUAGUGAUAAGUAGAUGAUCAAGUGCCUUAAUAGUAUCGUGCGUUAGAUAUGGAAUACACAUAGAAAUAAUGUUUUAAGGUGAAAAAAUAAAUACAUAAAUAAAUAUAUACAUUAGAAUAUAUUUAAAAGACAUGUUUUUGAGAGUCAUCCUUUCUUCCUCUGGUGUGACAGUCUGAAACAAUACUGUUCCACAGAAAGAGAGGAUAACUGUUGAAAGCUUGUUUAUUAAUGUUAUGUUAGACGAAUAAAAAAGGUAUAAUUUCAUACGGGAAUACUGCAUAUUUUGGCUUGUUGUCAACUAGAAUAAUACGGCUAAUUCAAUCUACAUUGUGUGUGUUGGGGAGUCAUGUUAUGUAUAUGUGGUAAAGUAUUAGGAAGAGUAAGUGAACAGGUGACCCAACUGCGCAGAAACAGGUGUCCACCUAAUUUAAAAGAGAAAUGGCCUAAAAAAUACUCAACCGAUACAACAGUAUUUGCUGUAGCCCUCUAGCAUUCUGGGUCAAAGCCCAAGUGGUCUACGGGUAUAUGUAUCUAAUUGUGUAUUAUUGCACAUUGCAGUAUCAAUACUUAUUACAGAUCAUCUCAUUUUACUUCAUUGUGCUGUGUGAAUGAGUGGAACCCAAUGGUUAAUACGCUCAGAUGCAAUGCAACAAUAAUUUAGCUUAAAAUGUAAAUACAAAACUGUUACAGUGCUAUUAAUAGAUGGGGUUAUUAAAUUAAGUAUUAAAACAAUACAGAGAAAAUCAUGUAAAAAACAUACAUGACCUCUAUUUCCUCAAAAAAAUGGAACAUUGAAUGUGAAGCUACUCGCCCUCUAAAAUGUGUGUCAAAGACAAAACAAUUUUCAGCGUAUUAUAUUGAUUUCUGUCAAGAGUUGAAUGGCACAUGUCCAUUCUUCUCAUUACAUAGGCAAUAUGAGUGAUCUUAGCUGGUGAAUAACAAGAUUAGGGGAUUCUGCGACCACUUUAAGGCAAAUUUCUUAAUUAUGUUAUACGCAACAGCACACGCACACACACUACUAAGCCACAAACACAUACACAUUGAAUGUCCCAUCUUAAUGAGAUUUUAUGACCUAGCAAUGUUCAAGUGGAUUGUUUAAAGAUUUACAAUCUCCAUUCCAAAAUAAAUCUUUGAGAAGAAACGCAGAAUGUAUAAUUACCGUGCCUUAAAUAUUAUUAGAAGGAGAUACUAUAUUAUUUGAAACCACACAAGAAAUCAUUGUAGUUCGUAUGGCAAUAAUUAUGAAAAAUGAUUUGUUUGACCUUAUAAAUCUCUUUCAUGUGGCAGCUGCCCUAUAGUAAAUGUGCCAAAAUAUUCUUUGUCCAAGUUUAUUGCAAGUAUACACCACUUUGAAAUCCAAAAUAUUUCUUAAUUUUAUGUGUUUAUAAACCUGCAUGUAUGAUACAUGGCUCCGUUUUAUAGAAUGUAAAUUGCUUAAAUGAUUUCCAUCGUUACAAACUGUGCACUAGAAAGAAAAGAGAAGGCACGUUAGGUAACAGGUACCUUUUUGCGUGGCUUUGAAAAUUUGGUUUGUUGAACCAUUUUUCCAGGAAAUAGAAACAUUUUUGAAACUCCAGAUUCUGGGCAUUUGUUGGUUCAGUUUGGCACAACCCAAUUUAGAAACAAAGCAAACGAACCACAAAGGAAGGAAAAUGUUUGUUUGGUUCAAGAUCAAAUGAGAAAAGGUAACCAACAGAGGUAAAAACAGGAGGCGCAUUAAAGAAAUCUUCAUUUAAAUAUUGUAUAUUUGUAUUAUUAAUUUUUCUCUCUAUUGCCCAGUGUUGCUCACUUGUCACUAAAAUUCAAUGUAUUGACUGUUCCCUAUCAUCCUUUUUUCCCAUCAAUUACCUCUUAUUUUGGCACCACAGGCAGAAUUUAGAAUCAAAAAUCUAAAUAGACAUGUUCGGACAUUGCGCAGCUAGUUAGGUUUGUGAUUUGGGUACAUUUCGAUUCAGGAAUUCGACCGAUCACCUUUUCGACCCAGAUUUGGAUGAAAUGCUGUUUAGACUGAAAUGAAUGUCCAAGUCUAGUAGCAUGUAUGGGUUAGAUCCAUUAGUUAUGUGAUGUGUAUAAUUUAAUUAAUUUAAAAAAAUAUUAAUUUGUUUUAAGCCUUCAUCCCACUUUUUCUGCUUCCACCUCCCAAUCUGCUGCUUUUCCCAGAUUGCUUUGAUAAUACUACUACAUAGAAUGUCACGUGUUUUUCUGUGAUUUCUUGUUCAGCCAUCACAUUUCUAAAGAAACCGUAUGGCAGUCAAAGAAUGAAAAUUAUCCCCAUCAUUGCAUACUAAUUGCAAAAGUAGACAACCCAGGGUAUUCAAAAUGUGGUAUGUCCAGUCUGUUUAAGUAGCCACUUAAUCACAAACCCUGGCCAAAGUUAGUGUUUAUAUUAGUUUUUUGCAUUUUUCACACAAAAAGUACUUUCUCUGAUGAAAUGAUCAUCAUCAUACAUUUUGCUGCUCUUAAACACUCAUAUUUGUGUUCCGUGAGGUCUCACAUGUACAUCGCUACCCCCAUGUACAGAAGCAGAGCAAUGUUGUGGCUCAGCUUCAGUUAUCUUAAAAAGCACAGGAAAGACAAAAAUAAUAAAAUAUACUGCCUUCAUAAAAGAAUAGUGCAGCACAAUCACAUUUUAGAAAGAAAGCAACAUAAAACUGUACAGGAGUCACAGUACGUAAAAUGAAGAUAAAAUCAGCGAGAUAUGAUCACCCAGCACGUUUUACCUAUUAAAAUACCUUUUUAAGGGUAUAUGUACCAUGUAACAUCCAGAUGUAAUUUAUACUUCAAUCUCUUCUGGCUUUAAAAUGAAUCUCUAGCUGUUUUUUUUUUUCAACGUUCUUUUGCAGUACUUGAUCCAAUGCAUCUCAUAUCGUAUCUCUAUGCAUGCACUCCAACUUGGAGCAUAUAUUAUGUCUUCGGUACCUGAUACACAUUUAUAUAGUUCUGUAGGCUGAAAAAAAAAGACAUCCAUCAAGUUCAGUCUUUCUAAACCUUGCUUCUUAUUCACACCACAUACUGCAUUAAAAUUGGUACAGAAGAACAGACACUGUUUUCAAUACGUAUGUGUUCUACAGAGAGACGUAAACUCUGAAUGGUAAUAACAGUAUUUACACAACCUAAAUAUGGGUUGCUAGUCCUCCAAAACAAUAUUGAAUGGGAUCAGUAGAAUACAAGGAGAAGGACAGCAAGGUACCUAUCCAAAACUACCUUCACUUCAUAUGGAACCCCCCCAUCCUCCUACUUUACAAUUAUCAGUUAAUAUGGGUGGAUUGAAGAAGCCCAAUAUAAAGCUUUACUAUAAAACUUCUCACAUUGCUCAUUUACUUAUAGAAAUUAUAAAAUUAUUUUCGAACUCCUUUUAUUCUGCACCAUUUCUUUGGAUAUCCCCAUCAUGCACACAAUCUCCUUUUUUCCCCUCAAAUUUUGCCCACUUCUAAACAUAGCCUUGCCCUCUGUACAUUGAUACAAAAUGUUACACCCCAUCUGAUUCAUUCUCGCUAUCCUCUUCCUUGGAAGCUUUGGAGCUCUGUAUCCCUCAUCUAUCACUGAACUCUUGGAUUAACAAAGGUCCUUACAGAUUUUCUGACCUUUUCUCUCAGGAUAAACCUAUUCCUAUUCUCAGAGUUAAGCAAUGGUUUAUCUCACACACCUUGAUAAUUAUUAAUAUCUUUAAGUAAUUUAUCAUUUUUGAAAGCCUAUGGAAAUCUAUGCUUACCUUUGCCAGAUUUUUUCCCCCAAAUGAUUACCAUAUGUUUUUCAAACUGUAGGGAUAAGAGGAAUAUUUCAAUUUUUUUUUUAUAAUUUACAACCACAUCUAAUAAAAUGCAAUGCAAUUUUGUGCUCAGAUAUUACCUUGUCAGUGUAGACAGCAGCUCCGUGCUUAUUAUCUAAAGCUACUAAAGGUUCCACACAUAUUGAAACAUCAAAUAAAUUGUGGUUAUGUUGGUAUGUGACUCCAGAAUGAAUUUCCAAGUUUUAUAAUUGAAAUGACAACUUGUGUUUGAGGUUUUGCAAUGUGAAAAGCACAUUAGAAUAUAUUAUGUGGCAAUGCCGUAUUAUUUCCCCUCUACUGAAUGGAAGUUUUGAACUUUAUUCAAAGACACUAUUUUAUAUUUCCUGCCAAAUUUGACAAAUGUGUCUUUAGUUCUUGCAUUAUUUGAUCUUUAUCAUCGACGGCUCGUUGUCAAAGAUACGUUACUUGCUUCUUUAAUUUAUGAAGCAGCCAGAUCACUUUUAACAAGGGCUUGGAAAUUUACACUCCCCCUAUAAAAUGCAUUCAUAAAAAUUUGUUGAUUAUUUUCCUUUCCUGGUAAGGGUAGCUCGGAUGACCUUUUCUUUAUCUCAGUUCGAAAUUGUAAUUCAGUCUUGGUACAGUUUUGUUUUUGAAAAAAAGAUGCACAAUUUAUUACUUUCUCUCCACCUUUGUAUGCGUCUGCUAAAAGCAUUGUACAUUUUAGUACAAAAAUGCUUAAAAAAAAUGAAAACAUGGCAUGCGAGUUACAAAAAAAAUCUAUAGAAUAGAGACAUUCGGAUAAAAAUGCACUUUUUACUGAGGCCAAGGAAAACAAUGCCGGAUAUUCUGGGGAUGCAGAUGGCUUACACCUUUUCUAAUUAAUUAUACGUUUUAUUUACUUCUUGUUUUUUCUGUUCUGGUAAGCAAAGGUGAGGAGCUAUCCAAUAGUGAUGCCUCCAUAGUUAACCAGGAAAUGGUUUUAACAUUUUGUAUUUCCAUCAAGAAGUGAAAAGUCCUAUAAUGUUUUCAUUUUGAGAUGACCUGUGUUCUUUAUUUGUGAAAUGUUAUUGUAUGUACAGUAGACGAACGUGCCUUAAAGUUAUGGACAAUGGACAAUUUAUCUUCAAGUACUUUGACAUUUAACUAUGUUAAAUGAGUUAACCGGAUGUAAUGUUCCUAUGAAAAGCCCUGUAGGCAAAAUAAGUGUAAACCACUUCACUGUUCAAAGUACAGUACAUAAAAGACAAAACACAUAAAGCGAUGCACACACGGAGUUACCUAAUUAAUUCCCGUGUUUUGUGUUUAGACAACAGCCAGAAACCCUUGACAGAGGCAAGAUAACGAUACAAACUGUGUGAGUUCUCAUUUGCCUUUCCAUAGGUAGUGAUUUUGGCGGCUGUGGAAAGUUAGAAAUAAUCUGAGGCAACAUGUGGCAUUUUUGUGCUUGCUGCUCUGUGAAAGAAUUUAAGAAUAUGUUUGUCACCCACCAUUAUAAAAUCCUGCCUCAUUUUAUGUGAGUUAAUUUUUAAAUUGUGAAAAGGAACUGAAAUACAAAAACAUAAAUAAAACCAAUCUGAGACAUAUUUAAACUAAUAAGCCUAUUAUACUGUCUGAAAUAAAAUAUACUAUUCAGGAUUGAAGAAAAGUAAUGCUCCAGGAUCAGAUGGAUAUUCGGCAUUGUUAUUCCAAAUAUUGGAGCCUAUCAUUUCUCCUUUAUUAGUAAGAGUAUUCGAAGGUCUUGAUGAUUCCAACGGAUUUCCAAAUGAGAUGCUACAAACAACAAUCUCCCUGAUCCUUAAACCUGGCAAAGAACCUAAAUUUGUCUCUAACUACAGACCACUCUUUUUAAUCAAUAUUGAUAUCAAAGUUUUUUCUAAGAUUAUACAGUUGUAAUAAAAAUUAUUCACACCCCAUUGAAAGCCAAUUUUAUUGUCAAAAUCUAUAGACUUUCAGCUGAUCAAAUCAAACAAUAGCAAUUGAAAUAACUCAACACGAUGAAGGCUUCCAAGGGUUUACGCUAUAUUCAACUGAAAAUGCAACUUUUGAUUUCUCCAGUCUCAAAAUUAUUCAUACAAAUAAAAUAGGGGAUAGUCUGCUAAAUACAAAUAAAAUAAAAAAGCAUAGCGUUUAACUGUGUGGGAGUUAAUGACAGUGUGCAGUCACAAUUGGUCACUCACAAAUUUUCUGAUGUAAAAGCAGCCUUGAAUGGUAUCUUUUCCUUCAAUGUCCACUGUAUUGUCCCUCCUCACACUUCCAUCAGUAAAUUGGCAUAUAUGGCUCAAAAGGAAAAAAUACAGAAAAUGUAGUGCACUUCCAGAGUAUAGUAAAAUUUUUUUAAUAACUUACAUUUAAGUAUCAAACAAAUCACAUGUCACCAUAGGAGCGUCCUACGCGUUUCGUCCUAUAAUUGGACUUCCUCAGGGACUUGGUGAAACAAAUACAGCAGUAAUAACAGCAAUAAAAGCUUUCCCUCCCACAGUUCUUUUAUAUAUCCCCCAUACAAUUAAUUCCAUCUUGCGUUCCACGGACCCGGAAGUAAAUUACGAUCGUUUAUUUUUUCACCAUUGUAGUUGCUCCGAGCAUGUAUGGGUGGAUGGAUGAACAGGGCGGGGGGGGGGGGGGGGGGGAAAUACUAUUAAAAAACUCUGGAUGGCACCACAUUAAUAAAAAUUAUGAUAAUUACAAUAUGCGUUAUAAUGUAAUCUGUAGGUGCAAAAAUAUGCACAUAUAUCCAUUAACCACUUACUUUAUGUAUAUGAAAGUAUAACACUUAUGAAAAAUCUUGAUUUAUGUAAAAAGUGCAUCUCUACAUAAUAGACACAUGUACAUAAAUCUCCAUCCUCACAAUUCAUAAAAAUAUAUUUAAAAAAAGUAUAUAUAUAUAUACAUAUAUAUAUAUAUAUAUAUACACACACACACACACAAAUAAAUCUACACCAUUGCUAAGCUAUGUUGUUAUUUGUGUAUAUAUAUUUCAUACAUACUUUUUUUAUAUAUUUUUAUGAAUUGUGAGGGUGUAAUUUACUUCCGGGUCCGGCAAGAUGGAACACAUACGGCGCACGUAAUGACGUCAUCCGAUUUUAAACACACAGAGAAUGCCGCCAAAACGGAAGUUGAACACCGGCAGGGAAUCAUCUGAUAAUUAAAUUGUAUGGGGGAUAUAUAAAAGAACUGUGGGAGGGAAAGCUUUUAUUGCUGUUAUUACUGCUGUAUUUGUUUCACCAAGUCCCUGAGGAAGUCCAAUUAUAGGACGAAAUGCGUAGGACGCUCCUAUGGUGACAUGUGAUUUGUUUGAUACUUAAAUGUAAGUUAUUAAAAAAAUUUUACUAUACUCUGGAAGUGCACUACCUUUUUUGUAUUUUUUCCUUUUGAGCCAUAUAUGCCAAUUUACUGAUGGAAGUGUGAGGAGGAACAAUACAGUGGACAUUGAAGGAAAAGAUACCAUUCAAGGCUGCUUUUACAUCAGAAAAUUUGUGAGUGACCAAUUGUGACUGCACACUGUCAUUAACUCCCACACAGUUAAACGCUAUGUUUUUUUAUUUGUAUUUAGCAGACUAUCCCCUAUUCUAUUUGUAUGUGUUUGCUGAAGACAAGAGGAAGUCUUUGGGGACUUACCUGUAUAUUUCGCCUAAUACAGGAAAGUCCCGGUCUGCUUUAAAUUGUAUACUUUUCUCACUGGGGUUGUGUUCACAUAUUUUGUUGUUUGUGUUUUUAUACUUUGAUCAAAAUUAUUCAACCUCUUCAUGGCAAGCGUCUUCAGUGGUUAGUAGAAUUCCCUUUGCUGUUAUGACCUGCUACAAACAAGAUGCAUAGCCAGAAAUCAGCUUCUAGCAGCGUUCCUGAGGAAUCUUAACCCAUUUCGUCUUUUAAGGCCUCAGACAGACCCAAUCUGUAUUGCUCUAUUAAACAAGUCUCAUUAUAACCGGCAUCAGCAACUAGCUCCCGGAAAUCUGUGGUAUAAUCCUCCACAGGUCUUUUCCCUUGCCGGAGGGCAGCAGAAGGUAUCAAAGGAUCAUCAUAUAACGAGCCCAUGUUUGCAGCAAAUGAAUUCCAUGAAUCCAAUAUUGGGCUAUUGGAAUGCAAAAGUUGGUGUGCCCAGGUCUGAGGUUGACCGGAUAGUGAAGCAAUGGUAGUACGAACCUUCACAAAGUCAUUAGGGUAGGUACGUGGCUUCAGAGUAAAGAGUAAUUCGCAUUCUGUAAUGAAUGAACGAAGUUCAGUCUUUUUUCCUUGUAAAUUUGUCAGGCAUAGGAACGUUUGGUUCAAAAGACAUAGGUGUCAUAUGGACACCAGAAGGGGACGAGUCCGGCUGAGGUACAGACUGAGCUCUUCUUUGUUCACGCUGUAGCAGUGCGGUAUUGCAAAUCCUGAAUGGCUUGGGAUAAGGCCGACAUUUGUUGGGUUAAUGCGGUAAUGGCCUUAGCUGUUCCAUAUUUAAAUGGCUUGGUUAUUAUGUCACACCAACCUGGGGAUUCGUGGAGCUGAUGGAACCCAAUUGCAGCGGAACAGCACUCCCUUACUAUCACGACCCUUAGGAGCACCUGGAAGUGGAGACAGGGUCCCAAAGGGUCUGUGGUGGCGUGGAGGCAUUUAAUGAAUAGAAGAAUUCCAGGAAGCAGGAGCAGGAAAAGUAAAUGAAAAUCGCAGUCAGGCAGCAAGCAGAAGUAUUUGAUCAAUCUGGAAUUAGGUCAGAAAGCAGGAGGGAGCAAUCAACCAGGGAAUCAAGGAUCAGGAACCAGGAACAUAAGAUGGAAAUUAGGGCAAUAGGCAGGUAUAAAGCGAUAAGCAAAAUAACCAAGCACUGACUGGAAGGUGUGCUGGGUUUAAUUGGUUGGAUGUGAUCACAUGACCCCCCACCAGUAGGUGGAGCACACAGGGGUUAUAUAAAGAGUUCAGGGACUCAGCGCCAUCUUGUUUUACACCAUGGUCCCUGACCUGUUCCUCCCCUAUGGAUCUGCAGCUCUCCCCCUUCUCCCUGUGCAGAACGCCGGGUCUGCAUGGCAGCUGCCAUCUUGACGCGACAGCGUGCUCGCCGCGGACUUCAACGGUGAGAGGGAUAGAAGAAGCUGCCCCAGACCCGGAAGGGGAUACUUCAGGAGCAGUGAGAACUGCAAUUCUUCCACGAGGGAGGGGCGGGCGCUCAGGGGCAGGUGAGUACCUGGCUGUGCCAUGACAGAUAUAAUUGGGAUCAUUGUCUUGUUGGAAGAUCCAAUGACCCCCAAGCUUCUGCUUCCUCACAAACUGCAUAUUUUCUCCUAGGACUUCUUGAUACUUCAAUGAAUCCAUCUUGCUUGCCACACAUUGCAGGUUUCCAGAGCCACCAUCAUGCUUAACUGUAGGCGUAAUGUUUUUUUCAGCAUAUGCUUUAUUCUUCUUCCUCCAGACACUCCACUGAUCCGUUGGGCUGAAAUGUUCCGGUUUUGUUUCAUCAAUCCACAGAACAGAAUUCCUAAACUUCUGUGGCUUAUUUAUUAACUUGAGCAUAUUGGAGACACAUUUUCUUUGCUUUUGGGUCACUAGUGGUGUACAUCUUGGAGUUCUGACAUGGAAUCCUUCUCCAUUUAGUACACGCCUUACUGUGCUCACCGAAACCUCAGAGCCUGUUGGCACCAAGUCUGGCUGCAGGUCUUUUGCAAUCGUUUAAGGGUUUUUCACAACCUUCCUUCUCAGAAAUCUGGUGGCAGUCAUUGAUAGCUUCCUUUUUCUGCCCCAUACAGAUAGUGUAACCACUGUUCCUUCAACUUCGACUAGCAAACUAUGUUUCCAAUUUUGUCUCCAGGAAUAUUUUGCUAUCUUUUUAUAUCUUGUUUCUUUUUUGUGAAGGGUGAAGAUCUCUUCUCUUAACUUUGAGGACUAUUCUAGCAUGCAGUCAAAUGUACCAGUUCAAGUAUUUCAAGUGUUCCAGCUCAAGCACACAAUAUAGCCCUUGUUUAGUUGCCUCAGGUGUGCUCGAGACAACAUCUAUUUUGUAUAUAUGUGCUGUUGUGAAGAAUUCUAUCAGGGGGUUUAAUUAUUGUUAUACUGGAGAAUUCACUAUAAGUUGUAUAUUCAGUUGAAACAUUCAUUGUGUUCAGCUAUGUCAAUUGCUUUUGUUUGACUAAUUCAUAAUUAAUCUGAAUUCCAAUGGGUGAUUAAUAAUUUUGAUUACAACUGUAGCUGAAAGGUUAAAACUGGUUCCUUCCGAUUUGAUUAAUGUAGGUAAUGCAGAUUUUAUUAUAGGGAGAUCAGGGGAAGAAUGUAAGAAAGCUAUUUCAUAUAGUAUAUGAAGUUAGUAACAAAGAGAUACUAUCAGUGUUUUUUAGCACUUGAUGCAAGCUUUUGACAAAGUCGUUUGGAAAUUUCUGUCUGGCAAUCUGGAAGCUUUUGGAAUAGAUGAAAAAAAAAAAAAAACCAUUUUAACUUGAUAUGUAAAUCCUCAAGCUACAGUCCCUUAUUAAACUCGUCUUACUUUAAAAUUAAUAAUGGUACAAGACAAGAUUGUCCUCUGGCCCCACUUUUGUUUGCUCUAACAAUAGAGCCCCUUGCUAUAAUGAUAUGCACUUUCACUGAAAUUCAAGGACUAGAAAUAGGAUCAGAUAAUUAAAAAAUAACGCUAUGUGCAGAUGAUAUCCUCUUGACAUUGACCUCACUUUGUGUACUGGACAUCAUCAAUAGAUUUAGUGCAUACUCAAAUUAUAAACUGAUUUUAACAUAGAAACAAGUUAUUUUCAAAUAUUUGGCUCCACCAGAAUUGAUUAAACUAAACAAUCUAUUUCAUUUAAUUUGGUCUAAUCAAGUACUAGACUAUUUGGGAGUUAAAAUUACCUUUCAUUUAAAAGAUUUUAUUCAUGUGAAGUAUACCUCUCUAUUCUUUUUUUCAGACCCAUCCGUCUAAGAGUUUCUCAAUCUGUCUAAAACCAAUUGACUAAUUAUUUUAUUCAUUUGUAUGGAACAACAACAAAAAACAUUAACGAGGAUGGUUUAGAAUACACAGAUCUAUAUAGAAUCAAUGAAGCAACCAUGUGUGUACUUUUCUUAGCAUGGGAUUACAAGAAAGAACACAAAUGGGAUGGUUUAUCUAUGAGAGAUGGUGUUUGGGAGAUAGAGAACAGUUUAAUCAAUACUGGUCGGAUAUUACAUGGAUUAUAAAAUUAUACAUAAACUGUCCAGUAAUUAUAUCACUGCUGAAAAUAAGAAUGUUAAUUUCAUUGUUACGCUACUUGGGUGAUUUGGAUUGGAACUUAACUUCAGCUUGUAAAACUCCCUAAUUACAAUUGUGAAGAAACUGAGAAUCUUUAAAGUAUCAAUACUGUAGCUUUAAGAAGAGAGAAUCGCUGGUAACUUGAUUCAAACAAAGUUUUAAUAAGUGUUAAACUUAAAUGAAUUGCAUUUAGGCAAUAAUCCAAUAAGAAGAAGUGCAAGUAAUCAACAACAAAGUUCAUCAAUAAGUAUUUCCUCAGAGAUGCAUUAAGUAACAUUCUUUAAGUUCAUGAGAAUAAUCUUCAAUAGUAACUUUAAGCAAGUAGCUGAGAAUAUUUGCAAAGCAAGAACAGUUCAUAGUUAAUAAGCAUGAUGGGAGUUGCCCUCCAUAUAAUUAGUAGCUUGAAGCAAUGAGUGUAUUUGCAAAGCAAGAAACAGUUCAUAGUGAAUAAGCAUGAUGGGAGUUGUCCUCCACAUAAUUAGUAGCUUGAAGCAAUGAAUGUAUUUGCAAAGCAAGAAACAGUUCAUAGUAAAUAGGCAUGAUGGGAGUUGUCCUCCAUAUAAAUCAGUAGCUUGAAGCAAUGAAUGUAUUUGCAAAGCAAGAAACAGUUCAUAGUAAAUAGGCAUGAUGGGAGUUGUCCUCCAUAUAAAUCAGUAGCUUGAAGCAAUGAAUGUAUUUGCAAAGCAAGAAACAGUUCAUAGUAAAUAGGCAUGAUGGGAGUUGUCCUCCAUAUAAAUCAGUAGCUUGAAGCAAUGAAUGUAUUUGCAAAGCAAGAAACAGUUCAUAGUAAAUAGGCAUGAUGGGAGUUGUCCUCCAUAUAAAUCAGUAGCUUGAAGCAAUGAAUGUAUUUGCAAAGCAAGAAACAGUUCAUAGUAAAUAGGCAUGAUGGGAGUUGUCCUCCAUAUAAUCAGUAGCUUAAAGCAAUGAAGAUUUGAGUAAGCAAGCAUUAGUUCAUUAUUAAAUGAUAUUGUAGACAAAUAGCUGAAAGAUAUACUUAAGGUUAAUCUGAGUAGUUCUCCAAUAGUUUAUGGAUAUGAUCCACUUGUAAAGUAAGUGAGUUUCCGUUCUCCAGUAAUCCUCUAUGACAUGAAGCAUACUUGUCUUAGUCCAGAAGGCUAGGACGACUUCAGAGUUUGUAGAGCCGGCGUACAUAUUCGGAAGUAGGACCCACAUUGCCAGAGCCUGUGGAGAGGUAAGUCUGGCGGAAGUAGCUCCCAGUAUCACCAAGCACCCUCUCUCUGGCGUGGUCUCCCUAAAUACUGUCAGAGCCGUCAGAGGGGGGCGGGGUCCGGCUCCUCACAGCUGAGUGCCGAACCCGGAAGUGUUACCGCAUGACAGUCAUCUCUGCAUUCAUUUACAUCUUCUACUCCAAUUGAAAUUAUUAAAUGGAAUAUGGAGCAUAUUAUGGCUGUAGGAUGGAUAUUAUCCAAAAUUAGGUAUCUUUCAGAUAUAUAUUUCGAUACUGAACUGACAACUUUUCUUGAAAUACAUAUGAAAUAGGGAUGAUCGAAUAAAGAACAAUUUUCUUUUAUAAGAACAAAAAAAUCUUCUAAGAACUUGUCUAUUUAAUGCUCACACAAUAUCUAGUUAUUGAUAAUCACAAUGCAAAUAAGCUAAUCUCUAAGGUUUCUGAUCUACAAAACUGGAGUUUUCUGACAAAUUGAGUAGUUCUAAGGAAUGGGAGGAUGAUUUACAGAAAUCCUUUUCGAUGGAUUCGUGGUUUCAUUCUUGGUCACAAAUAAGAAAAGCAGUUCAUUGCGUUAAUUUAAAUGAACUUCAAUUUAAGAUACUACAUUAUUGGUAUAUAGUGGGAGUUAGAUAAAGUUGGUUAUAAAACAAACACUGGUUGAGAUAUAUAGAAUUUUAUUUACGCUAGAGCAGUGUUUCCCAACCCAGUCCUCAAGGCACACCUACCAGUCCAGGAUUUAGGGAUUACCCAGUUGUGUCUAAGGUGUUUUUUUUCUUCUUUGUAAAAACACCUUAGACACACCCUGUAAUCCCUAAAUCCUGGACUGGUAGGUGUGCCUUGAGGACUGGGUUGGGAAACACUGCGCUAGAGCACUUUAGCUUGAUAAAAACCUUUAUAUGUGAAGAGUGUGUCUAAUAGAAAUUGACACUUUUAUAAAUCAGAUUAUUUUGUCUUCUUUGGUAGAAUUAAUGGAAUCAUUAUAAGCACAUGUAAACUAAUUAUAUCUCAAUUUAUCCACAAUGGAACCUGAAAGCCUCUUUGCACAUAAUGAGUCAUCACAUUAGAUCAGCAUAUGUUUACACUAUUUGUGGGGGGGGUUCUCUUUUUUUUCUUCUUCCUCCUUUAUUGAGGAAAUCUUUGAUUUUCUUCUAUGCAUAUCUGUGUUGGAAAGAUAAAUUAAUAAUUAGUGAUGUCCCGAACUGUUCGCCGAACGGUUCGCCGCGGACUCAUCAUUGAGUAAACUUUGACCCUGUACCUCACAGUCAGCAGACACAUUCCAGCCAAUCAGCAGCAGACCCUACCUCCCAGACCCUCCCACCUCCUGGACAGCAUCUAUUGUGAAGCUGCAUUCUUAGUGAGCUGUCCAGGAGGUGGGAGGGUUUGGGAGGGAGAGUCUGCUGCUGAUUGGCUGGAAUGUGUCUGCUGACUGUGAGGUACAGGGUCAAAGUUUACUCAAUGAUGAGUCCGCGGUGAACCGUUCGUGGCGAACCGUGGCGAACCAUUAGCGAACCGUUCAGCGAACAGUUCGGGACAUCACUAUUAAUAAUCAUAUAAUGCUUGAUGCAAAUUCUAAUGUUUUACAUGUUAAAAUGAUAGGACCACUGCACACAGACCACUUUAUUCAGAUGAAGUGGUCUGCAUGAAUUUAAUGUUUUUUUUUUUUAAAUACAUUAUUUAAAGGAAAAGCGUUAUAAUAAAAAAAUAAAAAAGAAUAGCCAUAAUAAUUGUUUGGCACACAGAUAAUCUGAUUAAAGCACUACACUGGAGGUGAUAAAAUGUUGCUUUUCCAGCCAAAAAUUCUUCCACCGGCUCGGGUAACUGAGAAAAUGCAAUGGUGGGUGUGCUUGUGAAAAAUACAAAAGCAGAAUAUAACAUAAGCUUUGGCGGUGUUUGCCUAUAAAAUGUUUGCCUACAAACUACCAAAAAGUACCCAGGUCAAUAAACUAUGACUCCUAAACAGGUGAUAAUAGUCUAACACUUAUUGUAUGUAUUAAUAUAGUGGGGUUGGGUUUGUUUUUUUCUUCAUGUUUUUAAUCACACUGUGGACUGUAAACACAUGGUCCUGCCAUAUUGGAGUAAUUAUCAUGGCAAAUGUUGUCCACAACCGGACAAACCACACAAAUACAGUUCUAUAAAUACAAAAAGAAUGAAAAUAUAAGCAAUCUAUGUUUAAUAAAUUAUUCAUAUUUUUUUAUUGUAUAUUCUUUUUAGGUUUGAUACUGCAGUGACAUAUGUGGAGACUUUCAGAUAUUAAAGAAAGCAUGUUUUCUAUCUUUUAAAAGUAGAAGCCUUAUUAUUUCACAUUGAGUGUCUGUUAAUGUCUGGCCAGCCUCGCAAUCCCUGCCACUUUAGAUAAAUUAUGUAUUUCUGUGCUUGGUAUGGUCUGCGGCAUGUGUUCUGUUAAUUCAGCUUGCCAUGAGAUGAGACAACUAUAAUUCUGUAACAUAGUUUAGAUAAAAGUGUGUUCGUUAGUAUAUAUUAAACAAAAAUAAUAACAUUGCAAGUCUGUGAGAACAUUUAGCUACUUUAGGCAAUGUCUCCAGGUGUGUUCAUUGUUCUUCUUUCUGCAGGAUAAGUUCAGAUUUACUUUAUUUUAUUCGCCAUAAAUACUUAAUAUGUGUAACAUCGUUAAAAAUCAUGUCCCUGUACCUUUUUCCUUUUUUCCUAGUCAAUAAUUUAUAGAAGAUAUGAUGUUCAUCUAAUUUUCAGCCAUAUGCAAAAUUAAUAAACUUGUGUUUUUUUAAGUUUGCUUUUGAUUGGUGUCCUUGGGGAUCAUUUUUCUUCCUCUAUCAAUAAAGGGAUAAAAUCAUUUAAUCUCUGGAGAAAUGGCUUUCAAACAAUGUGUUAAUUAAAUAGGCACGUGUCAAUUAUAGCUCUACACUUGGGUCACAGUCUGGAGAAUGAUCACUGAAGCUGAUACCACUGGCUCUCUGUUUUAUAAGCACGUUGUUCUCUUUUAACCCAUAUACAGUCCUAUAGUGGUUAUAGUUUAUACAAGUAUGAACACAGUCUUGCAAAUACAACUAGGCAUGACUACCCAGACAGGCAUGCUGAUAAGUUUCCAGACAUUAAUAUACAGGAAUGCACACAGACACAGGCAUGAAUACAUGUAUACAGAGAGUUGUUUUCAUUCUACAUGUUCCAUGUACAUGUCUGCAUCUGGUGAAUACAAGAGGAAUUACGACAGGUUGGAUAGUACAAGCGAGAGGUCAUGCCCCCAGAAAUGUAUAGACAAGUGGGGUAAAAUGGAAAAAGUACAUAUUGAAAGAAAGGUCCCAGCAACACAUAACACACUUUAACUAUAUUUGGUUAUACCAAAUAUACACUCACAAGACAUUCUUGAAAGGAGUGCCUUGAAUGGACCAAAGCCAUAUUAGAAGACCGAGGAUAUUUACAUUUUUUUGUCUCUUGUUACAUGUUCAUUUAUACGAGGAAACAGAGAGACAUACAGUACAGGCCAUACAGUGGAGACCAUUUUCUAUAAAGCAUAAAAUCCACUCACGUUUUAAAAAAUCUAAACAGGCACAUCAGGUUUUUGAGGGAGUCAUACAGUAUCCCUUCUCCAGCCAAGCAAUGCGAUCCUCUGUCCUACAUGUUUCAUUCCAAAGUGGACAAUCUCCAAGGCAAAAUAAAAUUGUAUCUGUCUGUUAAAGCCAUGUAGGAUUGCACAGGGCACCACUGCUAAUGAUGCUCGGAUGUCAAUCAUUAAAAAUAAAAUCUUUGGGAAAACACAGGUGCAGGUAGCACAGCUAUGUCACCAUGGGAGCACCAUGUCAAAUAACAUCCUAACCUGCAAAAUUUACUAAAAGCAGAGCUUUAAAUGUAGUGGUAUCAGGCUACAUUACCUGAAAUAUGAGUAAAUCAUAUGCUUUGUUCAUAAUGGGCAGCCAGCGAGUCCUGGUCUUACCUCGACACCUCUAUUUGUAUUAAUAUCACAGUGGUUGCUUAGCCUUAGAAUCCAGCUAUACGUGGCUCUGGGAAGAGUGAGUGACCCAUUACCUCUGUGUACUUUAAUAUCUGUAUAUUUACAUUAUUACACUAUGUACAGUUUUAUAUUUUACAGAUAACCAGAGACAAAUUGUAUGGUCCUCCUUGAUAUAAGUAUAUCACAUUGUGUGGUGCUGUUUUUAAUUGCGCACCCUGUACUUUGUAUUUGUUUUUGCACUAUUUGCAUGACAUGCCUUAUCUAUGCCUUUCAGAAAGAUGUUAGCUGCCUGAUUGUAAAUGUAUCAAUCUAAGGUGCUUUAUAUGCCUUCAUUUUAAUUAUUUUACGUUUUAUCAUUUAUUUCACAAAGUUCAUAAUUAAAUAGUAUCCUUAACAGAAAAAAAAACAGAGACAUGAAUUUAAUAACACAACUAAUAGCUACUUUUAUGUCCUGGGUGCUAAUGAAGCCUUAUCUAAAAUGUGACAGUUCCUUUUAAGAAACUCUUAAUAGCUUUCCUGAUGAUAGAACCUCCAUUUACAAGAAAAAGAGGUAGAAAAUAUUUGAAACUUCUUCAAUAUGUCAGUUUCUAAAAAGCAAAUGUGGAUAAACACGAAAAAUAGGAACUAUAAAUUCGAUUUUUAGUGUAAAAAAAAGCUUUACAGACAAAUAAAGUGGUUCCCUGGGCAUCUGAAACAAACCAUUUCCCCCUCUUUUUCAGUAGGUUUAUAAUAGAAGGUAACAUUAGCUUUCACUGUGGACUUUUAUCAAACUACACUUGAUAGAGUACUGUUCAUGCCAACAUGCUUUAUUUCUCAUGGAAGAAUUGCUGAACGGAAUGUUCGGCAUAAUGGAGUUUAGAAUGAAAAGAAUGUAAUUGUGUUUUCUGUUGUCAUUGUGGAACGGUGAUCAUUCGGCCUUGAUUCGCGUUAUUUCUAUAGUAAUAUAGCAUCUACAUACAUGGAAUAUGUUUAUUAUAUCAUUUAGGCAAUAUCCAAUUUUUAUUUUCUCUUUACUCACAUUUUUUAAAUUUUUUUUUUUGUUUAUGACUGCAAUUGUUAGACCAAAAUAGACAAGGUAGAAAAAAAGACAAGUUUAAAAGAAACAAUACAAUUUGUUCUGGUUCAUAAUGCAUUGCACUGAUAUAAUUCUCUACUCAUUAUACUAAACAUGGAUAACUUUGUUUAUUUAUUGCAAUUAUUUUAGACUGUGGUAUUAGAUUGAUAAAUAUGUCAACCAGCAGAGGAUAAAUAACCUUCAAUCAAUAACUUUUUGUUUAUUAUAUUCCAAUUGCAUAUAAUGUAAACCCCCACCCUCUAAAAAAAAUAAUAAGUUAACAUAUUGUUGAUACUGUUUUGUCUAAAUACAAUGGCCAUUUAGAUAUCUAAAAAAAUGAUUUUUCGAUUUUAUUACCAGAUCAGCGGAGUUACUAAAGGAACGGCACGCAACCGAGAACAGAGGGUUCUUGUUAUGGUCAUAGUGAUGGUAAUCUGUUUUUUACUUUGCUGGUUACCGUAUGGUAUCAUGGCGUUAAUUGCUACGUUUGGAAAGCCAGGUCUGAUUACUCCUUCAGCCAGCAUCAUACCUUCUGUACUUGCAAAGAGCAGCACUGUGUAUAACCCCAUCAUCUACAUUUUCUUGAAUAAGCAGGUUGGUAAACAGAACAUUUACUCUUUAAUUUGUAUAUUAUAUGUUUACCAGGUGCCAAAAUGUCCACAUGGCAAAUAUAUGUAUGUAAUAUUAUGCCUCUGUUGUGGUUAUAGGGUAUUUUUUUUAAAUUUUGUAUUACUUCUUGAGAAGAGGGUUUUCAAAGUAGUAACCAAGACAGCAGGACAUGUAUCCCAAACUGGAACUGUCCUGACGCAUUCUAGAACACAUGAAAUGAUUGCCCCAGUUUGACGAAUGCCACUUGUCGCCUGGAAAAAUGAAUACAUUCAGUGAUUAAAAAGGUCUUGACCAACAAAGGGAUAUCCUCUGAUUUAUUCUGACCCAAUCCUGGUAUGCAUGGUUUAGUCACUUUUAAUCCACAUUUCAUUUUCUGCAAAUACUCUACUUUUAACCCCAGACUGGCCAAUGCGGAGGUGAUUGUGGACUGUAAUGAUAAUUUUUUCAAAAUUUGGAUUGAAGACAGUCUUGCAUUGGCACACUAUCAAUCACUCUCACAAAAUAUCUGUGCAGCUUGGGCUCUGUCUAAUUACUCAAGAGUUGACCUGCCAUAACCUGAGCUUCCAGCAGAAAAUAGAAAGAGAAAGCACAUUGCCAAAUUAAAAACAAUAUAUUCCUGGCGCUCCACGAUCCAAAACAGCCAAAUUCCUCCACAUUAGUAUACAGACAGUACUGCAUAUACAGAAAAAAAAAUUAAAAUAUGGGCCAAUUAAUUGUCUCAAAUUAGGUUAUUGCUCGCCAAGUAUCCUAUAUAAAGCCUUGGGGCUUGAAAAAGGUCCUUUGAUGAAAUUAAAUGUUGCUUAUAUGACAACAAAUUAGUCUUUUUUUAACACUGCUUGUGUGCUCAGCUCUGUCUGUGUGCAACUGUUGAUCUGCCACGUGGUAAUGUGUACAGAGUUUGAGCUGUUAUUGGUUUUAUAGGCCUUUAUUUAUUGUAGUUUGUUUACAUUUGAAGAAUAUUUGAUUGUGCUUUAAAUAUAAAAGCUUGAAACUUUCUUUUCUAUACUGUAAUAUAAAAGAUAAUAAUAUAAAAUGCUGAACACAGAUAACGACCAUAGGCAAUGCCUAAUAGUACGUUUAAUAACGCUGCUAGGAUUGCUAGAAUUUCACUGCUAAAAGCAAGCAAUUAGAGAGACACCACAGCGCCAAACUCAUGUAUAUGACAUCAGAGGUAUUUUCAUAUUGGCUUUGUUUUCAGCCAAUCAGAAUGCAUUUAAUAUUGAUUUAAUUACUAGAAAUGCAUUUAUUAAUGUCAGCACAUGUCUCCUCAAAAAUGCAGUCUCCACAGAACAAUGAAAAUGAAUAUAGGCAUGUUCCAUGUAGAUUACCUUAUAUAUUUCCACGUGUAUUUAAUUUGUUCUUAAUUUACCAUUUCAUGUAAUCCGAAGUUUGAGUUGAGCAUUACUAGAUGUUUAAUACUUUAUGACAGAGCAGCUAGAAUUAAAUGUCCUUGCACUGUCAUCUCUGUUGUAUUACUUGACUUUUUGUGUUUCCUUCUAACCCUGAUUUGGAUUCCGCUCCUCGUUAAUGUAGUCAGCUCUUGGGUUUCAAGAAACCGACGCUCUGUUAAUAUAUUUUAAUUAAGAUGCAUUCUUGCGAACUAAAGAACAUUAUAUAGACUGACUUUGAUGGUAAUUAUGAGCCAUUUUCUUAAUUAGCUACAAUGAACUAGCAGGAUGGUCACUAGCGAUUUCUCAAAAUCUAGCCCAAGGGGACCAUAUUUAUAAGUAUUUUCCCACCAGUAGGGAAUUAACUCUUUUAUUAAUACUUUGCAUAAUAAUUUUGUACUGCUUACAUUUAGAUAGUUUGCAUGCUAUUUAGAACUGAUUACAGUUAGAUAGUUUAGUGCAAAAUUAAAUGAUUUUGAUGAAUGAAGUAUCCCACUGAUGCAAACAUGAAAAAAAUAUAAAAAAUAAAAAUAAAAAAAAACACACAAAUCUACAUUUUAUGUUUUAGCCUUCUGCAUGCUGUAAACACAGCAUAGAGAGAUCUAAGGCCAGUGCAAGGGCUUUUGCCACCGUAGGCAAAAAAUACAUAAAAAAUGUUGCUGACCCCAUACGCACCACCGAUGGUGUGACAUCACACAAACCUGGCUCCUGCCGUAAUGUGACAUCGCAAUGUCUAAUUCAUAUUCAUAUGUCAGGUGGGGAGCUACUGGGAAUCCAUUGUACACUAAAUGCACAGCUCCCUACAGCUAAAUGCUCAUUCUGAGGUUCCAGCUCCUGGCAUCAGUACGUGGAGUGUGAGGAAGCUGUGCAUGCAGUGCAGAGAGAUCCCAGCAGCUGCCUCAGAACUCGCUCAGCAGCAUUUUGGCAGAGCAGCAGCUUACCACAAAGGGCUGCUUUUAGACUUUUUCACACUUCAAUGUAUAUUAAUGAUUUAACAAACUGCAUCAUAUUCCAAUUCAGACAAAAGCAAAGCCAGGGCAUAUAUUCCGAAUAAAGAGAAGACAUAGAAACAUUGUUUAAUUUUUUCUCUCCUCUGUAUGUGUUCUCUAUGCUGACUGCCAGUUACAAAGGACAGAGCUUAUAAAAAUUACUGACAGGGCACUAAAAUGAUGGGGCCCAAAUUCAGGAUAAAAAGGUGUGGAUUUCUAUACUUGAUUUCAUUUUUCACACUUCCUAAAUGUAUAUUUGAUACAUACAGGGUUAAGUAAACAUAGCGUAAAAAUUCACAGGAAGUGACAAUUGAAGAUUAUGCUAGCGCUAGUGUACUUAUAAUCUUAAUUUUAGUAAUGACAGGAGGCGAGUAUUUUGCAUAUAACUCUCUUUACUAACUCCACAUAGCAGUAAAGAAAAGUGAAAACAUUAACCAAUCAAAAAUGCAGUAGGAGGUAUAGUAUUCACAGUGAUGAGGCUCCUCCCCCUCUUUCGAAAGCGACAUCAAAGACAAAUAUUGAAACGGAUAAAGUCUUGAAACAUAAAGUCUUGAAACAUGCACCAACGGGUGACUUUCCAAAUACGAAGUCCUAGAGGCUGAAGGACGGCCCAAACGUGUCCAUCCUGAGCAUAAGAUGUAAUGUCCCGAAGUUAUGCUGAAAAAGAACGUGGAGAAGGUUAGGUACCGAUCUGGCAACUGUUUGCAGUAAUGUAAUAAACCCAACACCAUUUCCACCGAACUGAUGUAAAACUAGAUGAAAAACUAGUAUAAAUAUGACAGUAAACGAUAACAAUGAUCUAACUAAACAAGGUACAAGCCUGAGUCAUACAAGAUGAGUAGAAAGAUAGAAGAAGUAAGGAAUACACAGAGUAAGUAUACUUACUUGGAUCCUUAUCCCCCAAGGGUGUGGAGGGUGGGAAAAUACUCGCCUCCUGUCAUUACUAAAAUUAAGAUUAUAAGUACAAUAGCGCUAGCAUAAUCUUCAAUUUUACCACAUGACAGGAGGCUUCAUAUUUUGCAUUUUUAACGCUGAAGCAGGAGAGACGUGGCUGCCACCGAGUUCGGUCGGAAGUAGAAGGUCCGAAAGGUCGAUUCUCGUGACCAAUCUGCAGCUCGUAGGAUGUCUGCCAGGGAUGCGCCUGCGGUGAACGCCGAAGAAGCUGCCGCCCCGCGGACGGAGUGGGCUCCGAAGGUUUCCUCUACGCCCGCCAGGGACAGAAUCCAUCUUACCCAUCUGGCCAGGGUGGUGGUAGAGACGGGAACGUGUGGUCUAACGUAGGACACCAAGAGUUGGCCCGUAGGGGAGACCCGCAAACGGGAUGUGACCUCUACGUACCGAUGUAGGGUGGAUACCACGCAGAGAAGCGGUUCUGUAGGAAAAAAGGGGUAGAAGACCGAUGUGGAGUCGGAUUUCAUACGGCGUGAAACUUGGAAGGUAACUCCCUCCGGGGAGACCAAAAAGGCAUCGAUGUCUAAUGCUCGUUCGUCCGAAACUCUGCGGAACGAGACCAAACAAAGUAGGAGCGUCAGUUUGGCUGAUAGUUGUCGGAGCGAGAGUCUGUCGUUGUCUGGCCAGUCCCUCAGGAACUGUAGGACGUUUUCGACGUCCCAUAGUCUGGAAUAUUUAGGUUUCGGAGGCCUCUGAAGUCUGAUGCCCCUGAGGAGGCGGCAUACCAACGGGUCUUUCCCGACGGGGAUCCCCUGGGCCGGAACGUGGGCCGCCGAGAUUGCGGAGCGCACGACGUUGAGGGAUCGAUAAGAUUGGCCCUUGGAGAAGAGAUGAGAGAGAAAAUUCAUGAUGGCUGUUAUAGGUGCAGUAAAGGGAUCGAAAUUCCGCUCACUGCACCAAGUAGACCAGGAGCUCCAUGCCGAUAAGUAACAUCGUCUGGUUCCUGGUGCCCAUGAGUCCCAUAGGAGAUCUCGAGAUGUUUGCGAUAACUCUUCGGUUUGCAAGGCUCCCCUGAAAGCAUCCAAGCCACCAGCGUGAGACGGUCUUCCAGGAUGAGCGGGUGUUGAUUCCCUCUCGGGUCCGUAAGGAGCGUCGGAUAGGACGGUAUGAGGAGGGGAUCUCUGUAGGAUGACGCUAGAAGAUCCGGGAACCAUGGUUGACCCUGCCAUAGGGGUGAGAUGAGGAGCAGGGAUCCGCAUUGGGUCUUCAGGUAUUGCAUCGUCCUGGCUACCAUGGCGAAUGGGGGAAAGGCGUACGCCCCCGAGGGUGGCCAAGGCUGGAGAAACGCAUCUACUGCCUUGCUCUCUGGGUCUGGGAGCCAGCUGAAGUACUCGUCUGUCUGCCUGUUGUUGCGUGACGCGAAGAGGUCCAGGUGGAGGGGACCCCUCCUGACCGAAAGGCGCUGGAAGAUCGCUGGGUCCAGUCUCCAGUCGCUGCUGCCAGUGGCGUGAAAACCAGUCUGCUGUCAGGUUUGUUUCUCCCGGGAGGUAUUCUGCCAUGAGGGAGAUUUUCCGGGGUAGACAAAAGUCGAAAAUUUCCUUCGUGAUCUCUGAGAGGAGCCUGGAUCGGGCUCCUCCCAGACGAUUGAUGUAGCGGACUGCUGAGAUGUUGUCCAUCCGGAGGAGGAUGCAGCAGUCUGUCCGGUCUCUCGCUAAGCUGCGGAUCGCAAACGACCCCGCUAGGAGUUCUAGGCAGUUUAUGUGAAGGUUGGUUUCUUGGGAAGUCCAAGUGCCUCCUGUCGAUCUGCCCUCGCUUGUGGCGCCCCAGCCGAACAGGCUGGCGUUUGAUUCCAGAACUAUGUCGGGUGCAUUCCCGAAGAUGGCUCAGCCGUUCCAAGCUUCCAUGCUGUCCAACCACCAUCCGAGUUCUUCCCUGACUUCUUCCAUUACCGGAAUGUUUUGGUCGUAGGAAGGGUUCUGACGGAGGAAGGAGGCCUUCAGGCGUUGCAUCGCCCUGUAGUGUAGUGGGCCCGGGAAGAUUGCCUGUAUAGAUGCGGACAGUAGUCCCACGAUUCGAGCUAGGCUGCGGAGUGGAAUGGUGUUGCAGCGGAUGACUCUGCGUAGUUCCUUUUUGAUGGCUGUGAUCUUUGGGAUCAGUAGCCGUAAGGUGCUGGUCUUGGAAUCUAUCUCGAAGCCCAGGAAAUGUAUCGUCUGGGCUGGGAGCAGCUCCGAUUUUUGGUAGUUCACCACGAAGCCUAGGGACGUCAGGAGUUGAAUGGUAUAUCGUGUGUGUUGUGUUAGACUGUACCUGUCUGAGGAAAAUAGUAGCAGGUUGUCCAGGUAGAUAAUGCAACGAAUUCCUUGAGUUCGUAGUUGUGAUACCACCGGCUUGAGGAGCUUGGUGACGCACCACGGUGCUGAGCUGAGGCCGAAGGGGAGGCAUGUGAACUGCCAGGGUUGGUCUUGCCAUAGGAAUCUGAGAAAUUGGCGGCAAGACCCAUGGACAGGGACCGACAGGUAAGCGUCUUUGAGGUCCAGUCUCGUAAACCAGUCCCUGUCUUGGAGUAGAUCUCUCAGCAGGUGAAUGCCUUCCAUCUUGAAGUACCUGUACGUUACAAAAGCGUUGAGUCCCUUCAAGUUUAUAACCGGACGGAAUUCCCCUGAUUUCUUUUUUACUAGAAAAAUGUUGCUGAAGAAGCCCUUUCCGUCGUGAGCCGGUUCUAUCGCUCCUUUCGCCUUGAGCUCCCAUAGUUCGCCGUCGAUUAGGCGGCGGUCCUCCUCGGAGCAUUGAAUGGGGUGCGGGGGAGCGAGCUGGUAAGGGGGUUCUACGAAGUCGAUGACGUAGCCCCGAACCGUCUGGAGGAUCCAUGCGUCCGUGGAGAUGGUCAUCCAGUUCUGAAAAGACGGAGCAAUACGGCCUGCAGUGUAAGGGGUAAGUGAACCUAGAGACACUAGAUUGCUUACCUGUGGGGAAGCGUGCUCUGCCACGGUUACGAGGUCCUCUGCCUCGGUCUGCUCCUCGGGUAUAGGAGAAGGGUUGCCGGAAGCCCACUUCCGGGUAGAAAGGCUGUGGUCUGUGUGACCGGGGGCCAGAAGGCCAGAAUCGGCUGGCUGCUCGGCCCCUGUAGCGGCCAGCCCGUCCAAAAACACCCCGACAGGGGUAGCCUCUGAAGACUCGUUUCAUAGACGUCUGAGCCUUAUUGAGGGACGUAAAGAUGUUAACAUGCUUGUUCAGCUCUUUUAAGAAAGGUUCUCCGAACAAUUUGCCCUGUGCCAACGGUCCCAACUCUUUGGUUCCCAAAUCCACCAGUUUUCCGUCAAUACGGAGUAAAGCUGCCUUGCGCCUCUCAGAGGAGAGGGCUACGUUGGUGUUACCAACAAAACAGAAGCACCGUUGUGCCCAUUCCCUAAUAUCAUGUGCCCACUCUUUGACCAUGCUAGAGACAAAUUGAUCGGCCCUAGUGAACGCAUCAUCCGCCAGGUACAAUAUGCAGGAGAGUGGGCCAAUUGAGUCCAGCAGUUUAUCCUGGACCCCGUGGAAUCCUUUCUCCACGCCUCGUCGAGGGUCGCGGCCACCUCGGGACAUAAAGGUGUUCAUCACCUGAUCAAACUCCGGGGUCUGUGUUACGUGGUCCGGGAGCAAGGGGCGCGGGCAUUCAGAGCGUAGACGGUUGCGCACCGUUUUGUCAAGUGGUUUGCGUAGCCAGCGGUGCAUAAAUUUGGAGAGGUGGUCGGGGGGGGUCCAGUCUCCAGAGCGUGGAUGGCAGAUAUUACGAGGGUCAAAGAGACGUUGCCCCGUGGGGUCUAGGAUGGUAUCCCCUUCUUGAGCAGGCGCAAGGUCGUCAGGCAACUGGAUGUCGUCCAGGAAGGUGCCUCGUAAGAAGCCAGAAUGGGAGCCGGAGUCCGAGUCCCAAUUGUCAUCGUGCGAAUCAGAGUCCGUGGCUUGCCACUCAUCUAACACGGCCAUAGAGCGCGUGUGUUCGUCCCCCUCUUCCUUGGAGUAGUGGGCAGGAGUAGGUGGGGUUGGUCUGUGGCGUUUAGAGGGUGCCUUACCCUUGCCUGGGGUAUCGCCCGCUUUCUUAACUUUUACAGUGACGUUUGGUGGGGCGUGGAUCUGCCUGUACGUGUGACUCAGAGGCCUCAGAGUCUUCAUCCUGAGGUUGGGUCAGCGUGGCUUUUUUAGAUUUGUCGGUAGAUGCCGACAUAACCCUGGACAGCGCUUUCUCCAUAGAAGCGCAGAUGGCGUCCGCAAUCAUAGACUGGAAGUCUGCAGGGGUUUUGGAUGCUUCCAUAGUGAUUUUGUGUUGGCACAGGGCAGAUGGGCUAGGGGUCAGGUAGUAGAGUAUGGAUUCAGUAAUAAUAAUGACAACACCCCAGCAGGAUGUGUGGUAGCACAGGUACAAUAAGCACCAGAGACCCCAGCAGGGUAAAUUGGGUUUUCUUGCUGGGCCUCGCCCAGAAAUGUAUAUGACAGUGAGAGUGGCACGAAAUCCGCUCAAUCUGGUGUUAGGAUGGGGUUGGGAUGCCCCUUACCAUAUACAUAUAUAUAGGUGGCACAAAAUCCACCUGAUGGCAGCAGUGAAAUAAGGGCCUCACCCUGUUAGAAUUGUAGGUGGCACAAAAUCCACCCAGUAAAUCAAUAAUAGUGGACUCACCACUCAAUAGGGCCAGCAGCCUCUGAAUCCUAUAAUAAGAAUGCCAGUGACCCCUGCCAGCUGUACUUCUUUGCAGGCUGCAAGCCGUCAGCAUAGAACGGUAUAACACACCCCAGCCAGCCGGGAUGUGUGUGUGGGUAUCUGGGAACGAGCGGGUUGCGGCGGCGGUCGGCACUGCGCAGUCCGCGGUACUCCCAAAAUGGCGGCCGAGAAUCUCUCAAGACGCGAGAUCCAAGAUGGCCGCCGGGGAGCCGGGAAAGAGGUUUCCCGGCGUGCCGGCGAUCUAGAAAGCGGCUGGGGAGCCGCAAGGGAGUAUUAGGAGCAGGGUGAGCGUUACCCUGAGGGAAAUAAGCUGGGAGGCCAGCGGCAAAAACGGGGGAAAAACGGAAGGGAGGAAAAAGGGAUGACAGAAACCCCUAAGAAGAACGAGCAAAAUAGAAUAAAAUCACAUAGUGAGACAUAAAAAUAAGAAUAAACCCCCCCCAGGACAGGAGGGAGAAGUCCCCCAGAAGAAAACAGUAUAAAGUAGCCCCGAUAUAACAUAUAAUAUAGGAAUACAGUAAAUAUAAAGGGAAGAGCCUUGAAACUCUGACCUGUCUGCUGAUGGAGCAGUAAAGAAAGAGGAGGAGGAGCCUCAUCACUGUGAAUACUAUACCUCCUACUGCAUUUUUGAUUGGUUAAUGUUUUCACUUUUCUUUACUGCUAUGUGGAGUUAGUAAAGAGAGUUAUAUGCAAAAUAUGAAGCCUCCUGUCAUGUGGUAAAAUUUCCCUUUAAUACGACUCACAUUUGCAGCUGCAUUUGAAAUUGUUAAUUUUUUGCGUGUCUUUUGUUCUAUUCUCUUAUUAUUUGUCUAUAGUAUUAUAAUAAUCUUGUAGUAUGAAAAUAAAGGUAAAAUUUUUUUUGGGUAGCUCCCAUAUGAACCCCCAUGAAAUUUAAAAAAUAUAUAUUAUUAUAUGUCUGUGAAAAUAAUUUAGGAUGCUUAAAUAAGAUUUAAAAAAAAAAACAAAAAAAAAACAAUCACUUGAAAGGAUGGAAUGUCAGAAGAGCAUUUGCUUAUAUCUAAAGGGACCUCCUGGCACUAUGAAAACUUCCUUUUGAUGUGGAGUGUUCCUUUAAAGCCGAUAACUGGGGAGUUAUUACACUAAAGCCUUUCAAAAUGUCCAAAGAUCAGAGAUUUGUAAAAAAAAUAAAAAAAAAUCAGUUAGCAAUUAACGAUGCACAGUGCAUUGAUUAAGUAAUUGGGAAAGGUAUGUCUGAUUUAACUAACAGCUGUCUGGAUAAAUCAGUUAAACAAAUGAACCCUCAAUGGGCAAGCAGAUAUGUUCGAUACUUUCUCUUAUGCUGCAGGCUAAUUUGCUACGAGCUACGAGUUUUGAAAUCUGGGUCCCAAAGUAAAUUCAAAAUCAGCAUGCUUUACUCUGUAAUUUUGCAAUUUUGAACAGCAUGGGAUGUAUCCCUCAUACCUCCCAACAUUUCAAAUGGUUAAAGGACCACUAUAAUGCCAGGAAAACAAACUCAUUUUCCUGGCACUAUAGUGUUAAUAGGUCCCCCCCACCCUCAUGGUCCCCUCCUGCCAGGCUGAAGGGGGGUUAAGGGGUUAAACUAUUACCUUUCUCCAGCGCCGGGCUCCCUUGGUGCUGGGAACUCUCCUCCCUCUUCCUACGUCAUCCACCGAAUGCGCAUGCAUGGCAAGAGCCGCGCGUGCAUUCAAUCAGUCCAUAGGAAAGCAUUCUCAAUGUUUUCCUAUGGACGGCAGCGUCUGCUCAUUGUGAAAAUCACAGUGAGAAGCGCGGAAGCGCCUCUAGCAUCUGUUAGUGAGACAGCCACUAGAGGCUGGAUUAAACCUAAUGUAAAAUAGCAGUUUCUCUGAAACUGCUAUGUUUACAGCUGCAGGGUUAACCCUAGAUGGACCUGGCAUCCAGACCACUUCAUUGAGCUGAAGUGGUCUGGGUGCCUGUAGCGGUCCUUUAAAGACGAACACUUUAUUUUCAGUAUCUUGAGUGGGGUAUGGCCUGGGCGAGAAAUUUUGGGACACUUACUAAUAUUAAUUUAGACAGCCAUAAUAUUAUUAAGAAUAAGAACAAUGUAUACAGACUGAUUUGUGAACAGAAAAAAAGGAUAUUAAUUAAAAAUAAUUCAGUAUUGUAUAGCAAAGAUCAUGGUGUGGUUCCAGAUCAUUCUUGGAGUAAAUAUGUAAAAUAAAUAGAAGAUAAGGAGCUGAUAGUGUAAUAUAUCUUAUUCAUAUUUUUGCGAGGAUUAUAGUAAGCAAAAUGUACACUCAUACUUUUCUGGAGUUUCAAUUCAGCGCCAACUUUGGCAUUUGGGCAGCAGAAGGUAUAUGAAGGUAUCCAAUCAAUGGAGGCCCCUCACAACUCACACCUUGAAAGAGUUAAAGUGUCUGCUGGUAAUGUCUUGAUACCAGAUACAGGGCCUGAUUAAGAGCCCAUUGGGCCUGGUGCAGACAAUUAUGAUGGGCCAAAUUACAGAAUAUUUUUGAUAGAAAACUCCAAUACAGUUAUACGUCCAAAGCGUCAUGUAUCUGGUGGAGGUGGUGCUGGAGGUAAACUCACAGAAUACAGCUAUCAGAAAACAAAUACCCUAUCCUAAUCUCUCACGUUCAUCAUUCAAGUAAAUCCAUACCCACUAACAGCAGUGUCUGGUGAAGAAGGAUUUCGGUGAUUGGGGUAUAAGGGUAUGCCAAUGAUGUGAAUCACGUAACCAAAACUGCCCAAAGAGACAAACAUGCCCAAAAAGGGGGCGUGUCUGCACAAAGAAUUAGAUGGUCAGCCUGGAGUGAAUGCACAUCAGGCUGCCUGCCAAUCAUGCAGGAUGACCAAUCAAGGGCAUGCUGUGCAGACAGCCCGCUGAGCUUGGCAUAAAUGCGUCUAAUGAUGCGCUAGCUCUAAGCUUUCUAAGGAUUAUCCCCUAGCACUUGCUGUUCCACUCCUUUCCCUACCUUUUUACUAGCAGGCAGAAGCUCCUGUUAUACAGUCUGGGACAGAGAAAAAGUGUAUGUAGUUAGUGUAGAAGAACGGGAACAGGCCACAGUGUUAGAGAGACUGAAGCAGCAAGUGCAUUUGUCCACACCAGUUUUGUUCCCCUACAUCCCUCUUAAGUUUCCAUACUUAAACAAGAGCAUGUGAAGAGUAGUAAAAAAAAUAAAAAAAUAAAAAAUGUAAAUCAUUGGGCCUAUUCCAUAGGCAUGGGCCUGGAGCCUCAGCUCCAUCAGCCCCUAUAUUAUUCCGGCACUGAUACAUUCAGAGAUCAUGUGAAGACCAUACCUCGAUGCAUCAGAGCAGUUUUGGAAGCACAAGGGGGACCUACAUGGCAGGUGGUUUUAAUGUUGUGGCUGAUACAUACAGAGACAGGCUCCCUCGCAAUUGCGACUACCAUUCAGCCACAAAGGAUCUUUAAUGAUAAAAAAAAUAUUAUAGCUGUGAUUUUAUAAGUGUAUCGUAAAUUUACCAAUAAAUCUCAUCUGCUAAUAAAAAAAAUAAAUGGAAUACGUCUGCUUGUCCAAAACUAGACCUGAAUACAAAUUAUUCUUAUCUGCCUUAUUUUGAUAUGUGUUUUAACACCACAUUUACUCCUUAAAGAGAACAAGGAACGUCUCAGAUCUCUAAUGCCAUGAAGGCACCUGCUGAUAAGGAGCUGAAUUUGCAUGACUUAUCCUCUUUCCACGGAGGGAUAAAAGAGUAAGAAUUAUAUCCUAGUUUGAAAAGAAGAUUUAACCUCCAACUUUGAAAGAUAUUGCUGAGUGAACUAUAAUUAUGUAAUAUUUAUAUUUUACAAGAGGUGACUAUGAAAUGAUAAACUGGAUCAGAUCUUACUCUGGAACUGUGAAACCCGUGAGGCUGUGAAUUACUUUACUGUAAAUAAUGUGACAGAAUAUUAACACUGCUCUAAAUUGGAGAGUGCUGGGACUAACACCCAGAGGAAUAGUUUUAUUUUUACCAUUUCAGACAUAUCACCUUUAAGUACUUACUUAUCCUCUUUACUGGGGUUUCCCAUAGAGUGAUAAUAUUCAAUAAAAAUAGUCGAUGAUUUUGUAUUGCAAUUUCAGGAGAAUGAUUACAUAUAUCUAUAAAUAGAUUCAUACGAACAACAAAUGGAACAUGACAUGACAUUUUGUGCUGCUGCUUGAUUGAUUGGGGGAGUGUUAAUUAAUUGCACCUGUGUGGGAUUUGUAUCCCCAUAAAGGCACACCCCUAACUCACUGAGCUUGCUCACAUUACUUGAAAGCAGACUCUAUUAAGUAGACUCUUUCUUUCAAGUAGGAGUUAGAAAACCAGGAGUUGAAACAAACAAGGGGUUUAAGCUAAUAAGGUAAUUGUUUUAUUGUUCUGUAUCUGGGGAAAUGAGUGUUAGUAAGAUCGCUGGUUUGACUCAAUGCACAUCUUGUGGCAUGUAUGCAUGCCUGGAUGUACCCGUCCAGGGUCCAUACCUCUGUGAUGGUUGUGUGCGAGUGGCUUCUCUGGAAGCUCAGAUUGGAGAUCUCGAGAAGCAAAUCGCAACUUUGAGGGAGAUUGACAAUCUUGAGAGGAGUCUGCUGCUCACUGAGCAGAGUUUAGUGGGGACAGGUAGUGGAGAUGGAGGAGAUAAGACAGAUGGGGAACAGGCAUGUAGCUGGGUGACAGUGGGGCGAGGAAGCAGGGGAGGAGGGAAGAGGAAAGUGCUAGCUAGUUCUGAUUUGGUGCAACCUAGCAGAUUUGCCCGUUUGAGGGACGAUGUUAGGAGCAUCAGCUCAGGAGUAGCUGUAUUAGAGGAAGCUGUUACUUCUAACAGCCGAUCUAACAGCCCCCCUAGUACGGGUGGGGAUCAAAAUGUAAGGAAGGCAAGACAGGUUGUGGUGGUAGGGGACUCUAUCAUUAGGAGAGCAGAUAGGGCAAUCUGCCGCUCUGAUCGGAUCAACUGGACAGGAUGCUGUCUCCCGGUUGCUCGGGUCCGGCAUGUUGCUGACAGAGUGGAAGGAUUCUUGGGAGGGGCUGGGGAUGACCCAGUGGUCAUGGUCCAUGUUGGUACCAAUGACAAAGUAAGAGGAAGAUAGAAGGUCCUAAAUAAUGAUUUCAGGGAAUUAGGUAGCAAACUUAAGAAAAGGACCUCCAAGGUGGUAUUCUCUGAGAUAUUACCUGUGCCACAUGCUACAGUGGAAAGGCAGCGGGAGAUUAGAGAGGUCAAUGCGUGGCUUAAGUCUUGAUGCAGGAAGGAGGGUUUGGGGUUUUUAGAGCACUGGGCCGACUCUGCGAUUGGGUACAACCUUUAUAGUCGUGAUGGAUUGCACCUAAACGGGAGAGUGUCUUCAGUGCUGGGGGAUAGGAUGGCUAGAAGGUUGGAGGAGAUUUUAAACUAGUAGUGGGGGGGGGAGGGUCAUAGCAAUCUACAAAAUGGAGAUAGGACAGAAAGGAGAUGGGCUUUAGCAAAGUAUAAUGGGGGUGGAGACGGGCGAAGGGGCAAGCUCAGAACAGAGAAGCUAUGUAAUGUUGAUAAUUCACAAAAUAUACAAGUGACGCAUUAAAUGUAUGCUUACUAAUGCAAGGAGCCUAAAUAACAAAAUGGGGGAACUAGAGGCAUAAGCAUACACUAAACAAUAUGAUAUAAUAGGCAUAACUGAAACUUGGUGGGAUGAGACACAUGACUGGGCAGUUAACUUAAAUGGGUACAUGUUAUUUAGGAAGGAUAGGAAAAACAAGAAGGGUGGUGGGGUAUGUUUGUAUGUUAACCAUGAUUUAAAGCCAAAUCUUAAGCCAGUGGCGUACAUACCAGGGUUUGCAGGGGUCGCGGCUGCGACCGGGCCCGGCCCACCAGGGGGCCCGGCCGCCCCUGCGACCCGGUAUGUACCCACAGGGCCAGCCUCUUCCCCUGGGGGGCCCAGGAGGCGACCACCUCAGGGCCCCCCGAGGCUGGCCCUGCUGAUACCGGGCAGGCAGGUGGUCGGUCGGGCAGGCAGGCGGGCGCGCGAGGGAGCACUCUCUGUGUGCUCCCUCUUCAGCUCCCUCGCGCACCGCACUGAGACCGGAGCCGGACGAUGACGUCAUCUUCCGGCUCCGGCAUCAGUACGCGGCGCGCGAGGGAGCUGAAGAGGGAGCACACAGAGAGUGCUCCCUCGCGUGCCGGCCGCCCAGACAGCCCGCCCGCCCGCCCAGUGACCUGCCGCCCAGGAGCCCAGCAGCACCACUGGACCCCAGGGAAUCCCCCCAGCACUCCAAAAGGUAAGGAGGCUGGGGGAUUAAAUAAAAAAAAACAUGUGUUAGUGUUUGAGUGUGUGUGAGUGUUAGUGUGUGUCUGCUAGUGAGUGUUAGAGUGAGUUAGUGUGAGUGUUAGUGUGUGUCUGCUAGUGAGUGUUAGAGUGAGUUAGUGUGAGUGUUAGUGUGUGUCUGCUAGUGAGUGUUAGAGUGAGUUAGUGUGAGUGUUAGUGUGUGUCUGCUAGUGAGUGUGAGUGUUAGAGUGAGUGUUAGUGGGUGUGUCUGCUAGUGAGUGUUAGUGUGUGUGUCUGCUAGUGAGUGUUAGUGUGAGUGUUAGAGUGAGUGUUAGUGUGUGUGUCUGCUAGUGAGUGUUAGUGUGUUAGAGUGUGUUAGUGUGUGUGUCUGCUAGUGAGUGUUAGUGUGAGUGUUAGAGUGAGUGUUAGUGUGUGUGUCUGCUAGUGAGUGUUAGUGUGAGUGUUAGAGUGAGUGUUAGUGUUAGAGUGAGUGUUAGUGUGUGUGUCUGCUAGUGAGUGUUAGUGUGUGUGAGUGUUAGAGUGAGUGUUAGUGUGUGUGUCUGGUAGUGAGUGUUAGUGUGAGUGUCAGUGAGUGUGUUACUGUGUGUGUCUUACUGAGUGUGUGUGUGUUAGUGAGUCUGUUUGAUGUCUGUUAGUGAGUGUGUGUUUGUCAAUGAGAGUUUAUGUUUUGUAAGUGAGUGUGUAUGUAUGUCUGUCGCUGACUGUGUCUCUGUCAGUAAAUGUGUGUGUCUGUUAGCUAGUGUGUAUGCGUCUGUAAGUGUGUGUGUGUGUGUUCUCAGCACUUACCUUUCUCCAGUGCCGGACUCCCUUGGCGCUGAGGAUCCCUCAGCCUCUCAGCUCCAAAUGCGACCGUGCACGCAUUCAAACCGCCCAUAGGAAAGCAUUACUCAAUGCUUUCCUAUGGACGUUCAGUGUGCUCUUCUAGCGGCUGUCCGUGAGACAGCCACUAGAGGCUGGAUUAACCCUCAGCUGCAGGGUUAAAACUAGAGGAACCUGACACCCAGACAACUUCAUUGAGCUGAUGUGAUCUGGGUGUCUGUAGUGGUCCUUUAAAGGACCACUAUAGUGCCAGGAAAACAUACUCGUUUUCCUGGCACCAUAGUGCCCUGAGGGUGCCCCCACCCUCAGGGACCCCCUCCCGCCCGGCUCUGGAAAGGGGAAAGGGGUUAAAACUUACCUUUUUCCAGCACCGGGCAGGGAGAUCUCCUCCUCCGAUCCGCCCCGUCGGCUGAAUGCGCACGCGCGGCAAGAGCUGCUUGCGCAUUCAGCCGGUCGCAUAGGAAAGCAUUUACAAUGCUUUCCUAUGGACGCUGGCGCGCUCUCACUGUGAAAAUCACAGUGAGAAGCACGCAAGCGCCUCUAGUGGCUGUCAAUGAGACAGCCACUAGAGGAAAUAGGGGAAGGCUUAACCCAUUCAUAAACAUAGCAGUUUCUCUGAAACCGCUAUGUUUAUGAAAAAAUGGGUUAACCCUAGCUGGACCUGGCACCCAGACCACUUCAUUAAGCUGAAGUGGUCUGGGUGCCUAGAGUGGUCCUUUAAGUGUGUGUGCAUCUGCAUGCACUGGCGUACAUACCGCGCCCUGUAACCCCUGCGACCAGGUGCCCACCGCCAUGUGUUGCGGCCCGGCCCGCGCGCGGGGGGGGCCCACGGAUCAAUUUUUGCACCGGGGCCCCAUGGGUCAUAUGUACGCCACUGUCUUAAGCAAAUGGAAUGUGAUGAGGAAAAUGUGGAAGCUUUAUGGGUAAAUAUCUGCUUGGGGGAAAAGAAGGGAAACCAACUAUUGGUUGGGAUAUGUUAUAAACCACCUAAUGUUAAUAUUGACGAGGAACAACAGCUGUUUGAGCAAAUUGAGAAAGCUGACACGGCUCUCUCAAGCUUUAUAGAGAGACCGUGCCAGAUUCAAAAUUGCUUAGUGAUUUCUGGUUGUUACUUCCGCAAUCACAUUGCCGGCUAAGCUCUUCUACAUUAAUAAUGUGUACCGAACCUUGGACUAUUUAAACGGAUUCCUGCCUUCUCAUCUCCCUUUGACCACGGACCGUGUAUUGGAUUUAUCUGCUCUCAUUCUAAUUAUUGGAAACCGGACUGUUUGAUGUUUAAUCAUCCGGCGGACUCAAGCUAACCUGUCUUUGGAGGACAACUCCCAACAAUCAUAAGUAUACAAUUUAACACUAUCUCUGAGUUCUAACUUGCUAAUGAACUGUUACCUGCUUGCUAAAAUCUGCUACUACUAAAAUACUAUUACAAUUAUUAAUACUUUAUGUCUUCAACUAUCAACCUGCAAAAGCCACGCUGCCUUAAAGCUACAGUAACCUUAUUAAUUAAAGGAUUCUCAUUUCACUCUCUAAUAAAAAUAAGGAAAUUUAUAAUCUGCAGUUGUGUUCCACAUUUAAACCACUUGUGACAUUACAGAAUCACUAAGCCUAUCACAUGGAACGAACAGAUGUUAAUUCCCAAAUUACCUCUUUAAAUCAUAGUCGACAUACUAACUCAAGCUAUGCAGGAUUUACAAAUUGCAAACGAAAGAAUUCUCUCUUAUAUCAGAGAGAUCCAAAACAAGGUUUCUCAUUCCUCAAGUGAUCCUGCUGUCUGCAACCCACAAAGGUUUUUUGGAGAUUGCUCCAAAUACAGAGAAUUUUUGAAUUCAUGUAAAUUAUUGUUUACUCUUAAACCCAGGCCAUACCCCACUGACAGAAUUAAAGUCUGUUCUAUAAUCUCAUUCCUAAGAGGAGAACCUAUGUCCUGGGCGCAUUCCUUUCUAGAAAAUGAGGAUCCCAUACAAACCAUUGUGUGGAAAUCUAUUCACAAACCGGACUAUACAUAGGACACGAGGCCAUGCGUUUAGACUGGAAGAAAGAAGAUUUCGUCUAAGGCAAAGGAAAGGUUUUUUUACUGUAAGAACAAUCAGGAUGUGGAAUUCUCUGCGUGAAGAAGUGGUUUUAUCAGAGUCUAUACAGAUGUUCAAACAGCUACUAGAUGCAUACUUGCAAAAACAGAAUAUUCAAGGAUGUAAUCUUUCAAUGUAGGGUAAUAACUGCUUGAUCCAAGGAUAAAUCUGACUGCCAUUCUGGGGUCAAGAAGGAAUUUUUUUCCUAGCUUGUUGCAAAAUUGUGCUUCAAACUGUUUUUAUUUGCCUUCUUUUGGAUCAACAGCAAAAAACAAAUGUGAGGAAGGCUGAACUUGAUAAACGCAAGUCUCGUUUCAGCUAUGUAACUAUGUAACUAUGUAAUAGCACUGGAAUUGGCUUAGUCUGGCUUCUUAAAAAAAUACUUUGAUUUAAAAGGAAUUCUUUUUCAUGCAUUAGAUAAUGCAUUAUAAAUAUAUGUUAUGGAGAUAAUACCUUAAUAAAGACAUUUGAAAAAAUACAAAGUGUGGCGGCCACCCGGAUAAGAUCAUGGGUUUCGCCACCAAAGAGGUCUUUUUCCCAGAGGUCUUUUUACAGAGCUCUGCUGCAGUAAUUCCAAUAAGAGUAGUAAUCAAAAGGAGAAUUCCCCAAGUAGCAAUAAUCCAAAGCAGGUUUAGAUUUCCCCCACAGACAUUAGUCGAGACUGAAUGCUGGGAGUAAACUGUUUUAUUCUGGGCCACACACGGCCUUUUAUGCAAAAGCCCCUACAUGGGGUUUCCCAUACAAAAUUACAGGGUAAUCCCUCCCAUGAUCCUCUGUGCCUGAGAGAUAAUUACCUGGGAAAAACAUCUAAAUUUAAUUAUCUCUAAGGUACAGAACAAUCUACAAUAUUCAUCACCCCGAAACACACAUAAAACAACCAAGUCACCCCCUCAAUUCUUAUAUCCCCAGAUAGCUUGGAUCUGAAUGCACAACAUAUCCAAAAAGUGCUCAGAUGCCACAAACGCAUACCGCAUAUAUGUAUCUCUUUCUCUCCAUUUUGUGAAUGGGAGCUACUUAUAAGCAGAGAGUGUCAGAUGACACUUUCAGCCUAUCGGCAGAGCCUAGUCCAAGACUUCCUGAUUGAAGCUUUGGACUUAAACAUAAGGGGAGGGCAGAGCUGAUGAGCACUGUUGGUUAAACUUGUAAUCCUAUACAAAUCAUAUUGUCUCCUCCUAUGUCAUUAAUAGUAUCCUUUAUUGUUUCUGUUAUAUCACCUAUGUAUACACAUACUAUAUCAAUGCCUCAAUCUGCUUUUUCCUUAAUCCUCUUUUUUCUUAAGCUCUUCAUGUUUUGACCUGUUUUAUUUGUUUUUCAUGUUCACCGUAUCUUUCUAAUUAAAGUCUCCUCAUAUAUAUAUAUAUAGAGAGAGAGAGAGAGAGAGAGAGAGAGAGAGAGAGAGAGAGAGAAUGUGUACCCGCGGUUGGUUCCCUUAUUUACCACUAUAAUGUCUUAAAGCAUAGAACUUAGUAGGGCUAACCAUACAGAUAUCUUAGCCAUAAUUUUAUAUAGUGUAAGAGAUCCUCUAUUUACCAUAUAUAAAUAAUUGAGAAUACAAUAUAAAAUAAGGAUUGUCUUGGAAGCAAUAGUUUUGUCUUUUAGAUAUUUUUUAUAUAAAAAUAUAAUUAUAGACAUCUAAAAUCCAUUAUAGCAGAGUUUAUAAGAUUAAACUAAAUGCUUGCAAAUAUCAUUAAUAGGUUAACAUACCCUUCUGAACAUGUCAUCAUGUCAGCCUCUCUGUCAUUUUAAGAUGGAGCAGAGUCUGUCUCCAAGUCUCUCCUCUGUGUCUUAACAUUUAGAAGUACACCUUUUUAUACCUUAGGUGUCUCCAUUUUAGGGUUACCGUAGUUCAUAUAUGAAAAAGUAACACUUCUUUUACUUUAUUCAAUUUAGGACCUCCCUUAACUUGGCAAAAAUACAAGGCCAUAACUAAAGGGUGUAUACGUCAUGGAAAUUUUCCUGACUUAGUUCAAGAUGGCAUCUUAAAGUCUGAACAUACUUAUCUACUAAGGUUACCAUAGUAUAUUGUGUACUGAAAGAGUCGUAGUAUAGCCUUGAAGCUUGUUUAUGCAUUAUUGUUAUUGUAAUUCGUCUGGGACAAAAUUGCGCAAACAUAUUAUGCACUGAGGUUAUUGCUUAAAGAAACAGUUAUGAAAACCAAUAUGUUCAAUUUCUAACUUUGUCAGUUUGCAAUAUCUCUUAAAGACAAAGUACACAGUUUAAGAAAUACAACAUUUCAUUCUAAAACUUGUAAUAUUUGCAUUUGCCAACAAAUGUAUGUAUAUAUAUAUAUACCCAUUCUCUACCUCAUUAGAGUCUGCUUUUGAAUUCUGACUAUGAUAGCAAGCUAUGAAACUCCAGACUAACCUAGUUUUAUAUAGUGAUUAGAAAUAUCUAUUCACAGAGCUGACUUUGGUUCCUGAAUGUGUCUGACAUGUAAUUUUUCUGUAAAGUUGCUGUGAAUCUGUCUCCGUUCACAGUAAGUAGAGCAUAAAAUCCCUGCAUUUUGCUUUUUACAAAUUCUCACACUGGUCACUAAAGAAGUAACUGCCAGCAUUUAGAUCUACUGAAAGAAUAAGACACAGACCCCCAAGCAAGAAAAUUGCAUUAUUUGGUUCAUGGUGGCAUAUGUUCUACAAAAAUCAUCAAUUUAUUUUAUUUAUUGGUUUACUUCAUGGUGCUUUUCACUUUGCAAAGAAUACCACAAUCCAAUAAAUGAAUUUGUUUACAUGAUACAAUAUUUAAAUGGAAUAUUGCCUGUGAAAAAUGUAGGCCAAGAAAUUACUGGUACACCUAUACUACAAUGUUUGAUUUAAUAAAUAUAUGAAUAAGGAGAGAAUGCAAACUCGCUAUAACACGUAUUAGAAUAGUUUGUAGUGAUAUGCUUUCACAGCAAGCAUAUCUCACAAUAACUCAGCAAGACGUUCAUCUUCAUCUGUUUGUUCAAUUCCUGGUUACAUAGUUACACAGUUACAUAGCUGAAAAGAGACUUGCUUCCAUCAAGUUCAGCCUUCCUCACAUAUGUUUUUGCUGUUGAUCCAAAAGAAGGCAAAAAACCCAGUCUGAAGCGCUUCCAAUUUUGCAACAAACUAGGAAAAAAUUCCUUCUUGACCCCAAAAUAGCAGUCAGAUGUCUCCUUGGAUCAAACAGCUAUUACCCCACUACGGUAAUUAGAAAUGAUAUCCCUGUAUGUUAUGUUUUUGUAAGUAUUUAUCCAAUUGCGGUUUAAACAUCUGUAUAGACUCUGACAAAACCACCUCUUCAGGCAGAGAAUUCCAUAUCCUUAUUGUUCUUACUGUAAAAAAAACUUUUCUUUGCCUUAGAUGAAAUCUCCUUUUUUUCCAGCCUAAAUGUGUGACCUUGUGUCCUAUGUAUAGCCCUGUUUAUGAAUAGAUUUCCAGAUAAUGGUUUGUACUAGCCCCGAAUAUAUUUGUAUAAUGUUAUCACAUCCCCUCUCAGGCGCCGUUUUUCCAAACUAAACAGAUUUAAAUUUUUUAACCUUUCUUCGUAACUAAAAUUCUCCAUUCCUUUGAUCAAUUUUGUAGCUCGUCUCUGCACUUUUUCUAGUGCCAUGAUAUAUUUCUUUAGAACUGGUGCCCAAAAUUGCACAGCAUAUUCAAGGUGUGGUCUUACCAGUAAUUUAUAAAGAGGCAAAAUUAUAUUUUCAUCUCGAGAAUUUAUGCCCCUAUUUAUACAUGACAAAACUUACUGGCCUUAGCAACUGCAGAUUGACAUUGCAUAUUGCUGCCUAAUUUGUUAUCUAUAACAAACUUCUUCAAUUGCAUGUCCAAAUACCUUGUAUAUUUACUCACAUGUUCAUGCAAUAAACUUUAUGUGGGAAAAACUUCCCGCAAGUUUAAAUUGAGAAUAGGUGAACAUGUGAACUCAGUUAACCCCAGAAGGUUAAUAGACACUCCAGUUUCUAAACAUUUGAAACUUCACCAUGGGGGUUCUUCUGAUGGGAUUAGAUUUUGUGGCAUCGAAAGAGUCGCACUUGGACCAAGAGGUGGUGAUCUGGACAAAUGAUUACUACAAAGGGAGAGUUUCUGGAUCUAUAAGCUUAAAACCCUCUCACCGCUUGGACUAAAUGAGGGUUUUUCAUAUACACCCUUUAUAGUAGAUUAAUGGAUCAUAGGACUACUUGGUCUGAGAUACAAUCAAUGUACCCAAGCAUCUCAUUCUAUUUCACAUACUAUUUGUAUGUAUAUGUAUAUACUUCUGUUAAUAUGUUUAAUAUGCCGGAUACACUUGUAAAUUUUGUAAUAUAGCGUGUGCAGUGUUCUGUUUAUCACACUUUUUAUUUUUUAUUUAUCAUUCUAGCAUUCUUUUAUAAUUUUGAUAUGAAUACAAAGAUAAGGGUCCCAUAUGGGGCAUAGCUAUGGACAUAUACAUUAUAUAUACAUUAUACUUUCUCUUAAUGUUAAUAGUUUUCCUCUGUAGUAAAUGAUGUAUGUGUGUGUAUAUGGCUCACAUUAACAAUACAGAGUGGAUACAUGUGUACAUUAUUGGUAUAUAUACACAACCAUAAAAUAAAUACUCUAAUCACCAUUGGCUUAGUCAGAUGAUGAUAUCCUGUACACAGUAGAAGAUGACUAUAGAUAUGGUACUACUUUAAAUAGUCACGUCCCUGUGUCUUCAUUUUGCCAAAUGAUUCUGUAUAUUCAGAUUUGAUUUAUAAUACCUGUGUCAUAUGUUCAUAGAUGUUGCACUAUAAAUAAUCUACACAUGGCCAAUUUUUCAGUGGCAUUUAUUGAGUAUACAGCAUUUAUGGAGUUGUAAUUUUGUUGAUCUAUUUAUCUCCUCUAUAUGUCCAUAGAUGUUGUAUUAUAAAUAAUUCAUACAUGGCCACUUUCUAGUGGUAUAUAUUGAAUAUACAAUACUGAUGGAAGUUUACUAUUUGUGAUUUAUCUAUUUAUUUUAUUUAUUUAUUCUUUUUAUAGUCACAAAUGCAAUACAUUAGUUCGUGUAUGUGUACCCGCCCACAUGAUUUGGAUGGGCCGGAGCUGUAUGCAGAUUCUCUUGGGAUCAUUCGUUCUAGAUCCUGCCCAUUUUUCGAUCAGCUGGCAUAACGGAUAGACCACGUGAUAACUGGGACGUCGGGUCACGUGUGACAUCACGAGGCUCCUCCCCCACGUACAACACGUGGUCCGCAACGACGCGGUCGUAACCAUCAAUGGCAACUAGAUACAUCUGAGACGGCACUUCCCCAGACCCUAUUGCAUACAGUUUUUCAUGUUCCCUGGUAAAUUUAGUAUUUAAGAGACCAUUUUUUAGUUUCAUGCUGGCCCCUGUUGAAGGUGCAUCUCUUUAGGCACCGAAACGUGCGUUGGGCGUUUUUUUCUCAUAUCUUGUAUUUGAGCACUGGGCACUGGUGGUUAUAGCACCAUGUUUGUCACUUAAUUUUUUGCUCUUUUCAACUUUCUUUUUUUCUAUGCCUGUCUAGUUAGCUUAACAGGGAGAGAGGCUUUAUAAUUUAAUUUUAUCAGUCUGUUAUAGACUGAUUCUUUUAUUAUAUAUCAUUUCAUAUCUCUCCUUAUGUUUCAUUGUGUCUCUAUCUUUAUAAUUCUUUGUUUUCCAAAGGAACUGUUUAUCUAUACUUAAGCCCAUUUAUGAAUACUAAUUAAUCUCUAUCGAUAGGGCUUUAGUACUACCAAUCUUUGGAUAUUUGGACCAAAGGCAGCUCUACUUUGUGUUUUGACAAGAUUAUAAUGCUAGACAUUUCCCAGAAGGAAUUUAGGAUUGGGAUAUAGUUAUCUGACGUUACUCACCCCUAUGUAGCACAUUAUAAUAAAGCUUAUAUUUAGGCUUGGGUAACUAUUAUGUAUGGUGUACUUACACCUUUCCUCUGUGGUUGGCAUAGAACUAUUAGUACCACCUGUAAAUACUUUUGUUUGAUUAUUUGGAUAGUUUGUCUCUAACAGUAUUUAUUAUAGAUGCGGCAGCCAGGUUUUUAUUACACUGCAUCGCUAUAUAUAUUUCCAGGCGAUGUGACUAGUCCCAGGACUAUUUUUAUACUGAGACUAGUUACACCUUUCAUUGUUUGUUGUCUUUUGUCUAAUUUGGGGUUAAGCCCCUAUAGAGAUACCUGGAGUCACCUAUAGGAUAAAAAUAUCCUGCUCACAUAAGUCCCUGUGCCAUACCAGUUAUUAUCCCGUUCCCUCUUGGGGUAGUUUCACUGGUAUAUACACAGAGCCUUAGAAGUUUUCUGCUCACUACCAUUUAGGGUGUAAAUUGCUUGUGCAUUCUUAACCCCGAAGUGCAUUUCUCUACGUUAAAUUUCAUCUGCCAUUUUAGUGCCCAGUUCCCCAAUCUAUCCAAAUCCCUCUGCAGCAAGGCAAUAUCCUGCUCACAUUUUAUUACUUUACAAAGUUUUGUGUCAUCUGCAAACAGUGAUACAUGGCUUUCAAUGCCCAUUUCAAGGUCAUUUAUAAAUAUGUUAAAUAGAAGCGGUCCCAAAACAGAACCCUGAGGGACACCACUUACCACUUUUGUCCAGCUUGAAAUUUACCAUUAAUGAUAUACAUUGACUAUUGGACCAUGACCAUGCAAGUAGCAUAAUUACAAAGAUAGUGAUAGAAUAGUGUCACUCUUCCAGUCAUACUUCAUUUAUUUAUUUAUAUAGUACCCACACAUUUGCAGCUCUGUAUAUAGGUACAAUUGGUACAAGAAAAAGUACAAUUAAUCAAAGUUUGACAAACAAAUACAGUUGAGGUCCCUACGCAAUGGGAAUUUACAACCUAUAUUAUUAAAACAAUAGAUUGUAAAAAAAGUGGACAUAAUUAUUUAAUAACUGCUUAUUUCCAAAAAGCUGGUAAUACCUGAUUGCAUUCACUCAUUUGCUACGAUCUUUAUUUGCUUAGGUAAAUUCAUUACCAUAAGCCUAUAAAGUAGGGUUGUGCCAUACACUCUAGAAGGCAACAUGGGCUCAACAAAUUACUUUGUCAAAUUUCAAACUUUGAAAUGGGUACUAAGAUCUUUGACCCUGUGACUUCCCCCAAAAAACGGGAAAACUGGUAAAUAGGGGUUCUCUUAUAUUUGUGAGACACUGUUAAAUCCAAAUAAUGGGGUUUUAUUUAUAUGACAUAUAUCAGGAUUAUGAAAUGUCCUGUGAAAAUGGAAUUCAUGUGUUUGAAGAAGCGCAAAUAAAAGUAUAACCUUUAAAUGGACCUGCAUCUGUGAUAAAGUGGGUAGUCCAAACAUCUCACAAUAAUAGGAUCCAUCUUGUCUCCCAUGCUAUUCGCAAUUUACUUGCUACCACUGAGGGACAUCAUUAGGCAACAUGGCCUAAGAUAUCAUUGUUAAACUGAAAAGAGCAAGUCCUAUAUUUGACGCUGUAACUUUCCAAAGCCCCAUAAAACCUGUACAUGGGGAAUACUGUUGUACUCGUGAGACAUUGCUGAACACAAAUAUUAGUGUUUUAGAGUAAUAAAAUGUAUAAAAAUUAUGAUAUCAUCAGUAAAAUUGCAGUUUUUGACCCUUUAACUUUCCAAAACAUCAUGAAAAAAGAUUCUAUGUACAGACACUCUUUCAUCCGUAUUGGUGCAAAGUAUCAAGGUGGCCCAUAUACCUCAAAAUAUACAAAUUACCAAAAAAUGAUACUGCACUCAAAAACUUUAGAUAGAGUUCAUUAUUUCAUUUAAUAAUUCAUUGUUAUAUUAUAUGGAUUUAAUUCAUUAAUUACAAAAAAUAUACUCUUAAGUCAAAAAAUUGAUAAUAUAUACACUUAAAUCAAACAAUAUGUAUUAGUAGACACAGUACAUUAUGAGCCUACUAAUAUAACUCCAUGUAACUAAAGAUCCCUGACCACAGAUUUUUGAAUCAUCAAGUUAUGCUGUAUUACUGUAUCUUAGAGUCCAAAAGUACCAUCCAAAAAAGGGUAAAUUAGAAAAAAAGGAUCAAAAAAUAAAAAAAUAAGAAAAAAACCCUGUACCAGCAGAUAGAAGGAGAGAGUCUGGUACCUCCAGGAGAAGUGAGGGAUUUCUUUUACAUACAAUCUGGGAGAAAUAAAAGAUUGACAAUGACUACAGGAAUCUACCAUUGCACCACGACUUAUACGUCAAGAUACACAUACAGCCUGAAAACAGGAGCCAUGGAGAAUGUGAUGAGAUCCACCCAUAUAUUGUAGUAUGUACACACUGGGACUGUAUAUACUUAUUUUUCUCUUUUUGUACUUUUUCAUUAUUUUCACUUUUUUCAUUUUUUUCUUAUUUUUUUAUUUUUUGAUCCUUUUUUUCUAAUUUACCCUUUUUUGGAUGGUACUUUUGGACUCUAAGAUACAGUAAUACAGCAUAACUCGAUGAUUCACAAAUCUGUGGUCAGGGAUCUUUAGUUACAUGGAGUUAUAUUAGUAGGCUCAUAAUGUACUUUGUCUACUAAUACAUAUUGUUUGAUUUAAUAUUAUCAAUUUUUUGAUUUAAGAGUAUAUUUUUUGUAAUUAAUGAGUUAAAUCCAUAUAAUAUAACAAUGAAUUAUUAAAUGAAGUAAUGAACUCGAUCUAAAGUUUUUUGAGUGCAAAACACCAUGAAACCUGUACAUGGUUGUAUAUGAGGGACAUCACAGCAUACAAAUAUGUGUAUUUCAUUGCAGUAAAAGCUAACUGUAUUAUUCACAGUUAAAAUGACAUGCAGAAACUGGAAAAUAACACAUUUUCUUAAUUUCUCUUAAUUUUCUCUUGAAAAAGUGCCUCCGUAAAUGGUUAAUAUUUAAUGCUAAACUCGAGUCCCCAAAACACCCAUCCCCUCCGUGCUACUUGGGUUAAUGACGUGCCUACUGUGUCACUCUAAUCUCUGUCCAAUGUCAGGUUUUGUCAAGUUUUGUUGACUGCUAUACACUGCCUACUUUAUCUUAUGUUUCAAAAACUAGAUCGCUCAGUAAAAAAAUCAGGAAAAAGAGAUUCGGCCACAAAGAGCCAAAGGAAAGUGAAUUAAGUAAAGAUUUUUUUUUUUAUUGGUAACAGUGCUGCUUAAACCACAAUAUAAUGCUAGUUUAUGCAUUAUGUGAAAUCUCAAGACAUGGGAUUUUUUAUUUACAAAUGUUGCUCUCUAUAUCCUAAACUGCACACAAAAAGUAAUUUGACUUCCUCCCAUUAUCAUUAUAUGAAAUUACUGAUUGGAGGUUUUCAGAUAAAAAAUAAUUCACCAACAGAUAAUACUUUCUUAUAGAUCCAGUAGUUAUGUCCUAUUUAUUUUCCAUUACUUUAGUUAAUAGAACUACAACACAAUGCACAGCUGAGUAUCAAAAUUGAAGCUCAUCUCCCUUUCUCUUUAUUAUGAAAAAGUCAAUGACAAACCCAGCAGGAUUCAAACAGUAGGACAGUAGGUAAAGGCAUUGAUAUUUACAGAAAAUUGACUUAGCUUUUUUUUUAUACCUUUUUAUACAUUCACAGUUUUAUUAAUGCCUGCAAGACUUUAUAGACAAAGUCUAAUCAAUAUAUCUAAUUUACCAUUCAUGCCACUAUGGGUAUAAUUUUGUGAUAUUGAGUCAUGUUUGGAAAAGCUACAUUGUCUUUUUAUAAAAGUAAUUUUAGGAAUAGAAUAAGUGAAAGCUGUAAUGCCACAGUCAAAUCCCCUUUUGUUAUAGAUUGUAUCAACAGACAACGAGAAGAGAAGUGGAAGUCUUAUCGCCUUCCAUUGUACGAAUGUUUUUGUAAUUGCUUAAUGAACUUAGCCAUUGAAUUGACAUAAUUGUUCUUAUGUUCUGGUAAAUGCCGUAGAAACCCCCCAAAAAUAUUUGAAGGUUAUUUAACAUCAUAUCAGUCCUUAUUAAGAAAUGUUCAGUGAAUCAAAAUUGCUUCAGAUAUGUGUGUGUUAUACGUAAAUUCUUUAAAAUGUUCUGUCUGGUGCCAUAUUUGUAGUUUGCAUCCACAGUGCGUGGCAAGAAAUUUCAGUUCUGCCAAAUCAUUUUUUCCGAAGAUAGAACAUUUUUUUCAAGAUAUCCAAAUUUUCAGCUGGAUGUCGGUUGAACAUUCAUUUGGAAAUGGAUUCAGUCGAACAAUCCAAAAAAAAUGUGAAAAUUUGCCAAUCGAUGUGCUGCAAAAUAUAUGCAUAAUAAUAUAAUAUUAUGUAUAUAUUUUGCACUACACUGAUAAGAGCUCGUACCCAACAGAGGGAAAAGUAGGAGGAGCAAUAGAAAAAAAAUAUAUUUAUAUAUUAUAUAUUUAUUAAAUAUAUAACAUAUAAAAUGGAUUUUUCCUUUGCUUCUCCAUCUUUUUUUUUUUUAGCAUAAUUUAUCUUUUAUUGGGCACCACAGGCAGAAUUCAGAAUAUUGUCGCCACUCCUUCCCCUAUUUCGACAGAUAGAACUUUCUCUCCUCCAGUAUCUACUCUAAAUACAAAACAUUAUAAAGAAAAACACAAUUAAUCACGUUAUACGUCAACCGUGCUUCCUGGAUAUCCAUGGUGAGACCUGUUUUCUUUCUGCCCCAGCUACUAAUGCAUAAUCAGUCAUAUACUAAUUACGUUUCCUGGAGUUAAGCGCAUGCAUUACCCCAUCACAAGAGGAAAUGCUGCAAAUAAAUUACAAAAAAAGAAAAAACAUAUAAUAUAUACCAUAAUAUUUUGUUAUUAAACUUAAAUAUGUCUUUUGCAAAAUGUAUGCUGAUUUAGGUGACUUAAAGUUUCUAAUUCGAUUUUGUAUUAGAUAUGAUAGAUAGAUAUAUAUAUAUAUAUAUAUAUAUAUAUAUAUAUAUAUACAGGGAGUGCAGAAUUAUUAGGCAAGUUGUAUUUUUGAGGAUUAAUUUUAUUAUUGAACAACAACCAUGUUCUCAAUGAACCCAAAAAACUCAUUAAUAUCAAAGCUGAAUAUUUUUGGAAGUAGUUUUUAGUUUGUUUUUAGUUAUAGCUAUGUUAGGGGGAUAUCUGUGUGUGCAGGUGACUAUUACUGUGCAUAAUUAUUAGGCAACUUAACAAAAAACAAAUAUAUACCCAUUUCAAUUAUUUAUUAUUACCAGUGAAACCAAUAUAACAUCUCAACAUUCACAAAUAUACAUUUCUGACAUUCAAAAACAAAACAAAAACAAAUCAGUGACCAAUAUAGCCACCUUUCUUUGCAAGGACACUCAAAAGCCUGCCAUCCAUGGAUUCUGUCAGUGUUUUGAUCUGUUCACCAUCAACAUUGUGUGCAGCAGCAACCACAGCCUCCCAGACACUGUUCAGAGAGGUGUACUGUUUUCCCUCCUUGUAAAUCUCACAUUUGAUGAUGGACCACAGGUUCUCAAUGGGGUUCAGAUCAGGUGAACAAGGAGGCCAUGUCAUUAGAUUUUCUUCUUUUAUACCCUUUCUUGCCAGCCACGCUGUGGAGUACUUGGACGCGUGUGAUGGAGCAUUGUCCUGCAUGAAAAUCAUGUUUUUCUUGAAGGAUGCAGACUUCUUCCUGUACCACUGCUUGAAGAAGGUGUCUUCCAGGAACUGGCAGUAGGACUGGGAGUUGAGCUUGACUCCAUCCUCAACCCGAAAAGGCCCCACAAGCUCAUCUUUGAUGAUACCAGCCCAAACCAGUACUCCACCUCCACCUUGCUGGCGUCUGAGUCGGACUGGAGCUCUCUGCCCUUUACCAAUCCAGCCACGGGCCCAUCCAUCUGGCCCAUCAAGACUCACUCUCAUUUCAUCAGUCCAUAAAACCUUAGAAAAAUCAGUCUUGAGAUAUUUCUUGGCCCAGUCUUGACGUUUCAGCUUGUGUGUCUUGUUCAGUGGUGGUCGUCUUUCAGCCUUUCUUACCUUGGCCAUGUCUCUGAGUAUUGCACACCUUGUGCUUUUGGGCACUCCAGUGAUGUUGCAGCUCUGAAAUAUGGCCAAACUGGUGGCAAGUGGCAUCGUGGCAGCUGCACGCUUGACUUUUCUCAGUUCAUGGGCAGUUAUUUUGCGCCUUGGUUUUUCCACACGCUUCUUGCGACCCUGUUGACUAUUUUGAAUGAAACGCUUGAUUGUUCGAUGAUCACGCUUCAGAAGCUUUGCAAUUUUAAGAGUGCUGCAUCCCUCUGCAAGAUAUCUCACUAUUUUUGACUUUUCUGAGCCUGUCAAGUCCUUCUUUUGACCCAUUUUGCCAAAGGAAAGGAAGUUGCCUAAUAAUUAUGCACACCUGAUAUAGGGUGUUGAUGUCAUUAGACCACACCCCUUCUCAUUACAGAGAUGCACAUCACCUAAUAUGCUUAAUUGGUAGUAGGCUUUCGAGCCUAUACAGCUUGGAGUAAGACAACAUGCAUAAAGAGGAUGAUGUGGUCAAAAUACUCAUUUGCCUAAUAAUUCUGCACUCCCUGUAUAUAUAUAUAUAUAUAUAUAUAUAUAUAUAUAAAAUACACAAUACAUGUGUUUUAGAUGUUAAAACAUGUUUGAUGUUUUAAAUUAUGAUCAUUUUGUUAGUGCUCAAUGGUCCUCAAAAUGAUUACUUGAAGUUGGCAAGGCAUUACGAGGAAGUAAACCAUCAAAAUGAACCUGGCUUGUCUUACUGGGUCUACUAUGUAACACUGAAAGGGUUAAUAUUUCCCAAUAGGAGUGUGUGCUUUCUUUAUAUAAAGAUACUGAUUUCAAUGCAGGCAGCACAAUAAGCACUACAAAAUAAUGCACUAUAAAGUUAAAUUUAACAGAAGAGCAAGCAGGAACAGCUCAAUGAACACUUCUUAUCUUAAACUCUUCUUUACCUGUCUGUCUCUGUGCUAUAUGAUAUUGAAAGAACAGCUGUGAUCUAUGUAAUGUUUUUAGAAACUAGCAGCUGGCUUAUGCCAUAAAAAAUAAAAAUAAAAAAAAAAAGUAAAAAUUUUAUUUUUUAUUGAAUUAAUAUCAAAUGCAAGCCUGUCAUGGAACAUCUUGGCAUUCAGUGCAAAUUACUAUCUUAAUAUUUAGCUCUUACUCGCAGUCCUGUCAUUUUAUAUACGUUAUAUUAGCAUGGGACUUCCAUCUUAGCUCCCAGUCAAUCAUUGUUAUAUGCUCUGCCCUUUGCAGUGAAAGUAAAUAGAGGAAAUGAGAAAUUAAUAACAGCUAGCUUGCAACUUGUAUCUUCCUUUGUGUAAUAAACUCAAGCUGCUAUUUCUCUCAAGAAUUAUUGUUAAUGUGUACUUAUGAAUGUAUGACUGUGAGCGUCAGGAUAAUGUUUUGACUCAGUCUAAUGUUGGGAUAAGUACAUGUAUUUAAUCUUAAAGGGACACAAUAGGUACCAAAACAACUUUAGCUUAAUGAAGCAGUUUUGGUGACUACAUCUCUCUACUCUCACGGUUCAAUUCUCUGCUAUUUAGGAGUUAAAUCAAUUUGUUUAUACAACCUGGUCACACCUCCCCGCAUGUGACUUAAACAGCUUUCCUAAACACUUCCUGUAAAGAGAGAUCUAAUGUUUAAACUUCAUGGUCUGUUUAAAUUAGAAUGUAUUGUCUCCUCCUCUGUUAUUAGCCUUCUAGGCCCUGCAGACGCCUCCUGUGUGUGAUUAAAGUACAAUUUACAGAGCAGGAGGUAUAAACCUCUAAAACAAAUUACCAUCUAAAUUAAACCAUUUUUUCCCCCAACCAGGCUGUGUGAUUCACAGGCAGGGUACAUGUGGUUAUAGCUGCAUGGACAUAAACAAAAUUCAUUUAACUCCUAAAUUGUAGAAAAUUGAGCAGUGAGACUGCAAGGGCAUAAUCUAUACACCUAAAUGGCAUCAUUAUGUUGAAAUUGCUUUGGUGCAUAUAGUGUCCCUUUAAUUAACUCUGUUUCCUUGCAUUUGCUAGAUGUUUUGCCAGCACACUGUCAAUUAAAAAUUAAGUAUAUAUAGAAUAGUAGUUGCAGAGUACUACUAAUUACAAUGCUAUUGCCAAUUAUUAUCAAUAACCCACCAUGGUUGAUUUUACAGACAUCUAGCAAAUGUUUAGGCAAAUAAGAAUGUAAAAAUGAAAAAGUAUUGAAUGGAAUGGAAGAAAAUAAAUAUACUCUGGCUUCUUUUGGGUUAUAAUUUUUCUUUUUAGUAGAUUAGUAUAAAACGGAAUAAACCAGAAUAGAAAACAUGAUCACUUUAAAUUUAUGAAAAAAAAAUGCUCUGUGAAGCCUGGGAUUUGAUUGCUACAUGCUAUUGCAACCAUAACUAUAUUGUAUUUGGACUUAUUCCAUAUGGAUAUGAAGAGAAACAUCCAUGUGAAUCCUGGACUUAGUCAAUUCAGUUUGCCUCCAAUUAGUUGUUAUUGUUCCAGACACAUAGGGGUCUAUUUACCAAAUAUCAAUUUCUAGUGACUUACAAAGCAAUGAAUAAUAACUAAGUUAUUAUAUGUGGAAUAUAUUUGGACCUUAACUGAAAUGGAGAUUUUUUUUGGUACCAACUCACUUAUUUUAACCUCAACUCACAACUCACUGUUAGUUACCUAAUUCCCAUUGCUUCACAUAAAAGGAAAAACCAGCUCUUUGUUUCCAUUUUUGUAUAUAUGUUGUUUCUCAAAACAAAUUCACAGACAAAACAGGGUCAUUGUUUACACAAAGCUACUAUGUUCUCCGGAGUGUUUUCAAUCUAGAUCAAACUUGGCUCAAGAACCAGAAUAUGCUCUCCUGUAGGACGGGAGAUAUAAGAGCCUUGGUGAUAGAAAGAGGAUGCUCUGACAUUGGCUCCUUUAUACAAAUGGGACACAGUGUGUUUGACCCUUAGGGCUAUUUGAUCCUGAUAGCUUUGAUUUGGAGCGGAAUCUUUCAAGUUUGGGAAUGAAACAGUGUUCAAUUAGAUGUCACUUUGAUGCAAUCUGAACCAGAUUUAUGAAAUGGCUCAGAAAUGUAACCUUUGAUAAAUGCAGGUCACUUCAAUUGGAAUGGCUCUGUAGGAGAGAGGGAUGGAGAGUAAAAAAAUGGCAUAUCACAAGACUUUUAUGGUGACGUCCAUUAAGGGCAAAAUAAACUAGAUGUUAUCAAAUAAUUAACACUUGUUUUGCAAUUAGCUCUCCCAGGCCUCAAUUUAAUAUUUUUUAGAUAAGCCUUUCAAAUUAUUUGAUAUUUUUAUUCAAACCGCUAAAAAAAAAUUUUCAAAAUGUUCAAAUAUUAUUUAAUAUAAUUUUUUAAAAUUAUAUAAUGUGUAAAAUAAAAUAUAUCAAUUUACAACAUAUUAAAAUAUUUUUCAAAAUAGUGAACCAUUCUAAAAGUUUAGCCAAAUUGUUUUAAUUAUUUGAAAUUAUUUGAAAAGCUUGUCCAAAAAUAUUAAAACGAGGCCCUAAUAAUGUAUUUUUCCAACAGUAAUUUGUUAGUGAAUUUUCUAAUUAUGCAAAUAUAUUCACAAAUUAUAACCAUUUUAACACAAGGAUAUUUUUGUGCAAGUGGUUUUUACUGUGUGCAGUUUUAUUCACGAUAUGUUACAGAUAUUGAUUUUUCGCAAUCAAAGCACUAAUAAGAAAAAAACAGAAUAUUUGUUUUUUCACAACAUCCAAUUUUUUAUGACUAUUUUUUCAUCUUUUUUAGUUAGCAUAUUAAAUUCUGAAUCUAAUCUUGGAGAUGUGAAUAUACCCAAUGCCUCCCAUUUUUCUUACCAAAUACUUUUUAGUACGCUCAGAUACUGCAUGUGAGAAGUUUAAAAUAGUGGUCAAUGCAUUUACAGCAAAAUUCAAAUGUAUAGUAUUCCCUUCCUUUUUACGCUAAUUAUGCAAACAAAAAAAACCAUAAACCUUAAUUAACAUGUGCUUUGUGUAUGUACUUAUUUACAUAAAUAUAUAUAUUUAUCUUUGAUUAUGCCGAUUUAACAAUGAAUCAAUAAAAAAAAUAUUGAGACAUUCUAGCAUCCAAAAACUAACUUAAAUUCUAACUAUAAUGGCUGUGUUUGUGUCUGUGAUCUUCUAUUUUCUAUUUGAUUCCAUAAUGGAUUUUUUUCUUCUCGUAGUUUUACAGAUGCUUCAUUGCUCUUCUUCGGUGCAGUGACGGGCCACAAACUUCCAGUAACAAAUGCUCUUCCAAAACAACUAAAAUCUGCUUGACCCCACGUAAGGCACCAAAUAACAACAUUGCCUUUAAUGCAGCUUCUACAAAGCCUCCAACUUCUGAAGAAGAUAAAGCUAGCAACAUUGUUACUGACUGCCCCUUGCAUGGUGUGGUUGAUUGCCAAAAAGAACAUGCCGUGACUUUAGUGGCUCAUUAUACUCCUUGAAGUUCUGCUGUUUGGAUGACUAGAACAGGCUGGAUGACGUAUGAUGCACACAGUCUGUUUGCCCUUUGCAGGAGAUGCUAAAGUUGAAGAAUAGGGUAGAACGUCUCCACUGGAGCAAGCCUGAAUCUGCCAUAUUUUUUACUUGUCAAAAAUGGUAACAUCUCAAAGAACAGGAUAAAGUUCCAUUGGCUUCUCUGCUGUUCAAAAACAAGUAACACUUUUGGCAUCUAUGUAGGUGGAUUUAACAAUAAUACUGUGUCCUACAAAGAUCUAAUGGUGAGUUUUACUUGUAACCCACGUCUUCAUUAAAUGAAUUGUAGUUUGCUGGAAAUUGUUUUUAAAAUACUGUCUAUCCAAAAUGGGAAUGUAGCCAUGAUACUGUAUUCUAUGUUCCUUUGGCUUAUGGUUUAAUAUCUGCAGGGAGGCACAGGUUCAUCAAAUAUAACAGAACAAGACUGUCCAUAAAGUAACAUUCUGUCUUUAAUACUUGACCAAGUAAACAAACAUUGAAGUUGAGAUUUAAAAUGUGGUUCCUUCUACAAAAGGCCUGCGGCAGAGGAUCAAAGAACUUACAACUUAAAGUCUGCAGGGGCUGAAAACUGUGUUUUUAAAGGGAAAAAAAAUCUAUAUUUAUAUGAAAAGAGCAGGAGUAAUGUCCGACUCUCAAUCUGUUCAUCAAUGUUUGAAGUAAGUGUUAUGAGUUUGUUUGCAAAUUGUGUGUGCCUGUUAAAGAACACACUUUUUAUGUCAGCAGGGCAAAACCUACACUCUUUAGUCUUGUGUUGUUGUUGUCAUUUUUAAAUACCAUGUUUAAGACCUUUGUGUAUCUGUAUUAUUCGAGAGCUAUAACCAUGUGUCUUUGUUCUAGUGUGAAGUCUAAAGAGUGUUUCUUUAACAUGUUAAAUACAUAUGAAGUCAAAGCAUUUUAAAAUGUACAUUUGUGUCUUCUGAAUAAAACUGAUCAAACGGGAAAAUGCAGUAAACAACGUUCAGAUAAGUCCAGUAUGUCAAUAUUUAACUGUUACCGGUAAUUGUUUAAAGGUGAAAAGAAAUGUAUUAGUAUAGUAUGAUAUAUUUCCCAUCGUCGAAGUGCACAUAUCACUGAUCAGCUAUGAGAAUGCACUGCAUAAGGAAAGUCCAUCUAUCUGAAUAUAUAUCUGUUUCAUAAUGUUCAAUGUCCC